GCUCCCAGCAGCUCCAUGGGAGAGAAAAAAAAAAAAACACCCAAGACAGGAGCCGAAUAACGGUACACUCACUCCAAUAUUUAUGGAGCCGUCCUCCCCGCAUGUAACCGCACCGUUUCAACGUCUGCUCUCGUGAUGCAAAGGUGAAGAGGAGGAGCGCGUGAGGCGGACGCGGCGGCGAGCAGCGUUUUCGGGUCUUUACGAAAACAAGCGGUCCACCAUUGUCUGCGUAGAAAUAAGAAUGGCCUGGAUGUGGAAGGUAAGAGGGGGUUUCUCUCUCACAUAACAGCUCAGAAAAAGAGGGGAAAAUGAGGCGAAAUCCUCUUGACUCGUUCGGCUUUACGUGUUCGUGUUUGUGACCAGAUGUGGGUGAAAUGUGAGCCGGUGGAGCUGUGCUUGUGUUGAUGCUUCGUGGAGGUAAUUAACCCUCCUCUGGUGUCUGUCUGUGUGGUUUUUUUUCUUUUCUAGGAGAGUCUGAAUUUGUGUGUUUUCGCCUGGCCCUCGUGUUUGUUGGUAUUCAGAUCAUGUUUGAGUCUGACGAGCAGGCAGAUGCAGGCCAGCCAGCUGUGCUCACAUCAUCAUCAUCAUCCUUCAUGGCGUGUUCAGGUGUUGAUAUAAUGUCAGGAGUUUCAAGCAUUGACGUGACCUAAAAGUGGGUGAAAACGAGCACAAAGUUUGUGUCUUUUUCCUCUUUGUGUCACAGUUUUCCCCGCUGAUCAAAAUCAAAGUUGCCCUAUUUUACACAUCUGAUUAGAGAGAAGACGGUGUCGGCCACCCAGGACACCAAACUCAACAUCAGAGCUUGUGCUGGUUUUUAUUUCACACUGAUAUACAAAAUAGUGCUGAAUAAUCUCAAUUUCAUACAACUUCUUAAAGGGAUAGGGUCAAACACACCAUAACACCCCCUUGAGAGAUGAAUGUUGCCGACCGCUUGCUUGUCUAGUUAUACCAACUUUAGUAACGACAGCACGAUAGCAAAACACAGAGAGCAACGCGCUCAACCAAAACGCCACUCUAUAGCCACAAAUAAUGCUCAGAACAGAACCUAACUUCUUCAACGGUACACAUAGGGUCACAGCCAUAGUACUAGCCAUCAACCAUCUUUCUAACUUUGCCUAAUUUCUUUAGUUAAGAGACCAAACACAACUCACCCACUCUCUUCCAGCAGCCUCUUGUUUGUACGGAGACCUCUGGGCCAGUCCAUUGACUGCUGCGGGGUGACGCAGCUCAAGGAAGAACAUUUAUGAUCAUUUCUUUAUCAUUUUCUUGAAGUAAUAAUCACCAUAUUCAUCAUUUUGCACUGCAGACGCAGUAGUUCUUCUGCCUCCACCCCUGUUUGUAAUCCAUGAGGUUACAAACCCCUCCUACUUUGUCCAAUCGAUGAGGGCCCCUUUCAACCACGUGAUGCUGCUCGGAAAGUUCGGUGCGCUUUAGAAAUCACAGUGUGAAAGCAGAACCAACACAAGUGACAAAUGCAACAGUGUUGGGACUUUCAGCUCCCCCAUCGAACCGAGUCCGCUUGUUCAGGUGUGAAAGCGACCUAACUCGGUGUUACAGUGUGUUUGACCCUAACUUAGUUUUACGCUGUAAUAUCCCUUUAACUCUAUUUAACAAUGGUCUGAAACCUGAAGGUAUUAAAUGCGCUGUAAGGAGUUUUAGCUGACUUUUAAAGGUGUUGCGUUCAUGUGGUGUCAGACAUAUCGGAAAAAUGAGUUUCUGAGUUUGAAAAUGCACAUGAGCACCUGCUUAAGUCAAAAAAAAAAAAAAAAACAACUCUGGAAAGUCUGGCAUUAAUUUUGGUGUGUUUUGUUUACAAUAGAGUCAGAAGUUGGACCUGGGAUUGUCGUCACACUCAGGUCAAUGUGUCCCAGAUUAAAGUCAAAAAGUUAGCUCGUUAUGUUGUUAGCAUUAUUAGCUAAUUCUGGGCGAUAGGUUUGAAAACAUAACACAUCUAUAAGUAGGACUUGCUCAGCAUGAUCACAUCAUUGAGCUUCAACACACAAAAGAGAUUAAGUUGCUAUUGAAACACUAUAAGAAGUCCUGCUAUGUUGUUGUUGAUGCAGAGAGGAACCCGUGUGGUACCUGAUUGCUCCGGGGUUUCACAUUAAGUUCACGUCAAAUUAUUACCUGGCUACAGUUUGUAAUACGGUGUGACUGUAGGCUGUUAUUGUCCUCGCAGAGAGACUGGAACUUGUUGGAAAAGUUGUUCACUAGCAUCAGUCGGGUACAUUAGCUUGAGCAAUAUUUUAGUAUCUGUUUUAACAGUCAGGUAUUUUUGAAACCUGAUUUUCUGAAGUACUUGAACACACCAGAGUCUGAGUAAUGACUUCACAUCUUAGAAACUAGGGAUAUCUGAGGAGCGCCUGAAUGCAGCAGCAUCAGUCUCACUCUUCAUGACCUAAGCUGUAAAAUGAGAUCAUCAGCGGCGUGAUUGGUUAUUUCUGUCUGUGCCGAGGUUGUAAUGUCUUUUAAAAAGCUGAGGUAGUAUUCAGCAGUUCAGCCGGCGUGUGAAUGCUUCACUGGUCCUUAAGGACGAGAGAGUCAAACUGUGUUCAAAUUUACAACAUUCGGUCAUUUACUGGGACCCUGGAGCACACAUCCGGGCUGUGGUGUUUAAGUCAGACCAGUAUGUCUUCUUGAAAGUGAAGGUUUUUGUUAGUGAGGAAGCAGUUAAUACUUUUUACCACAUGACCUCCUGACUCUAGGAAAAGUUUUGUUGAGCCAAGGAAAGACGAUCUGUUAUCCAUUCACUUGUGUGCAACAACUUUACCACAGAUGUGAUGGUGCUCAUGGGAAAUGCAGUCUCCAAAUCCAGAGAAACGCUGCAGAUUUUAUCCAAAGAUGUAACCAGAUCAGCCAUCUGUCCAUCUAUUAUCUAUACCGCUUAUCCCAUUCUAGAUGGACUUUAAAGCUUAAAAAUGACAGAAAACAGAAAAAAAAAACAAAUCCUUACAUUUAAGAAGCAACAUGUGAGUUUACAUUAUUCUUGACAGCUUGUUAACAAAAUUAUAGCAUCUUGUUUUCUUGAUUAAAACUUUGGUAAUUAGAUGCAUGAAGGAAGCCACAUGGACUGUUGUGAGUAACUGCUUUUCAAAAUAAAAGCCUGCUAAUGUUUAACCAACAGUCUCAAGUCCUCAGAUAUUCACAUUUCAUAGUUCAUCACACUUGAUAGGCUUUCUUGUUUGACUUAUAGAUUACCUGGAGAAGGUCUUCAACUCUUUUUUAACCUGUCUGUAUCCAGACUAACCUUAAAACGUUGGUUUAAAAUCAGACAGUCGUUAAACAAAGCUGUCGCAGUUGUUAGGAUUCAAGAGUCAAAUGAAGGGCUGCACUUGUGUGCCACAUUAACAUCAGUAUCUGCUGAUAUUUGCCUUGCUGAUCGGCAUCGACCCAUAGGCAAAUAAUGUACCAUGCGCUGAUGACAGAAGCCAUUGUUCAGCUUUAUCUUAUCACAUCUUGAUUUUAUGGCAUCAGUUUAAUGCUGGCAUGCUGGUUUGUUUGACUGCUGAUAAAGAGAAGAGAUUUAUUACCAGGCAGGAGAAGUCACCUGUUGGACAAACCCUAUGAAAUGUGACAGAGAAUUAUAUUUUGUAAGAAAAAUCACCGACAUUAAGUUUGUAGGUCAUGCAACAGAUGUUUUAAGUAGAAAGGUGUUUUUAAUCAAUCAAACCUCUUUAAGAUUGAAGAAGCUUUAACUAACAAGAAUUUUGCACAACAUUAACAGUCAGUCUGUCAUGAUAUAUUCUUGUCGGUUUAGUUUUUCCCUCUGUUUGUAAUUUAAGUGUAUUUUUCCCAUCCCUUGUGUUUAUUACUCUCAUGUUCCUGUUGUUCUUGAGCUCUUCCCUGUUUGGUCUUUAGUUUUCAGUGUUUCCCGGGUUAUUUUGUAGUUCCUUCUCCUCGUGCGUCUGGUUUAUUUCUACUUCCUGUGUUUUUUCCUCCCUAGUGAUGGUCUGCACCUGUGUCUCAGUGUCUCAUCUGUUUCCUAUUGCUUGUUACCCAUGUAUAUUCAGACCUUGUGUUGCAUUACGUGUUUGUCAGAGUAGCUUGAUAGCCUAAUAUCCCAAUUAGAAGUGUGCUAAAAGCCUAAACCGAAUAAAAAGUUCCAUAUAAAUACCUCAGUUAGGAUAAACACGCAAAAACCGAAUGAAAUUUAAUUCGUUUUCAAGAUCUCGAACCAAUCAAAGGUAAAGUUUUGUCAUGCAUACGGUGAAACGGUAGUUGUUAGGCUGCGUUCUGUCUGCACAUGCUCUGUCUAGACGAAAAUGCGCAAAAUUUUACUCAAAUAAAGUAAAAUAUUGGCAGCUUCCAAACAGAGCACACAGAAUUGGUCAGCAGCGGAGAGAUUGUUUAUAAUACAAACGCUCAAAGAACAAUAUUGAACUCUUGAAAAAGUCCAUGGAAAAUUCAGAGAAGCAGGAUAGACGGGCAAACAACGACAAAAAUACUCUCUUCUAUACGCUAUGCUACGCCUCUGCUAAAUAGACGAUAGACCUCCAUCUUUGUUUUUAUAGAUCUGUGUGUGUCCCACGUCUGUAAAACUGAUGAUUGGUUUAAAUGUAAGAGACAAUCAAUAAUCGAUACUUAAAAAAAUGACCACUUUGCAUUACCUGUUCUGUCUGAGCUAUGGUCAAAAAAAGCAUUAAAGAUCCCUGACUGUCAAAAAUAUGGUACAGUACGGAGAAAAGCUGCCAACUAUUGAUUCUGGAGACGGCGGAGCCAGAGGAUGGCUGGAGGCGAUGCUGCAUGUUUGAUUUUCUGUUAAUAGACUAACUGGCUAUCAUGUCAGCUCCAGUGGACGUGUGUGAGUGAAUGAGGGUGCGUGCACAGCAGGCUCUCACUGUACUCUUAGUACCCUCACGCCACUGUCACAUUAUUCAGCUCCAUGCAAAAAUAAACAAACAUACAGACAAAUCAAAAACACACAAAGGCAGACCCACACCCAGGCAUGCAAACACAGGGACAUGGAAACAUUGGCAAAAUGGUUUGCAUGGAAAGGUUUGUUUUUCUUGUUUGUGUCCACAGUACAAACAGUACACUGUUGUCUGUUUGGUUCUGAGUUUAUCACGAGAUAGGAGCAGGUGGAGGCAGAACUAAAGAAGCUGUUUUCAUGUUAGAAAUGUACCUGUAAAUCCUUUAUGUCAAAAACAUGUCCUCAGUGCAGAGUUUCAAAAACAUGUCAACAUGCUCGCUCAGAUGUGGGUCCUUUUGUAGAUCAUGUAGUUUGUGAUUUGUUUGAUAAUCCUGCUGACUCAGGUUGUAUUAUGCUCUGGUAAAGUGCUUAAACUGGUGCUGACCCACUUUAAAAAAAUUAUUAUUUUGUCCGUUUUUAGUGUUACAUAGAAAGAAAAACAUGUUCACACAACAUAAAAGUAGCGGCGAUCUAAUGUGAUCACACUACAACCCCAAUGUAAAGUUAGGAUGAGUGUAAAACGUUGACAAAAUCAGAUUUUGAUGGAUUUGAAAUUAUUUAAACCCUGUAUUUAAUAGAAAAGAACAUUAAGACAAAACAGACAUUUUGGCUUUUUUUCAUAAAAAAUACAGUGCAUCUGGAAUAAAGCGCUAUUUUUUUGUCUUUUAUUUUUGAUAAAAUUGCAAAAGUUUUAAACAAAUGAUGUGUGUUGAAUUUUGAGGUAAAAAAUGAUUUAAAUCCAUUUUGGAAAACGGCUGUCACACAAGAAAAUGUGAAAAAAGUGUAGCACUUUGAAUAUUUUCUGUAUGCACUGUAAAUGCUUAUUUAAAAUUUAUCACCAGUAUCAAAUUUGAGUGAGUUUGGAUGGAGUCAACAAUAGGCUUAAAAAGUUGUGUAAUGCUUUAAAAUACACCAAGACGAUCGAUUCAGGAAUAAUAAUGUUAACGUGCAACAGGUUAGUAACAUGACACAGUGGAGAAACUGAGUCAGUCAGAAGUAAAGAUGGGAAGAGGUGAACCACUCUGUGAGAGACUGCGUGAGCAAAAGGAUCAAUAAUUUCAGAAUAAUAAUCCUCACCGUACAAUCACACAGAGAUCGAUCAGCUUCAUAACUUCAUCAGAAGAUUCAGAGAAUCUGGAGAAAUCUCUUUAAAACAAGGACAAGGCCAAAAACCACGACUGGACAGCUGUGAUCUUCAGGUCCUUAUGCAGCACUGUAUCAACAGACAAGACUCUGUCGUGGAAAUCACUGUAUUAAAUCAGAGAAACACAGUCCAGUGCUGCAUCAGAAUUAUGAGUUAAAACUGUAAAAGAGGAAAUAUACAGUAUAUAUACACUUCUGUAAAAACAGGAAAGAGACCACCCAGCUUGUUAUGAAAACACGGUUCAAAAGCCAGAAUGAGUGAUGGUACAGGAAUGCACAAGUGCUCAUGUCAAAACUCCCAAAACAGCCUUUAAACAGAAAACUGGGACUGGAAAAUAUUUUGAAUUUUUGCAUAAAACUGACUUGCAUUUUUGGGCCUCUCCUUUAAAACUGACAUUAAUAAUCAAAUAUUCACUCAGUCAGUCGUAGAGUAUGAUGGUACUGAAACAUGGGUGCUGUUUUGGUGCUGUUGCUGAUGCAUCAUGAUUAAGUUUUCAAACACAAAGACAUGAAAUAUUCAGAUGACUGUGUGUGUUCACCAUGUGCGUCACUGAACUCUUAAAUGUGCAAACAGCAGUAAGAAUAACUCAUUUUCAUUAGGAACACUAGCACAGGGGCACAAUAAUAAGAUCAUAUAACCAGAGUAUGAUUUGAUUGGAGUCAGUAAAGUCCAGAAAUGAAUUAUCGCCUGGUCCCUAAUCCUCAGCGCUAAAGCUCAUUGAUCUGCGAGAGCGGAGGAUAAACACAUCUGAAAACAGUGUUUCCUACCGUCACUCAUUCCUCUGCUGUAUUUCAGGACUCAUAAAAGCUAUUCUUAGUUCAUUCUGUCAAACUUUGUCGUUCUGUUUGUUCAAAGUUCACUUUUGUUUAUUUUCUGCUUCAUGUCAGUCCUCCAACACCCACAUGAAAAAACAAAACAAAACAAAAACAAAGUCCUUAUUGAAAACUUGUCACUUUUACUAACUCUUUCAGGCUGCUUUUGUUUCCCGAGACAGGAGAUCGUUUUACACUGAUUUCAAGAGCGCUAAAACAGGAAAACAUAAUUACAGGGUACAAAUUACAGAGGGAUUGAAUCUCAGUCAGGAGUGGACUGAAGUAAAUGAGCUGUGACUCUGAAUUAAACACCAUCGUUGUUUUUGUUGUAAGGAGCUGAACUCUACUCUGAUACAGUUUUCAGUUCUGUAUUUACAGCAUCAUCAGGUUUGCUCGCCUGUUCACAAGCCAAAUAUAUCAUAAAUAAGUCGACUCUGCUGACUGGUCAACUCCCAAACUUGGCUCAGGGUGGGAUAUUUCUGACCCUGUUACACCUCACAUGUAUUGUGUACCACACAGAGGCAGAGAGGUGGGGAGAAGUCGCCUCUGAGGCAGAGAUCUAGCAGGCGGCGUGGGGGUUCGGCCAUAUGUAUAGCAUUGGAGCUGCCAGGAUCAAAACAGCUCUGUGUAUGUGUGCAUGACUGAGUGUGUGUGUGUGUGAAUGUGUCCCCGCUGCGAGUUUGGACAUCUCACCUCCUUUACUUUCACAGUGCCAUGAAGUGAAAUCACUCAGUGGGUCACCGAUAUAAUGUUGGUACAAUGUGUAAUUAUACAGCAAUUCUGCAAAACUGACAUAAAUUCACAGAGAUUCAGUGCAGGCAGAGUAACAGGCUGUUCAGUGAAAUAAAGACGACGCAACUGUGAGGCUGUUUUUGAUUUCCUAAUGUUUGUUUUAAAAAUCAACGCAGCCCAUUAUUUGAAAUAGAUUCAGCUUGUGGUGAGAAAAAUAAGUGGUGUGUGUUUGUUUGCAGACUGGGCAUGUGCUUCACUGUACAAUAUAAUGAUACCGCCGGCUAACAGGUUAGCAAACAACUGCGUGCUAACAAUAUGUUUUAAAUACAAUGAGCUGAUGGUCAUGGUUUGAUCUCUCUUAAGGUCCUUACACACCAGGCGUGACCACACGUGAACAUUUACCCACGCAGACAGAGCACAGCGGCGUUGAUUUCACUCAUGACUUCUAUCUGAUGGGACGGGCUGCAGUCCUUCUUCAGAGGGCAGCAUCAUGAUGGACCAUGACUAAGGGAAAAAUACCCACAACUCCAACCCCACCUUUCUACUGUCUCAGACACUCAGAUAUGUUCAUGAAUGGUUGCAUGUUGUGAACUCUACAAUAUCGAGAACAUACUGCACCACAAGGUGGCACACACCCAGAGGUGCUAAUAGAGGUGAAAGCUAACAUUGGCAAAGAAUGUAAAACUGACGAUUGCAUCAGGUAGAAACUAACAAUGACAUUUGCACUGCAUGCUCUGAGUGUAAGAGAGGGCGUUUGACUUCCCAGCGAACCUCACAAACUUCAUCUUUGUCCUUUUUGAUUCUCUAAAUCUCCUCCACCAGCGCUCCUCACCUCAGCCGUUGUAAAGUCUUUUGUUUGGGGAUAUUUCAUCUUCAAAGUGUCGGGCUAUCCACUCAGGGCUUUCAGCUCCAACUCCACAUCCCGCAUAAAAAAUAUGCCUCUCUUUUACACCCACUAGUUGUGUCAGAUUUAUCUUUUCAACACCUUGGAGAGGUCCCAGCCCUUUAAGUGUGGCACUGUGAGUUAUGCUUUGAUACCUUUUUAAAGCAGAUAAUCGACUUCUUUAUGUCGGGCUGUAGAAGUAGAGUGUAGAAACAGUAAAAAUGACACUAAUGUGUUUUAUUUCUCGGUUUGAGACAGUAUUUAGGAAGCUGUUUAGGAGUUUACACCAACUUCUUAUCAGUCCUCUAACUUUAAUCUUCAAUUGUACGAACAGAAGUCUCAGGCGUACAGAAGGACGCAUCUCUUAUCUUCCCUCGUGUGUUUUAUGACACUGAUAGUUGUUUGACGAUCCAUCUGCUAAGUAAGUACCUCAUGUUUGUAAUGGGUGAGAGAGGCCUGCAGAGAGCUCUGACAUGCAGAGCUCCCUCUCUUUGUCGGAUUGUGUUUUAAUUGGAGUGAGUUCAUCCGUGAAGAACCGCGUCUGGGCCUGGAAAGGCUGCGGCUGUUGUCCUUCAUCAUAACAGUUCUGGAUGAGCUCUCCAUCACGUCCCUCUGAGAGAUGGUGACGCCGCAGUAACCCCCCCAAACUAAAAAAAACAAAACAGCAGAACAAGGCCAGCAAAGAAAGUUUUUGUGACAAGUAGAGAGCUCACAAAAACACACAGAGAGAAGAAUUCAGAUUAAUUAAUGCAGACACACACACACACUAACACACACACAGGCGUUAGUGUGUGUUGGGAGGUGUUGUAAAAGCUUCAGGGAGUGCAGUGAGUGUCCCAGUUCUUAAUAGUUUCAGGGAUGAAUGUCACUUCUUGUCCCGUGUGAAUGUGUCGUAGCAGAGCGCGGCUGAUAAAAAGUGCCCUGCCACAGUUUUAGAAAAAGCGAAGGGCACCAGCAGGAUGUCGAAUGAGGCUGAGACUCUGGAUUGUAUUCAGACUUUUAUCUCAUCUAGGCUCGGAUUUCCUUUUGUGCCUUUCAGUCUUUAUCUUUUCCUUCCUCCUGGAGUGUGAAGUUUACACCAGAUCUUUGGAAAUCCUCUGUUUUUAAAGUUUGCUGGGGUCCUUCAAUCCUAGCUUGGAUGGAUAAAUUACCAGGAGUUGAAAAGGUCCGUUCAUACAUUUGAUCGCUAAGGUCUGGUGUUACUUUGCUUGAAAUCAGUCAGCCAGAAAACCUAUCGAUCAGAACCAAAUCCACCAUCCUGGGUUGAAUACUUGAUUCUGAUUGGUCAAAAAACUGUAAAGACAGCGAUUAAUCCUCCUCUGCCUGUUGACACUGUGGAAAAGGUGUUACUGGUCUAUGGUGUUUUCAGUCUCACACUCUCACACUCGCCUCCUAACAAGAAUGAGGAAGGGGCUGGAAACUCGAUACCAACUUUGUUAGCAACAAUAGCCGAGGUCCACAUGGAGGAGAAACUUAUCUCGCCUGCUUUUCAGACCACGGUUUCCAGGUCCAGAGCUGCUGCCCCCAAAACUACAGCUACUGUUUUCAGACAGAACCUGCAUUUCAGGCAUCGUCCCCUCAGACUAAACUAAAUUGGCACCCAGCAUUGUGUUCAUUUUAAAAAAUAAUGUGACUAUACCUUUUUAUUUUAAAAGGGAAGCUGUCCAUAUUUGCUCGAGAUCAGCGGUUAGUCGUUGGCCGCCCAUGAGCUGUGAGUUUUGACACAUCUGUUCUCUAAACUCACUUCAGAAAGAGUCAACUUUAGCACUUUAAAUGACCUCUGAGCUGUUGCAGUCCUUCCGCUCUACUGACACAGCCCCCGAUAGUUAUUUUCAACAUAAUAUUUUGAUGGAUGGAAGAUUAUUCACAGUUGUUUCAGUUAGGGCUGUAAAGUCCUAGUCGACUGGUCGACUUAUUGGUUGAUACUUGCUGAGUCGACCGAAAUUCUGAUUGGGCGACUAAAUUUUUUCCGCGUCAAUUUACAGUUUCAUCAGGAGGAACAUACCAAGUGCUAAUGGGGGUGUUUUCAGAGCACUCCGUUUUACAGGUAACAGCCUGUCUCAGAACACCCCCCUUGUUUUCACUAUUUUGGAUUCGCCCAACCCACUAGAGACCGGAAAAUUGAAGAGCGCCACAUUAAUCAACGUCCAGUGGUUUGCUGACUAUUUAUUUUUAUUUUGAGUGUUUCAACUUUCGUGUUUUAUUCGCCUUCUUGUGCAGAUAUCAGUAUAUUUUCACCCCGCUGAGCCGCGUCGUCCCCCGCUGCUAUUAGCCGAUUUUUAGUCAAAAUUUUCAGGUUUUUAGACCAAGAACUUCUUUGGUUGAUUCAGCACUAAUGAUGUGAUUGUGCCAUUUUUUUGGAAGGGAAGCUGUUCAUAUUUGCUCGAGAUCAGCGGUUAGUCGUUGGCCACCCGUGAGCUGUGAGUUUUGACACAUCUGUUCUCUAAACUCACUUUAGAUAGAUUCAAAUUUAGCACUUUAAAUGACUUCUGAGCUGUUGCAGUCCUUCCUCUCUACUAACACAGUUCCUCAUAGUUGUUUUCAAUAUAAUUUCUUGAAAAGUGGAAGAUUAUUCACAGUUGUUUCAGUCUUUGGGUGUGUUCAAAUUUCAGUCUCACUGCUCGCCAUCUCCUCACUUAAAGGGACAGGCUACUAUUUCUUUCUUAUGGUAAUGUAACCUACAUCUGUUGUGCAAACACACAUGCAGCGCUCAUAUACACACUCGUCGCACUGCUGCAGAAACUUGUGUACUUGUGAGUUGGCCUAUUCUCAGCGGUAACUAAGGGUGAUAACCUCCCUCCAGAUCUGGCAUUAAUCCACACUGCAGCAGCGUCAGGAACUGUGCCAGCAGGCUCUCGCAAGAAAUCUUAUCAACAUCUGGGGAGACUUAGGGCUUUACUUGAUCUCUCUACGUGGGGUCAGGGGUUUUGCACAGGUAGCCUCUAAUCCGGGUGGUUUAAUUGUGUGCCAGGCUGCCAGUUUAGAGAGCCCUGCUGCCAGCUCCGGUCCUUUUCCGUCCCCUCUCUGCCCUGAUUUGGACUACACACAAAGAAACGACACUCAGCGUAAUGAAAGAGGUGACAUGGCAGCCUACAAAUUAAGUUCUCUGUAAUUGUAGUCACGGUCAGCAGCACAAAAUUACAUGUCACUCACUGAGAAGCUUUAGGGCUUAACCCCCAUUAUUACUGUACAGGAAUCCACAAAGGAGCUUUCCAAAAUGUCAAGGAUUUGUACUUUAAUUACCCUUAAACAAGAGGACAGAUCCAGCGCCCGUGUAGGGGAAUCAUGUGAAGUUAUUAAUCUGCCUUCCUUCACUCAGACACAAAGUGCAAACUCAGGGUGAUCGAUACCGGAGUGCAUUCAGCGGAGUUUUCAUUGAAAGCUGAGGCUGACUUCGCCCACAUUAUCUCCAGUUGUGUCGCCGCUCCCUGAAGAGCGCAGUCUCUGCUUUAACUGAGCUCAUUACUCCAGACCCUGCUCCAAACUUCCUUACAGCGGGUAAAUAAGCAGAUGAAAUUUAUUCCUUUAAUACUCCAUCAGUAUUAGUCUGUCGUCGUCUCUCUGCUGGAAUAAUGGCGCUUUAAUCACAAAGAUUAAGCCAAGAUAUUUUUUCUAUUUCAGCAGCAGUUUUUCAGAUUUUAUAAAUCCCCUCAAGCUGCUUCCACAUUACCCUGCAGUUUCCCCAGGGGGGCCUUGAACUCCCCUCAGGGUCCAAAAAAAGGGAAAAAUCCGCCCUGAAAAGCGUCUCUCAGCCUAAAGUGAAUUAAGAAGCUCGUUAAUCUCCAAGACAAACUGAACGUUACCCCAUGUUCUGGGUGAAAGCGCUGACAUUUUGGGUGGUUGUCGAAUGAUAAAAUGAAUAUUUAUCUCUCUGUUUUAGUGUGCUCUGUAAGUUUGGUGGAGAUCGAGGUCAGAAUUACCCAGAACCCCCAGAGGUCUUCACUUAACCCUUAGAACUCCAGGCUAUUUUGCUUUUUUUUUGGUAAAAAUGGAUGUAGCAACUGUAUACUUCAAGCACGACAAAUAUGUACACAUCUUUUAUUUUUCAGUACAACCCCAGUUGUCAGUUCAUACGUGCUAAAAUCAUGUAAAAUGAAAGUAAAAGUAGAUUUAGCACCAUAAAAGUCAACCAAAACAAAAAAACAAAAUGAAAGAUAGUGAUAGCAAUCUUUUUUUUAUCCAGCUGAGUUCUAAGUGUUAAUAUUAGCUGGAUUAUCAUGUUUUUAUGAGAUAACUCUCAUUUUGACCUGCUGUAUUGAGUCCUGUUUGUGGCCUGAGUAAAUAACUCCUGAGUUGUGUCCCUAAAGCUGCCUCAAACUAAACAUGCCUCAUUCACGUAGUCAUGGUAAGUCGUAUUACCCAGCUUUGUUACAUUCUUGGUCAAAACCCUGUAACCAUGGUGAUUAAUUCUUAACGAUACAAGCCAAUCCUGAAACAAACGAAUCACAGACAUCUAAUUUAAUCACUUUCCCCUCUGUUUGUUGACCAUGUCUUAAAUCCUGACCGAGCACAACCUCCAGUGUUGAAAUAAACUGCAGUUCCUUUAGUGUCCACUUGAGGCUUGCUGCAGAAGCCAAAGAAACCCAUUAGGCUUCAUGUCUAAAUGGUGAAUAGAUGAAGCUGCAUGAAGGCUGUGUCUAGUUAAAUAGACAUACAGUUGAAACCAGAAGUUUACUCUCCAGUUUACUUUGACUCUUGAGAAAUCGUGUUGACUCCUGUCUGAGUGUUUUUCUACCUGCAGGCUCGUCGUCUAGUCUGAAUAUGAAAUUCUACUUAAAUAACUGGGAAAAUUAGUUGCUAAGGAACAUCUCUUGUUGGCAUCUAUGAUUCGUUUGGCUCCUCUCAACUCCACGUCUUGGCAGGUUUCUAUAUGAGCUGAAAGUUUGUUAAAAUUGGCAUUUCCAAAACAGCCGCUUUAGAAUGAGUCUUUGGAAGCUGGUGGGAGGCGUCUUUCCAAGAGGAUAUUCGACACUAACAAUUUUAUGGACCAGAUUGUUCAGGAAGAAUGUGAGGUUCUUGUUUCGAAUGGUUUUCCCCUUAUCUUGCUUUCUCAGCCAUAGUUAAGUCCAGUACAUAUCCGCUGUUUCCUCAACCCAAUUCACUCUGAUCAGAGGAAUCCACCUUUUUAUAGGGAGUUUCUGUCUUUACUGUGGAGUGAAUGAAACUCACCUCAACCAGCCGCUGAUAUGCAAAAUAUUUACUACUAAUUACUUCUAGUACUACACUCCCUUUGGGCGCCAGCAGGGCUUGAAUCACUCCUCCAUUUAACUGCAGUUUGUACUCCUGCCUGUGGUAUUAAUCUUAGUGUUUACCUCGGUGGUCUUAAAAAAGCUAAUUAGCAGAUAAUCAGUGGGCCACAGGGUCUGUUUUUAACCUCGGCCUGUCUGAGCUGCCUGCAGCAAACACACACAAACACACACAAACACACACACACAUCCUCACCAGUGAGUUCUUCUGGGAUUACAAGGUCAAACACCAUAUCAGGAUUAAGACCAGACUCUUAACACUUUCCUCUCCAAUCAGCUGUGAACUCCCCUCCAAGAUAAAGACAGGGACUGUGAAGACAGACUACAGUACGGUCUGUGAGUCAGAGCCAGAGCUGCCAGAAAGGCAGAUCGGCGUCUGCGGCGGUCAGAUGGCUCCAUCUGGGCCUGAUGGUCCCCGGGAAGAGCUGUGGAGUUUUGGGUGGGAACAUGAUCCAGGAGGCGAGAGUCCAACUGACUGCUGUGAGGAGAUGACAAACACCGGAUGGACUUCACAUUGUGUACGUGUGUAAGGGAUGACCAAAUGUUGUGUAGUCUGUGGGAGGUGUGAGGGACUCGUGUUUACAACAGGAUUUAUCGGUGCAACACACAAAAAAAAAACUUUAAAUCUGCAGAUAUUUUCUACUUUGAGAUCUUAUGAUGAAUUAUUUGGACAGAAAAUAUUAGAAUAAUUAGUUUUAUGGAUCAUGACAGCUCCGUUGGAUGUCUUUUGGGCCAAGUCUGGCUAACAUUAGCAGAGCUAGCUCGUGUCACCCUUGGCUCGGCUCUACCUGUUGGCACGGCUGAACCGAGUCCUCGGAGGACACAGAUCAACUGAAGGCAUGUUUAAUUUGGUGUUUUGCUCUCUGUCGACUUGAAUGUGUCUCAGUGCUGACAAAUGGAUGAAAAGGAGGUGGAAAGGAGGCGUCAGGCUGACUGAUAUAUAAAUUAGCUUUAAGGACGCUGCAGUCCUUCGCUGUUUGUCCAUUCACAAAAGUGUUGAGCUGUUUUUAACCCUGAUCCUGAUCUGCUGUUUAAAUGCUGUCACAUAGGGUGAGUAAAGUAACAGUGCAGUUUCCUGAUCACUAUGGCACUCAUUGUUCAUGGUUUCUAUUAUCGUCAUAUUUCUGUGAUAAGUCUUUGCUGCUUCUACGACUUUUUAGGUGACUUGAGGCCCUUUUUCUUCCUCGCUGUGUACACGUCUUGCAGGUUGCAGUUGUGUUAUCCUCCAGUUAGUGUGUCGGCUAAUGCGUAAAAGAAAUCAGCUGAUUUUGAUCAAUAUGCUGUUGUCAUUUGGAUGGUAAAUCAUGAUAAAAUACUCCCUCGGGGAGCGAGCAGCUAAAGUUUAGCCUUCCUGCUAAUUUCUGGUUGUUGUUACUGAGUGAAACAAAUUGAAGCAGCUGAUUUUGAUCCAGGCAGAGUAGAGUUACCAAAGCGCCGUAAUCCCCCAUGUGUUUACUCAGCAGCUCCUCCAAACAGUGAGGUAGCAUGACCAGGCUCGGCUUUUUACACCGGGUAACCACCGAGUUCACGCAGCCUGCCUUGAGCUUUCUGCGCUCCGCCCUUGAACCAAGCCUCUGAGCAAGCAGAAAAUCCCUGUAAUUGCAUUAGCGUUGUCCAACUGUGCUCUCCAUGCCACGCCUGUUCCCUCCAGACUGCCUUUUUAGCUUGAUUUAUUGCUCUGACAUGUCAGGAUUUAUUCUCAUCCUGUUGCAGAAUUAUGGACGGCAUCUGAUAUAUCCUUGAGUAAAAAAAAAAAACAAACCUCGCUGGAUCUGAUCCAGGCUCCUCUUUGAACUGUCAGGUUGUGCCAUGGAGGCAGUGAUGUGCUCAGUGGGAGCCAGGUCCGGUCAUAGUGGAGGACUCUUGACCAGGCCAGCUAAUAAAAGGUUUCAUGGCUGUGUUAUUACCCCCCAGUGGAAGGCCGGCGCUGCUCUGGGCGCCGGUUGUUCCGCGAGGCUCAUUGCUUCUGUGAGCUGAAGAGGUUGACAGACACAAAUAGAGCUUGGCGGUUAAGUGAGGGCAUUAAAUAAAGUGCAGUCAAUGUUUUGUCAUGAAACAUAAUCCCUCGUUUGAUUUUACGCUCACUUGUGCCCCUGGAACUCUUUGUUGUUGCCGUCGUUAUGAGUAAAAGGAAAUGGGCAGCGGUUCAAAAUGCCACAGUGAACUCUGGGUAAUUUGCAUGCGCUGCAGGUCACUCUCUUUUCUUCGGGGGUUUCUGAUUGUUUUUCCUGUCUGCCUUUUGUUUCUUGUCUUUUCAUCGAUCUCCCUGCUGGUUUUUGCUGCUGGUUUUGUUUUCUUCUCGACGCCGACACUGCUGCCUCCCCCCUUAACUCACUCCCUCACGCUCCUCUCCCAUCCCUCUGUUCCCCCCUCAGCACCUCAGAGACUCCGACAGAAAAGACUCCACAAGCUCUCUGUUGUAAUUUUCCAGCAUGAACACCUGCCUGUGCCACAUAGCGUGCCUGUUUGGUGGCCUUUGAUUCACCUGCCGUGUUUGUUUAUUGUGUGCAAGUCUCACAGUGCUGAUGUUCAUGCCUUAGGAUAACGCUCACAUCUAAGAGGAUUACGCAGAAACAAAAAGCUGCACAAGGAAAUCAUUUGAGUGUUAAUAUUACGGUUAGAAAUCUCAUAGAAAUGUUGAUUUGCUCAAAGAGGAUUCAGUUGACUCAGAUUUCCUCUCCCUUAAUAAAAAAUCUGAGAUCAUAAAUGUUCACAGCGUGACCCGUGGCCUAGAAAUACGCCUUUAGCACAACAUGUCCUCCAUCAGGUCCAGUUUUUCCUAUUUCCAGGACUUUCCAGGAUGAUAAGAGCAAAUUCCCCUUCCUCAGUCUUUCUUAUUAUCUCAUCACAUAGUUUUUUUUACUAUAAGUCAGGAUGGAAAUCAUUCACGUUUAUUGAUACUGAUAUCAAUACAGAAAAGCUCUUUUUCUUUUUCUGGAUGUGACAUUUAAACACAUCAUGAUAAGAUAUUAUUUACUGUUUGCCUAAUUCUCGUUUUACCGAGCCGACCCUGAACACCUCACAGUGUAAUCGUCUGUCUCCUGGAUUAGUUAGCUAAGUAUAAUGUAUCCUGCUGAUUUCAACUCUGGCUCUUGAUUUUUAACUAACGGGACUCGCUCUAAAAUCUGGCUGCGCUUCCUCUGACUGCUUUGGGUGGAGAGGAGGACUGCAGCUGGAGAUGAUGUCGUUGUUUUAAACUGCAGACAGUCAAAGGUUCUGCAGGUACUUCGGCUGGAUUUGGUGCACUAUGCUGAUGUGCCUGGCCACGGAGGUUUUUUGACAGUAUUUUGCAUUUUGCUAGGGCUGUAAUCAACCAAAGAAAUUUUUGGUUAACUAAAACCCUUAAACUUUCGACUUAUCGGCUAAAAUACGAAGCUAACCAUCAGACGUUGAUUAAUGUGGAUGCUCGUCUUCAACGUUCCUGUCUCCAGCCGGUCUCCGGUGGGUUGGGCGAAUCCAAAAUGGUAAAAACAAGUGGGGUGUUCUGAGACAGACUGUUACCUGUGAAACGAGGGUGCUCAUAGACUGUAUAUACGAUGGACAACUUGGUUCUGCCUUCCGCCAGUAUAUGGAUUUAAAGCCAAAAAGCUCUCGGUGAUUUUGCGUUUUUUCUCCUCGUCCUGAAACCAACAUUGCGCAGUAGCGUUGUACGCACUCAGCGAGAGAGUCGCUGUGAUGACGCUCGGCUCCAACAGCAUAUUCCCCGGGUGAGCUUUGCUGGGGAGGCGGGAUUUAUGACCUAUACUGCAGCCCGUCACCAGAGGGUGCUGUUCUCAGAGUGGCUUCACCCAGCGAGGUGGCAGACGGCGUCCAUCCUAUAUACAGUCCAUGGGGGUGCUCUGAAAACACCCCCAUUUGCCCUUGGUACGUUCCUCCUGAUGAAAUUCACCAUAGACUGUAAAUUUACGUGCAAAAAAAAUCGACUUGACCGAUCAGAAUUUUAGUUGACUCAGCACGUAUCGACCAAUAAGUGGACCAGUCGACUCGGAUUUUACAGCCAUACGUUUUACUUCAUUCAGCCACACUUUGGACCUCCUUGCACAUUCAGCCUUUGUUGCAAACUGACAGGUUGAAAAAUACCAACAUUCUCCUUUUUUAGUCAUGCAUCAAAAAUCUUGUUUUAUCAAAAAUUUGAGAUUUUAAUCAUGGCCUUCAAACAAUCAGAAAAAAGUUCUUAAACUUUCUCGACGUUCCAGCCUCACUUUGAAGGUUUGUUUUUACUGCGCCUCCUCCUCCUCCUCCUCCUUUUUACCUCCUUUGCUGGAUGAAGAGACUGAGUGAUGACUUCAUUUUAAAAGCAUCUCCCCAAAGUUAAAGUAUUCGAAGAAGACGUAAACAACCUUGGCAAGAAGAACAAAGCAUCUGUGACCUCAAAGCACCUUCGUCAUCCUCUUUCUCUCUCUCUCUCUCAGGGCUGAACGCCAACAAACAGGACAAAUUCCUUUCAUUCCUCAGCUGCUUUAAAAUUCAGCCUGCACCGCAGCUUUUCUGACUGUGGCGGCCUUGAGGAGACGCUUCCUUGUCGGACACAUUUUCCUAAACAAAUAACACCUUUAGGAGGAAUCUCUGCAGAGGCUGGACGUCUGUUUAGUCGAGUGGAGGAGGACGUUGGCAGCGCUGUAUGUUGCCCUCGUCCUGCUGAUGAUGUCUAAUCCUCUCAGAUUCCCAGAUGCGUUUUGUUGGUGACAUAUAUACCUAUAUUUCUCCAUGUGAGAAGUCCAGCUUUGUGUAAUCACUACCAAAGCGAGGAGGCUUUAUUAUAGCGCUGUGCAGGGAUACUAUUGAAUUUCAGGGAAAAUAUCAGUUGCUAAAUGUCAGUAAUCCCGCUCUGGCAUUUGGCAAAUUGAAAUGGAUUUUCUCUGCUCGAUGUUUUCCUCAACAUCCAGACUUACCCCCUGCCUUCGCCCUUCAAACACAAAGACACAGGAAGAAUAAUGGCUGCCUCUCUUCAAAGUCCUCCACGGAAAUUCAAAGUGGAGCGCGCGACAUCUGCUCCGUGUCGUAUUUGCUGUUGCUUUUAAUCGUUUUUUAAAGUUUCUCUUGAGUGUCCGCUGUCCCGGCUAAAAGUUCAGACAUCUGCGGUGAAUGGCGAGCAGCAGAUUCAUUACGAUACAGUAGCUUUGUCCUUGGCCCUGCAGUGCCGUCUCUACUGCCCGUCAGCCAUCUGCGAAUUUAAGAGACAGCUCUUAAAAACUGAGAUAGGACAGCAGGAUACAGCUAGAGAGGCUCUUGUCACCAGAGAGUGGCAGAAGUCGUUUCCCUUUAUUGGCUGUACGCUUCCAGACAUUUGGUUUGACGGUCCCUCUAAAUAUAAUCCUCUAUGAUGGAUCAUUCGGAUAAAACAGCCGAGGGAACAGGUUUGGUCCCCGUUUACCAAUAAAGAGGGAUUGAACAGCACCUGUAGAGGCAAUUAAAAACUGUAAGAGGGACGAUUCAAUCUGCCUCUGUCUCUUCCUGCUCGUCAUUAUUCGCUACCUUUACAUGAUGAUAGCAAAACUGAUUUAUUCCAUAAGUCUGACUAAAACAGGACACUUGUUAAAAUGUUAGUCUGCCUGAAGUAGCACCAAGUCAAAUCUCAAAGUCAGUAUGUUUACAUGACACUCAAGAAAACCGAAUUAUUGCUUUACUCCGGUUAAGACUGGACAACUGAAGUGCAUAUAAACACUAUCAUCAGAGUCGGAGAACUCUGAUCAAGAAUUCGAUUUUCUCUACCAUGUAACCAGUGUAGUCGAAGUAUGAACGGACAAUGCAUGUGCACCACGCCCCCUUAACCCUGGAACAAAAACACCAGGGAAGAGGAGUAGAGUGCAUCUCACCUGCAGAAAAAGUAGCGCGUACAUCAUAUACGACAAAAACAAUGGCGUACGAUGCUCCAUCUUCUUACUCGAUAAUGCCCAGCAGCAGUUGUAACCACUUCUGCCUUUUGGCAUGGACCUGCUGUUGUUGUUGACAGUUGUAUGGGGUUGGAAACAUCGCCGCUGAAAAGACCUGUAUCACCCCCUAGUUUUGGGGAAGAGGACACGUUUACGUCAAUAAUUUAACGCACUGAGUUCGACCAUACAGAGAUGAUGCACUUUGGGAUUGAUUUUUCUUGGAUGUGUGUCCCCGACAGAGUAUGUAGGACAGUUACAGAGGUCUGAAAUUGUCCAUGUUUUUUCCUCUGAGUUCGUUUUCAAGUGAAUCCUCCCUCUCUUCUCUAACAGCAGAGCGAAAACUCUGCCCCUUUCCCCAAAUAGCUCUCACUUUACCUUCAUCACAAGCAGCUUGUAUCGAUGCGAAGCAGGUGGAGGAAGGUGUGCAUAUACAUGUGUCUGAAAAGCCAAGGGACGGAAUGAGCGAGACAAAAGAGAGGCUGUAGUGAUAAGCCGUAGUCUGGAUGUUAGGAUGUUGUAUAAAAGCUUGAAAAGACUGAAGGAUUUGUUUGAUCUGCAGCAGGUGAUAAAAUAUAAAAAAGCUUGAAUCCUUCAGUUUUUAUGAUGAUGUAAAAAUCUUUAGCUACAAGUGAACUCAGGUGUUAAAAUCAACCAAAGCUCUUCAAGUGAAGUGAAGAAUUGACGUAUAAAAAGGUAAACUGAGUGUUUUCAAGAUCCAAGAAAAAAAGAGGACUCUAUUUUUAAGACGGAGACCUAAAAUCCUAAAAAAAUAAAGGUCUUAAAAGUUUCAGGACAUUACGAGAGCUGAAAGAGUGAUUCAAAACGGUGAAGUCACGCAGGUUAUUAUUAUUGCAUAUUAUUGCAGGCUCAGACUUCAUGAAUAUUCAGGCUGAGGUUACGUCAGAUAACCGCGGUUUGGAAAAUUUCUCGAUGAAUACGGCUGCACAUUUUUUCAGCCCGUCUGCUGCUGAGUUAAUGUGUAUUACUAACCUGAGCGUUAAAGAGUAAAACCAAAGGUCUAUCCAGGGAGGAGCAAUUGUUUAAAGUGCUGAGAGGAAGCAAUGACAGUGAUGUCAAUCUCUCCACGCCACAGAGACUCUUUAUGGCAGCAGGAUAACUGGCAGUCAAACAUAAAAUCUCAAUAUGCUUUGUUUCUGACAGCUAGACUCAUCUUCCUCACGCAGAUUUGAGCUUCCCAGAUUGUCAGAGAGCAGCCGUCUCUCUUUUUUUUUUCCCCGCUCUGCCUUUGACGAAUUCUUCACUUUCUUUCUCAAGUGAGCGGGUAUCAUCCUACGCAGCCGAGCACAGAGCGUCACCGAGCUGUUUCUAUGAACAUAUGGUGCCGUGUUUUUUUUUUAUCCCUCGUCCCAAAAGUUUGCAGGAUCCAGACGGGAGGGGGGGAGUGAAUAUUGUAGAGUGUUUAAUCCUUUAUACUUGUGGGGAUUAUGUUCCAUUUGAUAUCAGAUAUGCAUUAGUCAAAUGGGUUUCAACUGCUUUCCCUGUGGCUGUCACGCAGAGCAGUACACGUGUGCAGAUGUCACACAUGCCUGCGUGCACACUUACGCAUUUACUGCCACACUCACUGAUUAAGACUGGGAUUUGCAGUGUUGUUGUUUUCACUUUAGGAAGAAGAUAAGUGGGUAUAUUAGAAGGAUUGUCCCCCCCUGCAGAGUCCCAGCCACAGAAAAACAAACCCGGUCUUUUUUGGGGGUCCAGAUUAAGAUUCUCCGUGAUGCUCUGUACCAUAAUGAUGCAGUAUCAUGCCAGCUGAGCAGAUUAGAGCUCAUUUGACCUGGAUUGAAGGAUUUUCUUUUCAUAUGUCACAGCUGAUAAGUGAGAUGCAGCUGAAGUCGCAUGCAUCAAGACCAAGGAACACCAAACAACAAGUUUAGAGGAGCCACAGGAGACUAAAAGCCUCCCCACAGACCCACGUCAUAUUCUCUUACUUACAGAAACUCCUGCCUAAGUCAUCCUUAACCAAAAGGAGCAAAUCCUUAAAUAGAAAAUAGAGUGGAAUAGAAAAGCCUCAUCCCUCAUCUUUGAUUCCUUUUUUUUUUUGUUACGGAGUUACAGAUAAAUCCGGCUGGCAGGUGGACUUUUAAUCCUGUGAAAUUGUUGAUAAUGUUAAAACACCUGCUGAAACUGCCCAUCAUCAGUCGUAAUCGUUUACAUUAGAAUGCAUUAGAUUGAGUUAAUUGCACUAAAUAUUUCCAAGGGGAGCAUAAUCACCUUUUUUUAUCAACACACCCGCAGCUACUGGACCUUCAGCAGGAUAGAAACCUGACAAAUUUAAUUAAUUUAUCACAUUUAAGCUAUAAUUGUAUAUACUGGUCUGAAUGUGAAUCAUUACAAACAUUAUAGUUCAGGAUGAAAUGUCAUUAAAAGAUUCUGAAAAAGACCUGAGACCAAUGAUAGAUGGCUGAUCUUUGGACCCUUAGACAGCACUACACUGAAAACAGUCAUGACUCUGUCGUGGAGAUCACUGCAUAGGCUCAAAAUCACUCACAGAAAUCACAGUCAGUUUUGGAGAUCAUGGAUGUAGAAUGAUUCUCCAUGUAGGAGACAAAAUAUGUUUGUUUAGGAUAUGAUUUCAAGGUUUAGGAUAUGAUGGAGGGGUGUGGUUUUGGGAUGUCUGGCGGGUUAUUUCAGUCUCACCGGUGUAGUCGGACAUUGGUUUGGUAAGCUCUGAUCAUUUUCUGUUGUCCGUUUUUCAUCGUUUUUUACAGUUUCACUCAUCCUGUUUUAACCUCAUUUCAGCAUAUCACUUUUUUCAUUUGAAGGCAAAGGAAUUGGACCUGGAUCAACGUGUUUUUCCUUUUUUUGAACAAUAAAUCAUUUUUUAACACUUAAAUCGGACCUAUAAUUCAAACGAGUCACAGAUGCAAGCGAACCUAAACCACAGCUGCCUUUUUUGUUAAAGGAAAGCAGUCGCUACACUCCACUAUACAAGAGGAGAGGGACCUUAAAAGUUAGCAUCUGUAGUGGUAUCUAAAUAUAUUCAACUUUUUAUUCUAUAAAAGGAAAAAUUGUGACAAACCAUCACAUCUGUAGAGCUGCAGAGAACAUCUCAAAUGAACAUGCUGUUAUGAACACCUUGAAUUCAUUAUCUAUAAAAUGACAGACCGGCUAAUCAACUCAAAGUUUCCGCCAUAAAGGGAAAUCAUCCUGAAGUGUUAAACUUUAUAUUCCAGUGCAUUAGGUGUGUGUUAAGCAGUUCAUUAGCCUCUGCUGUUGAAAUUAAAUGAAACAGAAAUCUUAAGCACCAUCCAAGCCUUGACAACCCUAAAAAGCUGAAAGAAACCAUCAAUGCCCGUCUGUUUUUCUCCCCGUUUUCCCCCUAUUCACGGGGCGUUUAUGCCACCAAAGUCCUUUUCAUUUCCAUGUUUUCAGGACAGCUUGCCCCAAAUUCUUCAAAAAGUUGUUUUUCCACACAUAUUCCUCCAGGGCAAGUUUUCAUAUUCCUAGAAUCAUCGAAUGAGUGCAGAAAAAAGACAAACUUUGGAGCAGAAAAGAGCGUCAGGCAGCUUCAGAUCACACUGGUUGCAUGAUACAGACAUCAUCAACAUCUCCUCUCGCUCGCUCGUGUUGAAUUCCCCUGACUUUUAUUGUUGUUGUUUUUCUCAAGGCAAUAUAAGAUUAUCACUCAAGGCGGAAAACAAAUGAGAAGAGUCUCUGGAUCUGCACAAAACAACUUGACAAUGUGGAAAGAGGGUUUGUGGUCGAAGAACUAAAAUACCUACUGAGUCCAUGCAUCAGCUCCCCCUGUGCACACUUUGCCAGGACAAGGUCAGGCCAACUCCCAGCUGUUUGCAUUCAACUUUAUUAUUCCCACAUGCAGCUUACCCUGAAUUUCCUGGAAAAUUUCAGGAGUUGAUCUCAUGUCUGGAUCCUGCACAAGAAAUGUGAUACGUGCAAAGUUUAUUUAAGGUCUAAGAGAUGAAAAAGCUUUUUGGAUCUGCCUGCAUGCGAAAUCACAGUAUGCAACAGAAACUGAGGUUUGCACUCUUUGGAAAAAUGCGAAUAAAAGAGGUGGAUUGUUUUGCACUUUUCAGAGGUUGAAUCUUGAUUGUUGUGUGACUGCUCUGAAGCAUCUUUCCAAGUCUGUCAGUUUCAGACUGUGCAAGUCUGUCAAACAGAAAGGACCUGUUUUGGCAGGUUUCUUUGGUGGCAUUAGCCAAGUGUACUCCACCAGUCCUUUUCUGAGUCUGAAGUCAGAGCCGUCUGCUCCCAUCUGUGAGCCUCAUGAGUACAGUGUGAGCUGACUGCCCCCUCUGCUGGGCUCUGCAGGGACCAGCAGCCUGUACCUUCCCAAAGGAGAAAUGGUGUUUGGCUCUUCAUUCACACAGCUGCAGAGUCAGCUUGUACUUUAUUGCCCCCUCUCUCUCUCUCUGGCUGUCUAUAGAAUACAGGCAUAAUAUUUUUUUAUUUGCAUUAGUAAAAUGCUUCAGUUUAUUGAUGAACUACAAUGAUGAAAGUCAUGAUGGUGGGAUGUUAAAUUUACUUGUGUGUGGUCCUUAAGUACAGUUUCGGAUGACUGGACUUAUUUUGUGGUAUCUGUACCUCUACUUAUAGUAACUAUAAGUGGGAUUUUUCUUAACAAAGAUGUGGGUACAAGACUUUUGCAAUCAAACUUAAAAAAAAAAAAAAUGCGUAAAAAACAGACAUGCUGGCUCCUGAAUUAAGUCAGCCAUACUCAUAGACUGUAUGUACUAAUUAUUAUUUCUUAUUAUUAUUAUCUAUUUAUAUAUAUUAUAAUAUUAUCUUUAUUAUUAUUUAUUAUUCUAUUUGCAGUCUAUGAUCAUACUGUGGUGGUUGGGGAUGUACUGGUUUUAAUAUCCCUACCACGACGUGGAUUUAUUCAAACCGUAGUCACAAUAACGGGUAAAAAAAAAAUAAAUAGUGUAAUGGAGUAAUUUGUGACCAACAACGACCGAGCUCCAUCCGGGUCAGUGCAGAGCCGCAGUUAGCACGCUAAUCAAAAAGCCCCGCCCCCUCCUUGAGAUGGAGCGCGUGUCAGGAUUUACGACGACAGUACCCGGCAGGUAAGCUAGCAGUCUUUACAUUAUUGUUUUUUAUCGACGUUCAAAUAUGUUUACCUCCCCAAAAGUGUAUUUCAGUCGAUAACUCAGUUGUAAAGAGUCCAAAAAGACGAAAAUAAACGGGCUGUAGCUUUUACUCAUGGUUAACGAAGCGAUUUUAACUACUGACAAUCGUCGCUAAAUCGCAGUUUAACGGCUCAGUUCGUUCAAAAAUAAAAGUCCCUUAAUGUUUUGUUGUUGAAAUACCGUCAUUCUUAAACAUCUGUUCCUGACAUGUUUCAGCAGAAACUAAAAAACAAAACACAAUACAAACAGAGAAACAGUUAAACAUACAUUCAGUCAGAGACUACGGAAGCCUGACUGAAUCUGCCUUUUUUCUGAGUAAAUGAGGUUAAAAACACUGUAGAUCUUUUUUAUUCAUGAAAUUUCCUCCUAUAGUAGAGAUAUUUCUCCGAUAAUUCAAGAGAACAGGGCUGAAUUUUUAGUUACCAAAAAGAUAUUUCAUAAUCCUGACAGAAUUAGGCUUUCUCAUUAAAUUUAGCAAAACUUUCUUUUUCCUCACAAGUGAAUGUAGUAUGCUUCUGUAAGAGACUAUUGCACUGAAUUAUGAAAGCACAAUAGUUUUAAAACCAACUUUCCUCUUUGCAUUAUUGGCAUGUUUAAGUGGAAGUGAAGGGUUAUGGAGUGAAAAAGUAUUACCAUGUGUGAUCCUGCAUUUUCUAUACGAUAUUAUAAUACAGUCACUGCAUAAAAGACCCCCCCCCCCCCCAUCCAAAAAAAAAAAAAAAAAAUCUAGAAGUCAUGAAUUUCAAAUCAUAGCGCCCACUCCAUGUUGUAAAAAAUAUAUGCGCAUCACAUCUACAAAUUGUAUAAAUUCUGUCCCACAGUUAUUGUGGCUGUCAGUACGACUGUGGGUGAACUUUGGAGGGGAACUUGUGCAUGCCAGCGGCAGAAAUUCAGCCUCCUCCUCCCCCUCCCCCUCCUCUUCCUCCUCCUGCCGGGAACAGAAUAGUUUCUUAUCUUGUACUUGGAUGACUUUUGAAGCAAGACCUUUGCUGGGAAUCUGACAUGAAUUAAGAUAUGUGUCCAGCCUCCACUGUUAAUCUCCAGAGUGGUUUUUGUUUAUGCUCUAACCUCAUUCCUCCUAAGACCAACACAGUGGCUUAAAGGGAGAGGAGCCUGUGGCUUGGGAGAAACACUCAGUAAAUAUUUUCUGAAACGCCUUAAUUGAAAUUGGAUUUUAACUGCUCAGCGGACCGUGGUGGCAAGAAUCAGGUGCCAGGGAGGCGGUGUUUUUGCAUUGCAAAUGUAAUUUUCUGUUUUUUGCUCAUUGCCCAGGAGGCACCAGAAAAUAGCUAGCAGAUAUGUUUUUUCAUGAGCCGUUUUCUUCAGGUUGAGUCUCUCAUUAUUCCAACACCCAUCACGUUUGGCUUUUUAGAUUGAACUGCCGUUUAGUCCUGUUGUUUACUGAGCCAGAGUUAGUCUUUAUGGGAAAUUGUAUUCUCUUCAUGCCCUGAUAGAGCCUGAUUGAGUUGAAAUUUUGAUUGCACAAUAUAUAUCCAGCUAAUGUGCUUUGAGGUUUUGUUCAUCACAGAAGCGGCUGAGGACCACAUGUUGAUAUAUUGUGUAAUAUACAAAUGAAUUGCCUAUUAAGUAGGAGGAUUGCUGUCGUGAUUGAUAGGGAAAGUAUUCUUUAGACAUUUAUUCUUGUAAUGUCGAUACUGAGAAAAAACAUUAACAUCCUUAUGCUGAUUCUAAAGUAGCUGCUCAGGUCAUGACACAUUCACUGAUAAACCCGGUGACACAUAAAAUACAUAUAAGCACAGCCGCUCAGACGUUAACUGAAGUUGAUCAGGAUGAAGGUUGAAGAAGUUUACACCGCAGUGAGUGACGGAAAGGUGGUGAGGACUCUGACGUUUAAAAAGCAAUAUUAAACAACAUCUUUUCAGACUUAAACCAUCCAUUACCAACCAUUACCAUCAACGCUAAUCGACAUUCAGUAAGAUUAAUGUCAGCCUGAACAGAACUUAUAGAAAAUAUUUGAAUAGGGGUCUCUGUUUACUUUGUUUUCUUCUUUAUCUGUCACUCUCUACCUCUCUUUCUGUCUGUCGGUACAGCAGGUCGGCCUAUUAUCACACUCUUACUGUGCAUGACCAAACCAGUGACUGGUAUUUUCUUGUUGUUCAAUUAAAGCUGCAUACUUUGCAUGCAGGUAAUAUUAUUAAUCAUUGUUUGACAAUUGAGUGGUAUGUUUUAAAGGUAAUGUGUAUUCUGUCAGCAGGCCUAAUAACCUCUACUGCACAAUUGAAUUUGGUUUAUAAUUAGCUCAAAGCUCAUGUGGGGAACUUUUUAUUAUGAGUCAAAGUUACUGCCCCUGUGGAUAAAGCGUUCUUUGUUUAUUCUGUCCUCUAUAUGAUUAAGCUGUGUCUUAUGACUAAAAAUCCAGCAUAUCAUUUAUUGUGAGUAUUUUAUGUGGAAAAUGUCAAAUAGAGCUGCUUUUUGUCUGCUUUGCUGACACCUACCCUCUCACUGUUUUCAGGCAGUAAAAAGUACUGUAUAAAAUUCAUGGAGAAAAAGACAUCAGUUCAAGCACCACUAGAGACAAUAAAGCAAAGAAACAGAUGAGACAUAAUUUUAUGAUGAGUGAAUGACGAUCAUUGUUUCACUGCGGUUCUGCUCUGAAAAACUUACAAACACAACCAAAGAUUUGCUCUAAUAUGUCGGCAGAUGUAGGAUUGUUGUCAGUGCAGCCAUUCGUCCUCACACCUCUCUGCCAUCACCCCUACAGCUCUAGACACAGACUGCUGAGAUUUAAGUCAGCAAAUACUGGUGUUUGUCAAGACUUUUAGGCAUCUCUUAAAGACGCAAGAGUUACAUUUGCAUCUACUGCAGACAAACAGAGGAGAGGGACAGCCUGUUACAGGCAGGCUGAGGGGAGAGAUGGCAAUAUGACCCAGGUGCUGCUGUGUUUUCACUAAGAACACUUGAACACUAAAUACACUUACAGGGCUGCCUAAUGAUGUGCAGCUUGAGAUGUCCUGGACAGAGCAACAUAAUAAACCUCACUUCCAAAUACACUGGGACAUUGAGUAAAACGAUAAUUUAAAAAGAAUUUAAUAGCUUCAUAGUACGCUAAUCCUUUUAACACUUAUGUGAAUGUUUGGAAAAAGAGGAGACCAGUUUUUUUGAGUGUUGAAGUUAAAUGACAUGUCAGGACCAUAGACUGUGGAUGCAGCAACAAACUGUGUUCACAGACGAUAGUUUUGAGCCCAUGCUGUGGUGACCACUACAGAGCUAUGAGCCACCUGAGGGCCCAAAGAUCACAGCCACCCACUUAAAGAUUAGGGGUCUUGUUCUUUUUAAAGAGAUUUGUUUGUAGUUGAUGUAGUCACCAAAUUAUUCUCAAUUUUAUACUGAGCAGUGUUAUUGUUGAACUGUUUACUCACGCAGUCUCUCACAGGGUGGUGAACAUUAGUUUAUCUUUACUUCUUCUUCUUCAUGUGUUUUUUAGCAAGUUUGUCAGGGUUCAGUUGUUCCUGCCUAGACUUUAUUUACAUGGUGCUUGCAUCAAAUUCGAACACAAUAAGAAUCACUUUUUCAGCUGCAACAUUUAACAUGUUAUAUGUGAACUAUUUAUAAUUAAAAGUAGAAUGUAAAUGAUUUCCAAACCAUCUAAAUCUGUCAUAACGCAGCAACCAAACUUUUCAGAAAUUCUGGUUUUAACUAGAUCUGAAAAUACAUAUUAAACACACAGGGUCUUACUUUAAGUGGUAAUUUACAGACUCACAGGACAUUCAAAACUUGAAAUUUGUAAUUAGAGGUAUCUGGGACAUCUAGUUUUGUUGCUAUGCUAUUGAGAGAAUGUCGAGAUUAUUUGUUUUUUGUGCUAAAAUUAUCCAAAGUCUGAAUGUCUGAUAAAGUGGAAGCCCUUGUUUGGUAAGUGAGAGUCCUUAUUUCUGCUCUCCCAAUGACUAUUGGUUUAUUUCUGCACAAUUGACUUUUCAAUUGGGUGAUCACUACAACCUGACAAGCUGCCCAUCAAUAACAUUGGGCUAGUUUGCCCUGUUCUUGUAAUCUGGUCACACAGCCUCACUGCAGGAGAAGCUGAGGGAAAAUCACAGCUCUCUUGUGUCUCGGGUACCAACAAUCCCACAGUCUGCACAUUGAGAUCAAUAUCCCUCCAUACUAGAUUUUAACACCUUAAAAAAAAGCCCCUUCUAUGCUUUCAGUGUGGGGAUGUUAAAUGAAACGUCCCAGCACUAAGAACAUAAGUGCCUCUGCGUUUAAUGGCCGCCGUCGUCGUCUGAUCUGGUCAUCACAAACAAGGUCAGAGCACACACAUAUGGAGUCAUAUUCCUGGAGUAAAAUCUUUUAACAUUGACCGAAAGCUUUAACGCUGAAACUUUAUAGCCAAUCUGCUGCCUCAUGGCUGCUCUUAAUGGCCCCCAAAUCCCCUUACAGUGCUCCCUCCUCAACUUCCAGGCUUUCAGCUCCUCUGUCAAGCGGCUCAACAGGCCGACCAGUGAUCACCCUGAUGGAUGAGCGAGCGAGGAGGAGAAGAAGAGUCAUGAGUCCUGCAGUCGGGUUGGUGGAGCUUCAGCGCGCCGCUACACCCACGCCAAGGAGUAGAAUCGCCUCCAGACUUUGACACAUCAUUUCCUCUGUGAUUUGUGGCCAGAUUGAGGUUGAAGGAGACACAGAAAUUUUCAGGCCUCAUGAGAACAGAUGGAUGUUGUUGCGUCGCAGACUGAGCCGACGUCUGUUUUUCUUUUUCCUUUCCAUACCUGAAGAACACUCUUGCUUCAUGAAGAAUUGGCUCCAUGCGACUUAAUGGACUCAUGAUGACAAGCUAUUACAGCACAUUUUCCGAAAACGAGGCGCCGUUUUUUUUCCUCCUGAGAUGACAGCGCACUGACAGUCUCCUCUGAAAAGAGAUAUCUAUUAUUUUGUAAAGAAAAAGUCGGAGAGUGGCUAUCAAGAUUUCCCAUUUGUCCUCUCUGUGCUGUUUCCAGUGUGAUCAAAGUGGGGACCCCUCUGUUUGUGAUCAAAGAUGGGCGGUAAUUCCAUGAAACGAUGUGUGAUGUAACACGCGUGCAAUCAGUAAAAUGCGAUAGGCUUGUCGGGGCAGCGAAUGGUCACCGUCUUUUCAUCCAGCCCCCUCACCCCGCACAUGUUUGAUCUUGUCUCUGGGAAGCGAAGCCCGCGGUGCCUCCCUUGGGACGUUUGAUGUCGGAGAUCAGAGCGUAUAGUGGUGCAGGCACUUUGGCGGCGGGGGCUUCACCAUUACCGCGUGCCACAUCCAAUCUUCUCACCAUCAGAUAACUUCAAAGCAUCCGCCAAACAUCACCUUCCCAAAAAAGCUCAGGAGUUUCCCACUGGUGUUGUAUGUUAGAUUAGCAGCAUGUUAUUGAAGUUUCCAGGGAGAGAAAAAAAAAUCAGCUCAGACUCGCUGAAAUCUAUCAUCACCUCAGGCUCAGAGAAGUUGUAUCACAACACCGAGUUUUUCAUCUCUGUCUGAUUCUUUCUCUCUUCUGUGCAUUGAUCUGCAGCUCGCCAAUAGCUUCUCCUCUGCGAGACCUUUCCUUGUCCUGCUUCUCCUAUCCAUUAUUCAUCAGUCCUCGCUCCCGCUGCCAAGCUGUAAUACCUCCUAACUCCAGACGAUCAUUUUGCUGUUUUACAAUGUAUGAAACAAUGACAGCCCAGCAUGAUUUUCUGGCACAAAUGCUGAAUAAGAAAAGCAGAUAACAAUAUGGAGUGAAUGGAGGACAAGGUCCCCAGGCCUCUGACUUUGACAAAACAAGACAAUGAGUCUUUAGUCAUGCUGGUGGAUUCAUGAUGUUUUGGAGCUGUUUCAAGCUAAAUGCUAAAAUAGACCAUAUUCCCCAGGAUGCUGUCCUUUUCCGCUGUGCCACUCAGGGUAGGAAAACUCAUAUAUUGUUAUCAUGUGUAAGGGUGUGCAACUUACAACCAUAGACUGUAUAUACUAUGGACAACUUGGUUCAGCCUCCCGCCUGUAUACAGAUUUGAAGCCGAAAAGCUCUCGGUAUUUCCGGGAUUUUUCUUCAUUGCCUGAAACCAGCGCUGCGCAGUAGCGUUGUGCAGUAGCGUUGUGCAGUAGCGUUGUGUGCAUUCGGCUGGAGAGUCGCUGUGAUGACGCUCUGCUCAAACAACGUAUCCCCCGGGUGAGCUACGGAAUCCCUGAACGCCAAUAGGCUGUAUCAGGUGUCAAUCAAAGAAAACUUGAAGUCAAUUAGACCUAAACUGUCUGACAAACUGUGAUGAUUACACAGCUGUCUGAUUGAUAAGAAGCUACAAAGAUGACGGAUAAAGAUCAGGACACAUUUUUUUGUUUAAAAAAAGCAAUCUAUAUAUUUGUAGAUCUGUUCAGACUGAGGCUCUAAUAAUACAAGUUUACAACAGACGGAACAUCACAGCACUUAACCUCAGUUGUAGGCGUUGUUUGACGAAACUUGUGGAAGUUGAAGCCCGUGAUCGAACUGAAGUUUAUCAUGAUCAUCGAUCACGAUCAUAUAAUCACCCAGUCCUAGCUCAGGCCAAUAUUAGCUGAAUUGCACUCUUUUUCUUGCAGUUUUGAUUAUCAUUAAAAACUGGACUCUUGGCUGCUGUGGUCUGUGCUCUUGAUUGCCCUCCAGUAUUAUAGGUUUUUAGCGACAGAGCGAUGUUGUAAAGAAACUACAAGAGUAAGGAUUAAAAGUGAGAGGAUCCCCAACUUAUGCUGGAUCAUCUUCUGAGGAUCGUACACUCAGUAUACGAUUUCUUGGCAAGAGUUAAAAUCCAAAAGCUGUUGUGACCUCUUAGACUCAACAUGCAAUAACUGCCUCGCUUUUGGCUUCCUCUGAAAGUGAAACUAACUCUUCAUGCCUUCUCGGCUUUCCUCAAGUGUUAUGAGUCAAUAAAAUUAUGAAAAAGGGGAGUAUAUGUCGAUGAGCAGAGAUGAAGAGUUUGUCUCGGUAAAGACCGAGGACUUCAGAGAGAUCCUCUCAUACUCGACACAUCUGAAGAGAAGAAGAAGGUUACCGUGAGCCAUCUGUGUUGAAUCAGAAACAGAGUGAUCUUAUAGGAGACUUUCCAAAGGCACUCUGCUACUUCAGAGGCGUCCUCUCACUUUGCUCUUGUCUCCUCGUCUCACUGGUCAGACAAUAUCUAAGUAACUCAAGUGAGAUACACUUUUGUGGAUCCUCAUCUAUCUUUUACAGAUUGUAUUCAAAGGGAUGCUCUUUUGAAGUAAUGCGCUGAGAAAUGGUUACGUAGCCCAAGCGUGUAUUUUAGUCUUGACGAUGUGAAUUACAAUCUCAGUCUGUGCGUUUUAUCCUGAGACUACAAGACGUCUUUAAACUAUGUACUCUUGAAUGUUAAGUAGUUUGCCACAUACAUGUAAUUCCCUUUGUCUCUUAAACGCACUCUCUCUCUCCCUCCACAGAGGAAGUCGGUGAUUGCCACCAGUCUGAUCGUGGUGGUGUCUCUCUUCGUGGUUGUGGUGAACUACUCGGAGAAGCCGUACUUCCUCCUGCAGCCCGUGUUCGGCCAGACGUUCAGCAGCCACUGGAUGUUUUCCAAGCCGCCGUACAAAGCCUUCAAGCCUCACCUGGGCUACGUUAGCAUCCCCAAACAAGAGGUGAGCUACACGAGAGCAAACACACACAGUCGGAGAACCAAAGCAGAAACUUAACUUUCUAAUAAAUUGUUUAGUGUUUCCUGCUUCUAGAUGUUUAAGUGGAGUUGAAAUGAGUUCUUUCUUCGUUUAUUAACACUUGAUAGCAUCUGACUGAGCUUAACCGGCUAUUCGUUUCAUCAAUAUCCUUAUACCUGUACUGGAAUAAACAGCUUCUUAAGUACCAUUUCGUGCCCAAUAACCAGAGAAUUAUUCCCUAACUCGGCAUUAAAGCAGCUAAUUAUUUUUUGUUUGGAAACUCUUAAGCUUAACUACUUUAACUCAACACUAAAUGGCUGAUAAAGUUACAAAGCAACUAUCAGGUAAACACAGCAGAGCGUUGAGCUGCCAAGACGUGUGAGAUCAUUUGCAAAAUGGAGCUGAAAGCGGCGCGGACUCUUGUUCAGUAUUCAUGAGGUGGCUAGAAAAACAUCUCCUAAUGAAAGCCAGUCUUAUUCUUUAUUUAUUUGGAUGCAUUUCCAGCCAGUGCUUGGCAACAAACUCCCCACAUCAACUUAAUGAGGUGUCAGUGAUGUAGUAAGUUUGUUGUGCACCACACCAAGUGGCCAAAUAAUAAACUGAUGCAAUGGUGAGCGUGCGAUUUCUGUUAGAUUGCAGAAAAACACACAGUUUGGUGUUCAGUUGUAAAUGAAUGGAGUUUGAUUGGCAGUUAUGGACGCUGUUACCUCGCAGUCUAAGUGGACAUUUUGACAAAUGACAGAUUUACAAAUCAACAGAGUGUUUCAUAUUUUAAUACUCGUACAAAUGAUAGAAAUAAAGAAAAAGAUUGAAUGUUCAGGGGUUAAGGUAAACUGUUUGCCCUCUUAGAGAGACCAAUCAGAGGUCUACGCUUAAAUCUGCUGCUUUGUACAGUCUGAACUUCAUGCACCGCCUGAAUGAAGAUGCAGAAAGUUCUGGAUUUAACCUUUAAACCUUCACUCUGAAAUGAAAUUAGUUUGCAGUCUUAGGAUGAAAGCAUUAGCAUAUAAUGUUUUACAAUGAACCUUUCUGCUUUUGUCAUAUUGCUGAGUGAGUGUCGUAACUUACAUCAUGCACAGUUAACCUUUUUUUUAAUGGCGCAUUCAUAUUCCAUAACCCCUGCAUUAACAUUAACCUGCCAUCACUCAGCCUCUCCUUGAUAAUUAAGGUGUCUUCAGAUGCGUUCAAGCAAAAAGUGCAGCGCCUCCUGGAGGAGUUUCUUCCUUCAUUAAAUUAGGUUCUCUGUGAUGGACCUAAAAAUGCCUGUUUGAACUCUCUCGUGCAUUAUUUCUUUGUAAUUCCAAACACCCAUGUCCGUGAUCCUAUUUUUCUGCCUUCAAACAGCUCUGCGCUGUAUAUUCCCCGCACAAUUUAUGGAAAUUGAAAUAUCAAAGCCUUUUAAUUCCCACCACAUCCGAAAUUAAAAAAAGGUUGUGUGUUUGUUGUUUGUUGAAAGGCAGCUGGAAAAUAGAAGCUGCUCAUGCCGCUGCAGACCGGGUAGUCAAGCAAGAAAGUCUUAUAUUUGCUUGCAGGAGGGGCACGUCACAUAUCCGUCUGACAGGCUAAUGAGGAUUGUGCUUUCAGUCUCUGUUGCAAUACAUCUAGAUUUCGAUGCGUUGGUCCUUCAUGAGAAGUGGAUGCCUUAUAUUCAGCAGGCCGAUAUCAGGCAGAUUAAUGCAGAGCGUCAUCCUCUGCCUCCGGAGGGUUUCAUCCGCACAACAUGGGCCCAGAGGCAAUCAUGUCUUACACCAAUCUCUACGUCUGCACCUCCUUCUGCCUCCAGACAAGCCUGCCUAAAUCACUGCCCUCUCCCUGUGGAGAUUUAUGCAAAUCAGAGGAAAAACUGGCAGCUUCUACAGAAUUAGGCCUCUUCUCAGCUCUAAUUCCCCCACCAGUGAGUUCUCUAUUGCGGAUCAGAAGGGGCAGUGGUUGGCCCGAGUCUGAGUCUGCAUGAUUUUGACAUUUCUGAGUGACACGGUCUGAAUUGUGGACGUCUGAUCAAGAUGACACCCUUGUGCCAAGUGUCACCAAAGAUUAUGUCCAGAGUAAGAGGCUUCUGUAUGAGCUGCCAGCCUCUGUUAAUCACUAGCGUCACCGAAAGAAACAGCGGUCUCGCUCCUGGACUGUGAGGUGCUCUUACAAAACCCGCCAUGAAGUGUCACUUUGGUUGUUAUAAACCUCUUGCGAGCAUGUUUAAUGCAUAACCCCGUAGCCCAGGAAUAGUCUGCCUUAUUUUCCUCAUUUGAUUGAGUCUGCCUUCAGGUGUGAUAAAUUGUUCCCGCUCUGCUUUUCAGGAGAAAUAGAAAACAUUAGUCUUGCAGCACUUUACAUUCAUGCCCUGGGUCUAUCAACGGAGGCAUAGAGGGCCUCAGUGUUUUCAUUCAAAACCUGCGCAUUUUGAAUUCAUGCCCUUUGAAAUCCACACAGUAGCCAACAAAGACGGAGCGCUUCGAGUGUUGGAUUGCUUUGUGAAUAAUUUUGAUGAGAAAUCUUCUGGAGCAUGUUGCACCAGCUGUCUGUUCAUCAAGUAAAGUCAAACGUGUUUUUUUUUUUAAAACUCAGAAUCAUAAAUCAAAAAUUAUCCGCAGGGGUAUUUACAUAUGUCUCUGAGUGUGUGUUUGUGUGUGUGUGUGUGAAGUUAUUUAAGGAAGCAAACAAACACAGAAAAGAAGAAAUGGAUGUGGUCCAGGGUUUGUCUCAGCUUUUAUGUUUUGUUUGACCUUGUCGUCCUUAAAGUCUGCAAGAAGAAAAUGAGAGGCCUUAGCAACACAGCAGGUUUUAAAGUAUAACUGAAAUGUUAGUUUAAUGCCUAAUGUUUUCAUAAUCUGUGUCUGUUUGAAAGGGUUCAGCAGACUAGUGGAAAAUGUCAUUGUUAUAGUGAAUAAAUAUCUUAAAUCUUAAAUAUUUGUUUUUUUUUUUUUCAAUUUGAUAAACAAUGAAGAUUUAUAAACUUUUUCUUGAUAGGGCUGGGCGAUAUAACGAAAAUUUACCGACAACAAAAUUUAUGUCAAUAACCAACGUCAUUUUGCCCAUAUCGGUGUAUUCAGUGUCAAAAAAUAAAAUAAAAUAAAAGUUUGUUUUGGAUGUGUGUAGGUAGGCUAUGGUCUCAUGUCCCUUUAAGACACUGUCCUACGUCAGAGACGUCUAUUUUCUGAGAUUAUGACAACAUGCAUUGACAUCGUGAUUUUAAUCUUUGCAUACAUCCAGUAUAGACACCAAACUUUAUAACUGCAUUUUCUGUUGUUAACAUGAAAAAGCGUGAUACCACCCCUUUUAAAAGUUGACUGAUUAAGCCGACUGAUUGUUACACAUCUGCUGUAUUUUUUUUUAGUAUUGUACAGGCUGGGCGAGUGCUAAAGUGAGCUGACUCAACUUCCAGAAUAAGUAAUAAAACACAAGUAAACCUCAACAAGUUCUGUUUUUUCUAUACACAUGUGUAAUGCCACACCCAAAACUUAAUGAAUAAAAGAGAAGAAAUAAAGAAAAGCUGCAUCUUAUGGUUUAGUUUUAUUCAUUUUGAGUCGUGCCUCUUUGCAAAUCUUUUCAGGAAGAACAGAUCUGCUGUAUAAUAAACGCCCUGAGAGAAAUACCCAGAAUGAAUGAAUGAAUGAAUGAGUUUCUCCCAUGCAGACAGCUCCAGCUAAUCAAUGAAUAUUUGAGUGCUAUGGAGAUGUCUUACACUGGGACUUGGCAUGUUCAUGUAAUAAUUAUUUCAGAUUAAUUUAUCGUAUUUAGAGCAUUUUAAUGAAUGUCAAGGUUAGGUUCACACCCCAGUGCUGUAAUUUAAUGACCGUGUUCCCGGCAGUAAGCUUGCUCUCUCUUUUUUUUUUUUAAUAACCCACUCUAUUUUUAACACUCUCCCAUUAAAAUCUGAGGCUGAGUAGAUUUUGUACUUAUCAGAGACCGCCAAAUUUAUUGGGAUUAUAAAGUGCACUCUGUUUGAGAUUACUGCAUGCAGCGCUGGAUCGGUACUGUCAUGGACAUGAAACUGAAACAUGAAUCACUGCUGGGGGGGACGGAAGAGGCCAUAACGUUUUAUUGAUAUACAGGGCGUAAUCUUCAGAGAUUUGUUGGCGGUGGGAUUUCAGUCCAGUUUGCAGAAAAUCAAACGCUCUGGUUGUUUUUUUUUCCAGAGGUUUCACACUCUGCUUUAUUAAUGCAUAUUAAUCUGAUCAGCGUUCAUAGAGGCUAAUAAUGUUCAUUGUUAAGUUUUAUGUUUAAGACUGCACAGAGGUCUGUUAUUGCUUUUAAAGUCACCUCCAUUUCUGCCCUCUUGAUAAAGCACCAAACACUCAAGUGCGACCGAAGUCAGGCGCUGUAAAUGCCUUGCUCAGGGGCUGCUUGGUUUCCCAUGUGUCAUACAUGUAGUUAGCCGAGCUCCCCGCGGAGCUCAGCCCAGUCUGAGAGCGCUCAAAGGCGUGAUGGAGUUAUGAGCCGGGCUGAAGGAGGCGGCAGAUGAUGAACGAGCUGUUGACAGCUCGAGGUCAUGCUGAUGUGUGUCUCAAUCACCCUGUACAUGCAGAGCCCAGACCAAGAGAUCAUUUCUUAACCCGUGAUUGAACCCAUACAUGGGGAGGACAGGAAGUAGCAGGUAGCUGGGUUGGAGUCCGUCCCAGCAAGAGUAAAGAAACUCCACCCUAUUUUGUUUCCCUUUCCAAGCAGCUGAUUCUCUGUGAGUCAUAUGAAUGCUGAUAAGCCAAAUAGCAGUGAUAAAAUUGACCAGAUCUAGUCGCAGGAUUCUGUUUGCACACUAAAACUCCCUCAUUUGUUGAUUAAACCCAUAAUAUGCAAGAGAGAGUUUCACAUUCCCUGCCCAAACCGGCCCCCUGAACGCAGCACAAAUGCAAUCUGUAUUCAAAGCGAUGACAUUACGUUUACUCUCCAUUAAGCAAAUGAUCCAACAGGGCUUAGACAUGAGACAAUGGUUUCUCUUUUCGAACUUUCUCUUGCAUUCAUUCACUUAAGUAAGUUUAAUCUCAUCAAAACAAACCAAGCAUAUUAGCUUCAAUUAGGUAAAUCUCCCAUUUCAAAUUCACAGAAGGCUUUCUUCCUCCCCCAGCAAAGCGUAGCUAAGAGCUAUUAUUGAAGAUUUAUUACAAAUCCCCUUGCUCCAGUAAAGUAGAAUAAGAUAUAUAAGAAGUAUACGGUGUGAUAAAUGACACAAGUCCCCAGCUUUUCCUCUCUGCAUUGUAGCUCUAAGAUUGUUAUAACCUCUGAGGUCUCACAUUCAAUUAACCUAAUCAAUGCGAGUUCUGAGCUCAGUGACAUUAAUCUCUGAAAAUAAGAGGUUAUGUAGAGCUAUUAAGCCCUGAUGAAGGGUUUGAAUAAAUAAUAAAAAGUGUUUUAUUUUAGGCUGUGAUCACAUAAGCCUCUUUGCCAAAACUUCACUUUAUUAUUAUUAUUGCAGAAAGACAGCAGUAAGUGUAACACUAACAGUCACAUUAAAUGGAAAUGAACCAAAACAGAUGCAGAUGUUAUCAUCCAUUAUUGAAUGACUGACCUAAUUAGAUUAAAAUGAAAUGAAGUUUAAUCAAAAGACAAGAGUCAGAUUUACUUUGAAGCCGUCUUUGGUUCAUUUAACCGGAUAAGGUCUUAAUAAAACCCCUACAUUUUGAGAAAUUAAUAAAUCUGUUGGAUGUUUUUGCUUCUCUGAGAUGCAUAUGAAUAUUUCAAGUUAUAUUUUUUCUGUACUUGAGAACAAAUGAUUAUGCAUCUGUGAAAAAACAAAGUUAUACAGUUCUGCAGGGGUUAAAAGAGCAGAUAUAUGAAUCCCAUCAAUGAUUAAAAUGUUCUUUAUGUAUGCAACAUGAGUGCUCUCUGCUCUUUCAUGGGUGUUUGUGGCAUACAUGAAAAGCUAGGGCAAGGUUAGGGCACAGAUCAGAGCCGGUAUCGAUGACAACCCAUAUAUAUGACACAGGUAAAAUGAGACAGAGCAUAAAAAGGAGGGUCUGAGGUGGAGGCGGGUUAUAAAGCAGUUUACAGAGGAAGCAGGAGGAGGAGGCAGGUGAAACGGUUAAAGUAGAAAAACUCAAUUGACAUUAGCCAACUCGGGUUCAAAGUAGGUGACUAAGAUGGGGUUAAGAUCAGCUAAUAUACUGUGGACUUAGUGGCCUGUCUGAAGUAGCACCAUGCUUAUUUUGGGACCUGACUUUAAAAGACUGAAAACCUGAGACUUGUUUUAAUUUUCCUGAGGCUUGUCUUUCGUUUAUUUGAUUCGUCUCUCUCAGUGGAAGCCUGAACAGAAACUUCUCAGGAUUGUCUUGAAUAAUUAACAAGCCUUAACAUAACACAGGGUUGUUUGUAAUGAGUUUGAAUUAAAGCUACUAUAAGGGAUUUUCUGACAUCUGUAACACAGACUGAAAUUCAUAUUGAAGCCUUUUCAUGAUAUCCAAUAGUGUACAAGACCAUCAGUUACACGACUGAGGAUUUUUAUGUCCUAAUUUGAAAGAUGGAAACUGCUGUAGGUGUCAGCUGAGCAGCUGUAAAUAAAGCUCUGUUUAUACUAUUUCCACAUAAAAUACUCGUAAUUACAAUAAAUUUGACUAUUAGGAGUCAGCAUGAUAAAGUUAGUGGUGUACAGAGCUAGAAUUUCAUUCAGCAGAUGCUUUUGUCCUAAAGUGAUGUAUAUUUGAGAGGAACUGCAACACAAGCAAAGAUCCAGACAGAAGGAAACUCCGUGAGUUAGAGCAACAAACUGUUUUAUGUACAUAGUGCUGUCAGGCAGUCCUCCUAAAAGGCAUUUCACAGUGUGUUUUUAUGUGUAUUAGUCCAUCAUCAUCACCACAAUGACUAACAAUGGAUCACCAUCAACAUGAAAACCUAUUACAGCAUCAGCAUCAUCAUCUUAAGAACCAAACCAAGUGCUGGUUAAAAAAACCUCCUUUCUCUUUGCUGGUUUUGUUCUGUACUUGCAUAAAUAGCAUGAGACAGAAGGUCUAACGGUGCUGUCUUUCAGCAAACAAAUAUCUCGCUGUGAAUACUUGCUGUAGGGAAAAAGUCUAAAAGUCUUUCUCUGCAGCGUGUUGUAAUUUGUCUCGUCUGACACCUGCCUCUUCACGGUGGUUUCAGGCAAACAUAUAAAGAAAUCAUCCGUCUCGUCGUUGAUGGUCUUGUUUGCUUUCUUAACACCAUAAAGAGACAUCAUUGUUAAUUUAAGACGGUUUUAUUACCAGACACAAAUUCCUCACAUUGGCUUAAGCAAUUAUAAUAAGCCGUAAAUUAAAAAUUCAUCGUUGUAACCGACUUUAUUCCCCUCUUUCAGCCUCUGAAGCUGCACUGUGAGAUCUGCAGCAUCGUUUCCAGCUCCGGCCAAAUGUUAGGCCAAGCAGCCGGUCCGCAGAUCGACCGCUCUCCCUGCAUCUGGCGAAUGAACAACGCGCCCACACGUGGCUUUGAAGGCGACGUGGGUAAGCGAACCACGCUGAGAGUCGUCUCGCACACCAGCGUCCCCCUGCUGCUGCAGAAGCCCCAGUACUUCUUCGGGCAAGGUAACGACACCGUUUACGUUGUUUGGGGGCCGCUACGAAACAUGAGGAAGGACGGGAAGGGGAUUGUUUACAACAUGCUGCGACAGGCGGCUGAGAACUACCCUCAGGCACGCAUCUACGUCACGACAGAAGACAGAAUGAACUACUGUGACAUGGUCUUCAAAAAGGAGACGGGAAAAGACAGGUGAGUCUAGCUUUUUAUAUCUCUGCUGCUCUUUCUUGGCACGCCAUCGCUACAAUCCACAGCAGACCUCCAAUUUUUCUCCUUGACAAAUUCACCACUCAGUACUCUGACAUUCACGGUUCUGUUCGCUGCUAUAAUAUCGACCCUAUUGAUGCUGAUGGUCUGCUCAAUGCGCUGUGCUUUCCUUGCUUCAAAUCCUCCCUUUCAUGAGGCGGUAUCAAAGUGAGUUACUAAACUUUCCCUCUGAAGAGGUUCUCCGCGGCACUAAAGGCCAUUCUCUGAAGACGUACUUUUACGAGGAGCCUCAGAAGCUUGCACUGCCUGGGUUACAGAUGUCAGCCAAAUACUGGUCUGGGGAAAAUCCGGUUAAUGAUUCUGGCAGUCUCUCUAAACACUCCGGUUACAGCCGGGCUCGCAACUUUUCUUACAUCAUCUUUGCAGACUCUGAAUUUGCAGAAAUGUCAAAAAAUAUCCUGCAGAUCCAUGAAAAGGUAAACCAAAAGUGUCUGUUUGUUGGUAAUACAUUGCAUCAAUGAAUCCUGAAGUUACACUCUGUAAUUAACGACAGUCUCACCUACAUGGGGAUCCUUCUUUCUCAGUUUAUUCCCUAAACAGAAUCUAAGGUUAAUGAAUAUGAGAACCCGCUGCUUUUGUUUCACUUGAACUUCAUUUCUCAGUCCCUCCGCUCACUCCUGCAAAGCUGUUACCCUCCUCUUCUUCUCUCCCACACGUCAUGAAGACCUUUUUUAACUUGUUAAGAGGAUUAACAUGUUCGGUAAUAGGCGUAGCAUCCAUUUCAUUACAGCUCCAUUGUCUAGCUGUUAUUCAGGAUGACAGGGUGAACACUGAAUUUCAUGUAGGGCGUCCAUGUUCUGCCUGGCUCAGCUGUUUUGAAAGACCCAUGAAGGCACAGAUAGAUAGAGAGGUGGGAUUAGGGAGGUCCGCUGAGGGAGAGGAAUCUCAUUACAGGACAUAAUGCUCCGAGGUAUGAUGCUGCGCUUCAAUCAUUACCGAUUGGAAACAGAGACCGGACCCGAGGUGUGAACAAUGAACCGCAUCUAAUGAAUAUGUGAUGAGAACGGAGAGGUUCAUCUAUAUGUCUUUCUCCCUGCCUGUCAUUGUUUGUGUUUCUCUGAAACUGUGCUGCAAGUAUUCGUCUAUUUAAAGGUAAUUAGUCUCCAUGGAAACAGCCUUUAAAUCAACCGAAUAGACAGCAGCACAGUAUUUUUAAUGCAAUCAAGAAGAGAGAGAGGGGGAUUAAGUCCUGCUGUAAUGUAGAGCUUUUCACACUGUGGAUCAUAACAUGAAGAAGCUACAGUUUUCAUAUUACUCACUCAGACAAACUAGGUUUCUGCAAGUCUCACAUCCUCAUGUGUGAACCUUCUUUUGUUAGUAUCGUGCUGUUCAUAGUUGGUGGUUUGGACGCCUUUUCCUGGAUUCUGGUUAUCUCCCAAUCAGAAGGUUUGGGGGUUUGGUUCUGGGUUAAGUUGUCCACAUGACUCCACCUGUCCUUGCUGGCUGCACCCAGUGGUGUGUGAAUGUGAUGUAAAUUGGUGUAUACGACCCAUAAACAUCACAAGUCUGUUGGUUGUGGGUACAAAAAGAUCUUCUGAAUCUCUCUGUCAUGCAGCGAAGAGAAAGGAGCUGCCCACCACUGUUGUUUUUUGGUCCAUGAAGGUGUUAUCAAGUUGAUGGUCCAUGUUUUUUUUUAGAAUAGCCUCCACCUUUCCUAGUUUUCAUCUCUCCACCACAUCCUCCAGUAAGUCCAACUUGACUCCAGCCCCAGCGCCAGCUUUUUUCACCAGUUUGUCACCAUGUUGAGUUUGUAUCCUAGCGAUUGUUUCAUGGAGAACAUCACAUGGAACUUCAGCCGUUGCCUUGGGUGGGAUGUAUACAAGUAUUGUUAUGAUAACUGAACUCCACUGGAACGUAAUAUGGCUGAAGAGCAACUGCCAACAGUUCGAUAUCAGGACAACACUUCCUCUCCUUGACAGUUAUGGCAGUUGACGCAGCUUCUUCUAUAGGUUGCUGGUUGCACUACAGUUUAGACACAACAAAUGAUUGUGCUUUCAGGCCGACAACAAUAAGAAUAGUAUGUAAGAUAACAAAAAGUUACAUUAAAGAGAGAUGGUGCGUAUAAGUUUGCUGUAAACAGUGAUACUCUUUGUCAAAUGAGAUGGUAGUAUGCAGAGUACUGGUUGUAGUUAGCAGACAUUUGUCAGGACUUUGUGCCAAUCUGCUGUAUCAGAAUUUCUAAUCUGUGGUUUCUAGUCUUAUGUUAUUGUUGGACUUUUAAUUUGGCAUUUCAUUUCCAAAUCAGUUUUCCUAAAGCCUUUUUUCCCCUCAGCUUUCUGUCAUUUUAUGUAGAAAUCCUCUUCAUCUCCAUUUGGGUCCUCCCCCUCUCCUCGUUAUAGAGCAUGAACAUGACGCACAUCGCUGGUACACUCUCACACUUCCUCAGAACAAAUUUCCUCAAUCUAUUUAAUCUCUGCUUAUCCAUGCAAACUACAUUCACUGAAGUCUGCAACAACAUCACGCACUCUUGAAAUACUCCUACCGGUGUAACUCGCCUGCCUCUUUCCUGUCCUCUGAGUUUGUACUCACUGGUUUACUGUCAGCGCUUGCUGCAUGGUACAGAGGAUAAUCAUCCGCUCGGAGGAGAUGGAGGCUGCGAUCGAAACGUGAGUCUAAUUAUCAAGAUUGCUGCAAGCUGCCCCUGAGACCUGCCGCUUCAGCUUCGAUCAGGUGGAACGAACCGCUGUCUUACUUGCCAAGAAGGAGUAGACCCGGGAGCUCUCACUGGACUUAAAGGGACCGCCAGGAAGCUCAGUUGUGUCUGAUGACACCAGAAAAAGAGAGAUGUAGAGGUGGAGGGAUUAGACGGGGACAAAGUGAGACAGUUUGUGUUGGCUUGUCUCUAUUGAAAGCAGUGAUACCUUGAUAUGUAAGGUGGUUGAAUUUGGCUUGUCUGCAUAAAUUUUGAUAUAUGAUUUAAUUUAAAUCGGGGCUUUGUGUGAACCUGUCAUCUAUGAAUUAGACCUGAUUCUGUUUAACUGACUUGGACUUACCCUGAUUGACUUUGGCCUCCAUUCAUUUGAACCUCACUUGGUGUGGUUGAGGAUCCAAUUGAACCAGUCUUGAUCUGGACUUGAUCGUCUGCUCAGUAGUAGUUCAAAAGAAGGCCUCAGGCGGGGUCAUGAUACUGGAUUUUUUGAUAUUGGAUACCAUUGAAUUACCAAUCAGUACAGUAUUUACUUUUAAGACCAGGAUCUGGGUUCUAUUGACUCAGAGGGAAGCACAUGGCAGCUUAGUGGUGGACAGAUCAAGAUGUCGUGACCAGGACCAAAGUCAAUCCAGGACUCAGUCAAGAGCAGUUCAGGCCUUAAAGUAACAAAGAGCUGCGUUGUCCCAACACUGAACUGCUAAACUUUCCAUCUCUAUUUUGAGUAUGUAGGACAUUUACACCAGAAAAGUGAUAACAUCAAGUAUACUCAGAUAUUCUGCUCAACUUUUUUUUGAGCGUGCUUGAAACUGAGUUGAAAGAUAGAACUGGGACACAGUCAGUGUCAAUUGUCGGACAAAUGGAUCGCUCAAAGGAAAUCUGGGAGUUGUUUGCAGUUUGAAAAAUCAUGGGGGUAGGAAAAAUGUCUUCGGCAACACCUCAGAGGGAAAAGAAAAGGUGUACUAUAAAUCUUCAGGAAGGUGUGUUUUCUCUUUCCAAGGUGCACCUUCACAGAAACAGUUCAUGGAAGAAAUUCUGGAUCAUUUCUCAGGUGUUAAAAUUCAGAAAUGUGUAUUUCCUGCAUAAUUCACUCGCACUAUGAAUGUAAAAUGAAACAGAACCACUUAAUACGACUGCAGUGAAAUAUGAGGAUUCCUCUUGAUGUCCAGAGAUUGAGACAGGAGCUGCAGCCAUGUUGUAAAAUCUGUUACACUCAAACACAACAUGCUGUAGAUUCAGCAUCAUUACAUGCACAGCAUCCUGCUAGUGACAAAUGGUCUUUGUACUCCGGAGGGGCAAUCAUCCAUGUAACUAAAUGUGUCACAGCAACACAACAUCAUGCUGACGCUCUUACGCUCUUAAGCGAUCUGCCCGAACAGAAGAGAACGGAUGAUCUUAUAGGAAUCAGCAGGAAAUAUGGGAAUCAAGGGGAGCUGUGACAAUGAGAAGUCCAAACAGGAGCCUUGAAUGUGGAUGUAUUUGACAGCCACUUAAACGUAUGAUUCAUGUAAGUGCGCACUGCGGCUGGAGCUUGCAGAGGCUGAACCUAUCCGUCAUCGGCUCUGCCUCCUGAGCCGCAGUCGUUGGCUGUCGGGCUGUUUCGGCUCAGCGCUGUAACUGCUGGUAGAUAGCAGACCUUUCGACGACACGGGACUUAAAUCACUGUGUCACUAAACAGCUCUGCCACCUGGGCCUGUGUGACCCGGGUCUCUGCCACUCUUUCAAAGUCUGUACAUAGGUGUGUGUCUGUUUGUGUGUUUGGCUCCUCAUGUGUUACAGUCUCCAUUUUUUCUGACAGUGUGUUAAUAUGGUGUUUUUAUUUUUCCUCAAUUCUAAUGAAUCACAUAUUCUUCCUCUACUUUGUAUUUUACGAACAAUUUAUUGUCAUCCUGAUUUUUUAAAGAGAGUUUCCCUUUACUUAAAUAAAGAGAAGAAAGAAAGUAAGAAGACUUAAAACCCGUUAAGGGUAAGUGCAGUUUGUGACAUAUGAGCUAUAAGAAUAAAACUGAUCUCUUCGAGGUGCUUUACCGUUUAGAAAUUUAGAAUUAGAUUCAUCACAUUAGGGGUUAAAUUUACAUGCCUUUCAAUCAUUAUAGCCCUUGAUUAGUUGGUGAAAAGUUCUUGAUUUGUUCUGAAAAAAUUCAUCCCAAACGUGUAAAGGACAAGAUCAGCAAUGAUAGAAGAGGUGCCACUUUGUCCACAAGGGGGCACCAAAAUCAACACAAACAGAAAGUCACUCAUAGUUGCUUUAAAUAUCAAAACUUGAUUGUCAUUUAUGAUGCUGACAACAACAAGGACACUGUGAAAAAACACCAUAAAUAUAAAAACAAAUGAAUUCGUACCUCUAACUCAAGAUAAAACCUGGACCAUAUAGUAGUGGAACAAAAGCGUACUGGAAGAUUCCACUCCAGAACAAAAUUUAGGAAUAAAUAAAUAAAUGAAGUAUAGAGACUAAAAAUAUCCUUUAGAACAGGUCCUUAACAUUUUCAGCUGUGCAGUUAAAAUGACCAUUUUUAAAUGGGACCUAAUGGGCCUUCUUUGUGUUUGCUCCUGGUGGAGAUUUGAGGAAUUGCGGCUUCUUUACCUCUGUACUGUCUUCAUUUUUAGAAACUCUCAGUAUUUUCGAUAAAGCUCAAUUCGGUUUUGUCCUUGUGCAUUUCCUCCACUAACUCACCACCUCAAAAAAAGCUUGAAAUCUGAUUAACAUUUUAUUGUGUAAACUUUAUGGCCGGUCACAUCUGUGGUAGUUAACUCCUGUCUCAUAAAACAAAGGCAUCUGAAAUAAGACAUACAGGCUGUGCAGCUGGUCCACACCUUUCAUUUGACAGGCAAACCUCACACAACUCCCAGUCCGGUAUUUGCAUGAGGGUUUGCAGAUGGACCGGAUGUUCGUCACGUCACCUGCGUCCUUCAGGUGCUUGUUUGUGUGCCGUGCACAGCAGAGCGCGACACGCAAACAACACAAGAGCAAACUCGACAAAUCAGACCUGUGGUAAGUGACUCGUGGAUGGAAACUCCACGUGUGACCUUUAGCUUCAGGAGAGCACAGGUGUCACUUAGUCAAAGCUCAUUUACUCCCAGGCACUCCAGUUUAAAUCACAUCCAGUCACUGUCAGGUGCAGCCAGCAUGAAAUUAGAUAGCUUGUUAUUACUUACAACACUUGGUGGUGUCACAUCUGUUUUUGAAUUAACUCCUAUUUAGACAUCAGGAAAUAAAAGGCAUGGAUGUGACAGUGAAACUUGUGAAAUGACAUGUUUUUAGAGAUUAAUGAGCAGUGAAAUCCCAGAUCUUCACCGUGCACGUCACUUGAGAGUAAACAGUGAGAUGUAAGGAACCGAUUAAUCUAAAGGUCUUCACCCACGUGGAUUAAAACACAGAAAAGCUUUGAUUAAAUUAUAAUCAUUGAGUAUUUUAUUUGCUUUAUGAGUUGUUUACCUGACAGAAUUAGAAGCAGGAAUAAAUAAUGUGUUUGCUGACGCCUCAGGUUAAGAGGCACUCAAGGAAAAACGAACCAAAAGCGGAUGUUUCUGCUUCGAUUCAUCAUCAGGGUGAAUCAGUUUAACGGUAGAUAAACUUAAUAGUCGACACUCCUCUUUCGUGACCAAACGGGUUCUGAAUUUUAUUUUAAUCUGUUCUUAUUAGCGUGAAUGUCACGGCUGUGUAAUCAUGCUUCAUAAUCUCUCUGCGUCCACUUCACAUGAGAGUAAGUACUCCUGGCAGGCAGCGCUCACUCAUCCUAAAAUAGUUUGAUUUAAAAAUGAAAGUCCAUUCAGCUGAACGGCUUCUCUGCUUUGUUAUCACUAAGAGCCUCUGUUCAAUAUUUGUGAAUGUGAGCAGCGCUUCACCAAAGUCACUUGUUUUACACUUGAAUAGCGUCUGUGAUGUUUUCAGUCCUGAUAGAAAUAAAACUAAAGGGGCUCCGCAGAGAAUAAACUGAGGGAGGGAGCGCCCACAGGGAUCUCACUUUGGAUGAGGGAGUGUUUUCGGUUUUAAAACUGACAACAUCCCGGCGGAAUAAAAGCUCGCUGUUGUUUCAGUUCUAAAAUAAAAUAAAACCGCUCGGUGUUCAACAAAGACUUCUGCUCAUUGGCUGUGAAACUUUUUGAUUUUAUUCCUCCUUCACAGCACAAGAUUUGACUUUGUGAUGGUCUGUAUAUUUAGACUUCUGACUGGCUAAAAGAAAACAAAACAUGUCCUCUGCGCAUCCUGACAUCCUGAGCAACAGUUUGGGGUCUCAAGUCAGGACUGAACACAGGUCAGUUUAGCACUAGGGCUCUUCUACUCCAGAGCCAUACUGUUGUAAUUGAAGAAAUGUGGUUUUGCAUUAUUUUGCUGAAACAGGUGUUGUCUGGAUGAAGGCCUGUUUACAUUUAUUCAGUGUCCUACGUUUUUUGAGUUAGGGUUGUAUUUACUGUGAAAUAUUUCCCAAGAACGGAGUUGAUCAGUUAAAUUUUGUUAGUCUGACUUUAAUGAACUCAUUUGUCAACUUUAUUAUUUUUCACUUUGAUUCAUUUUUACUAUAAAAGAUGUUUUGAGCACAAAUUUGCUUCUUUAAAUAAUUCAUUAGUGAAGUGAAUGGGGUGCCGAGAAUUCAUUAAACUGAUCCAGUUCAGUUUUAAAGGAAGGAAAAACAGCAUUUCAGUAGUUUGACUUGACAGUCAGACAGUUUCAUUGCCUCAAGGAAAUAGACAUGCUGUUAGCUUGUUGUGACUUAAAUGUAUGUCCUUAAAUUUAUGAUAAGAGUUAUUUUUCUUAAUCAUCAGUCUUCAGCUGAUUGAGAUACUGAUACUGAUACCUGGAGAUGACCUUCAAAAGCAAACGAGAUCAUAAGCAACGAGACUGAUAAUUUUACUGUGGACAAAUACAGUGAGUGAUGGAUUUCAGUCUUAGGGUCAACAGAAUGAGGUUUUUGUCACAGACAGGAAAUAAAAGAUAAAUGAAAAACCAGAUAACUGAACCCAAGUUGUCAUUUUAUAAAAUUAAUGAAGAUGAAAUAACUUUUGGCUCAAUAAAAUUUUGCUACAAAUAACUUUUGUUCAGCUUUCUGAAAUUGUUAUCUUUGCUAGUAACAGGUUUUCGGUAGAUUUUGAUGAUUUGAUGGAAAGACAAAGAUUUGAAGUUAUGCUAGAAGUUUUACUGUCAGUACUGAACUCAAUUAUUCAACAUGAAAAACACUGACCAUUGACUGUUUUCGAUUUCAGAUGCUAUUAAUGGGGGAUGAGAAAAAUGAAUUUUUUAAUUGGGAAAGCUUACAGUGAUAUGAGGGCGGAUGUGAUUAUGUCAAAGUGCUGUUUAUCUGCCAGCUUAAUCAGCCAACCAGUUAAUCAGUCUGCCUCAUUUUCCCUUGAAUUGAAAUGUAUUGAUAGUUGAAUCGGAUCCCAUGAACUUCUUUGAAAGUUAGUUUUGGGGGUUUUCUUAACGGGACCGCUGAGAUUAAUGACAUGCAGCAGAAGUGUACGGCUGAGAGUGCAGCCUCUAAAUGGCCACUGCUUAUGUGCAAUAUUAUUUUUGCUGCUGAGUUUUACAGAAACCUUCUCGUACCUUCAACUGUCUGGAAUAGUUUAUGAGUUGCUAUAAUGUGGGGUGGAUGCACUUUUAAAGAGGCAGCAAACAGCUCCACUCUGAUCCAAAAUGCCUGUGCACGUUUCUCCUCAGAUUAGUUUGUUGUUUUGAUCAUCUGUCUGGCACAGCUCGCUGCUGAUGUCCUAUUUGUGUUGAGUGAGAGAACAAGAAUAGCUUCACUCGCUGAGGGCAUCACUUUCAUACGCUGUCAAUUUCAAUCAGAUGAUUACGGAGAAAAUAGGCAAAACUUGAUGUUGUUUUACUCUAAAGUGGAGUCAUUUUCCUCCUCUUUGUUGCAGCAGCUUCUCUUUACUUUGCUUUAAUGUUGAAAAAGAAAUGUUCCCAGCGCCGCUUUGAAGUUUGAGAUAUUUCAGACAAAGCAGCUGAAAUUGCUGGCUAACCCUUAAAUACUCUGACACUGAGCGGAGGAAUCUGACGGAAAACGCUGAACUUUGCUGAUGCAAUCUGCCUCCUGAUGUGAUGGAGAGCUUCGGUGUCAAAUGACUCUCCAGCAGAGCACAGAGUUUUGUUUACAGGGUGAGCCGUACGUGACUGUUUCUGUAAUUGCUUUGUGUAUUGGAUGCGCAGAGAAGAAGAAACAGCAGAUAGUAGGAUUGUUGCUGCUGUCUCAGUGAGAAGAUUGAAACACAAUGUUUGCAGCGUCACCGCAGAGCUGUAAUUUCAUGCUUAUCACAAUGAGCUGUUUAAAGAGGAAGGCAAGCAAGAGGAUUUAUUCUGUUUCCCUCCACAUGAAGCAGUGCUUCUCUCACUGCACACGGCCUCUAUAAAACCAGCAAACUGAGAGCCAAACCGAGAACGAUCCAGACUGAGAAGCAGGCGUGUAAUGACAUUACAUUUCUGUGUUAAAGGUUUGUAAUUACUGUGAAAUUAUCUUAACAAAUGAAACCAGUGGAAACCCUGAAACACAAACACCAGGGCAUUCAAGGCAGCUCUUCAUCAGGUCGAUUCAGAACAGCAAAGUCACUACAGAGCCCGCCCUCAAUAGAAGACAGGGUCGGAGAUUUGACAAUGUUCGGUCCAUGUGACCCGGUCUGAGAGGGAAAUGAGGCGGCAGGCGGAGGGAGAGAACCAGAGGUGAAGUGCAGUCUUCUUUAAAGUCUAUUUGCAUUUGUUUCCUCGUGAUGUAAGAACACUGGGAGGGUGUGAGCGAAACUAUUAGAGAGUGUUGGAGGGGCUUUAUCUUUACUCUCCAUUUUAAACUAAAACUCCUUCCAUGUGCUGGUCAGUUUCUUUUUAAAGUCUCAAUUAUGAUGCAGAAAUUUUUCAAUUAUGGAUCAAUUUGAGCUUCUUCCUGCUCUUACAACAUUCAUAAACCUGGUCAACAUGAAACUAUUAGUGCAGCGCAGCAUCCUCUGAACAUCGCUGACGAGAACACUGUUUUUUUCAAGGCCUUUCAAAAUGAAAAACAUGAUUGCUCAUUCAGUUCAUAGCUGGACCAGACACUAGUUUAGUCUAGACUAUGAAGCACAGGUUAUGUAACCGUGACUUCCUUUUUUAAAUGUUUUCAUCUUUGGGAACAUCUGCAGUUGGAAGCAGUAACUAAAGGUCGGGGGAAUAUUCUGAUCUUGAACUGCGUGCGACAAAACAGGACUGUACGUCCUAAACCUGUGCAGAAGAACCAGACAGACAUUCUGUUAUUCAAAGAGCAUGCACAUAGGGUUAAAUGCACCACAAACUGCAGUACUGAGCAAACAGCAUCCCUAUAAGCCAUUAUUAUUUACAUACAUUCAAACGAGCCAUUAUGCGCUCACUUGAAGCAAAGUAUGCCCCUUUCUAUGCAAAUGAGCCUCUUUGCAAAUUAAACGCCUAAUUCAGAAGUGAUGAUGCAAACAGCCGUCAGCAGUUUAAGGUGUUUUCACCAUCUGCUCGUUUUUGUGUCGGAGUAUUUGUAAGUGUCAUCACCUUCAGACUCUUCAACGAUGACGACCGCAGCUCUACCUCUGGAUGACCUUAAAGACAGUGAAGUCUGUUUAUUCUGCUAAACUUCAUUAUCUUUCUAAUAAUCGGAGGUUGAAUCACUCUGGAGAGCCCUGGGAAGUAAGUAGGAACUUUAAGAACAGUACUAAACUAGUAGUAAUUAUGAUAUUAUAUAAUGUCCUUCACUACUUGGUGAACUACAAUGGAAGAGCAGUAUGGUUGGAUCAUCAGAUACAUGUAUUUGGUGGUAUGAUAGAGUAGAGCUGCACAAUUUUGUCCAAAAAUAAAAUGCUAAUUUUUUUUUUCUCUGAAAACUCAGUUUUCGAUUUUUUAUCCAGUGACAACUUCACUAAACUAUUCUUUAAUAAUAAGUUUUCCUAUCAUCUCUAAAACAAAACCACUGAAAACGAUGUAGUGCAUUCUGCCAAGCCAGUAACGCUGCGGAGUAUGGGGGUUGCCAUAAAAGAGUUACUCUAUGUGUCACAUAAUCGUCUCCAGAGAUGCAGAUAAGCAUCCACUCAGAGAUUAAAUGGUAGUCGUUUAUUUAUGCACUCUUUGACCUGUUUUCAAAAAGUACAGUUUACAGUCACCCAAAACGUGGUUUCUGUGUGGAUGAAAUGCCGAUUUGACAAAAAACUUUUGUGUUUACUCUUAGAUUUGUUUCCAUGUGGACGGGUUGAUACCGCCUUCAGACAGACUUUGCAGUGGGUAGUGGUUUGCUCUUCAUCCGAAACUGUGAAGUCGUUUCAAUUCCACACGACUGAUGCUCUUGCCCCUUUUCACUGUAAAAUUAUCGCCUUCUUUUGCAAAUGCCAUGUGUGUGAGCCUACGGUGGCCUGGGGGGGUGAGACAUGAUAGAGAGGACAAUCAAUAUGACGAUUUUUAUUUUUUUAACAUCGUCAUAAUCAAAUAAUCCGAUUACGAUUUAUAAACGCUUAACCGUGCAGCCGUAUGAUUGAGGUUUCUGUGGGAAAUAUCUCCCACUGUGUCCCACACAAGCUCUUAUGAGUGGCCACACUGCACUGACUUUGAUUUGGCUCCAUUUCAUUCUUACAUCUACUAUACCUCCUUAUUCCCCCCCUUAAAAAAGCUAAACAAAGUGGCUCCUGGCUGGAGGGAGACUGUGAAGGCCGUGUUCCAGCAGGAAAAUGUUAAUUGAUCUCCGAGCUUGUUCAACAACGUGGAGAAAGCGGCACAUUAGUCAUAUCAAUAUCUGCAAUUAAGGUGUGUUGAUUGGCCUUGUGUUAACACGAGGACCUGUCCUGUUUUUCUGUUUAGAAAGUGUAAAUGCAGGAUUAUAAAAAUAGCCUUCCAGCUGGUCUCCUGCCCACAGCUGAUGCUAACAUGGUUUGUUUCGAUGAAGUAACGACAGAUGCAGUAAGGACAUAAUUCAGGUUAAGCACACUUCUGGCUAUGUUGUGAGUUUACUCUCAGCCUUAAGUGUCGCAUUAAUCUGAUUUUUUUGGCUCUAAAAUUGAUAAUUGGUCAUUAAAAUGUAAGAAAACAACUUAAUCUUUUGAGUCAAAAACAGUUUUAUCAUGCAGGAUGACAUUUUAAUCACACCGUAAGUAACCGCGUUAUCGCUGCUCUCCAGAAUUACAGAAUAAAAGUCUUCUCUGUCCAGUGGAGGCUAACAAAAUCACGUCCGGCUGACAUGACCGGGUAAUUCCUCCAGCAGGUUCAGACAUGAUGGCUAGCCCGCGGCCUCAGAAGCUUUAAAUGCAUUUUCCGUUCUGGUUUGCAGGAACCAAAUUGAAUAAGCUUCACUGAGCAGCAUCUUCCAAACACACCUGCAUCACUAGUCAUGUAGCAACACAGCCUCAUCUAAUAAGCAAUAUUAGAUCAAAUGCCUGUGUGGCUUCAGAAAAGUAUCACUCUAAAGAGAUAAAACGGGCUCAUAACACCAGGCUCCAUGCUGUGUCAGUUUGUGUUAGGAAUACGUCUCUGCUCCUCUGUCAACAAGACCAAUGCAUCCUGAAUAUUUAUGCCGUUUUGUUAGAGUUAGACUUGUUUUUCAAAAGGGGGAAAAAGGGAAAGAUUAAACAGUUUGGGCCCUGACUCAAAAAGCUGCAGCUGCUGUAAAAAAAAAAGCUGUAACAUGAUUCAAGUUGGAGAAAUAGGAUGAUAACAUGAAACACAAAAAUGGCUGUGAGAUGGUUGAAACUGUGAGACAAAGACAAAACUGUCAAAGAAAUACACAAGUAUUGGUUAAUUUACUCAUUUGUACAACCAUUAGUGUGAUUACUGUAAAUGUUUAUACAGUAUUUUACCCUAAAAAACAGUAUAUGAAAGAACCUCUAGCACAAAAAGUUGGUGAUAUUCUAUUUUUAGCAUCUUACAUAAGACGAUUUGAUACUUUUUCCUGUUCGUAGUUGUUUUUAAAGUGAAAUACAGGAAAUUGUAGUGUUGCUGUGAGACAAAAGAAGAAACUUGAACAUGUAAAUCUGGUGUUUGACAAAGAGUUAUAAGGGCUGUCAGACAAGUUUCAGUUGUUUGACAGCUUUUGCAUUUCAAAGCAGUUGUUAGGUAAAGGAAAAGAAAGCAAUAGUAUAUAAAGUUAUUCUUACAAGUGUGAGAAAAUAAAAUAAAAUCUACUUUAUGAUUUUGACUUUUAGAUUUAUGAUUGAAAUAAAAGCUGCACUGCUCCACCUGUGUAGUAUAAAAUCAUGAUUUAUGAUUAGAAGACAGCUCUAGAUUACUUCAUCUGUGAGAAACAGUUUUCUAAUUUUAGCCAUUAGAAGUGCAGGGCUGUUUACAUUAAAGGAAUAUGUUAAUAAGUUCAUGGAGGAAAUCUUGGUCCCACUAGUGUGCAUGUAUAACUUUGAUUACUCACUGACCUCCCUUAAACCUUUUUCUCUGUCGCAUACAGGAACUGAUGAUCCCCAUAACAGUCAGUUUAUUUAGAUGUUGGUCAAAAAAUUGAUUUUGGGACUGAAACCGGACUUUUACCGGUUUUUAGCAAACAUGUGAACACAUUGGCAAUCCUGAAAUUGAAAUUGAAAUUCUCAUACUUGGACUAACAUAUCUGAAAAAACGCAGAUUUUGCACGCAAUUUGGUUGUCAACAAAACCUCGACAGAAGAAGAAAAGAUGAAAAAUAGACUGAACUUUCUUAUCGCAAAAACAGUCAGUGCAUGCAGUGUACAUCCUGUUAGCUUCUCACUCACUUGUUUUGAUAUGUGAUAGAACAGAUGACCCGAUAGUGAGGCUACCUACUGAAACAGAGACAGACGUGCUUCUGUCAAUAAUACAUUUCCUGCCCAGUGCUUGUAAACUGAGACAGAGACAGUUGUCCAGUUAAAACCGAGCUAUGACCAAUCAUUAGCUGUCCAUCUAAACAAACACACUGACUGAGUGGUUGAGUGUCCCAUCAUGGAGUUUAUGAAGAGAUAAGCUCAGUUGUAACAUCAUUUUCAUCAUGGUUAAAUCACUACUGUUAGACAUUAAAGGCACCACAAUUAUCGGGUUAAUGCCGAGAGUCCAAACAAAAAAAACACAUUUUUACUGUGAAAUUGACUUAGCUCGUGAAAAUAAUCAGAACCGUCAGCUUUGAUAUUAACUGAAUUUUUUUUUUUUUUUUUGUAUAAAAGGUAACAAAAAGAAAUUAAUGACCAACAUGAAUCAUCUGUUUGUACAGAAAUUAAAGACAACCCGAGUGUGGUAAUGUAAUGUAAAGUAUAAAUAAAGCACUAUAUACAAAAUGAGAGCAGUAAUGUGAAUUUCCAGCAUUACUAAUGGUGUGCAAAUAUCUCCUGUCCUCACAUUAAUCAGGCCUGCAGAUGAGCUUGCUCUCCUCCUCCCACUCCCUCCCUCUCCCUCUCUCUCUUUUCUUGUCGUUUUCUUCUUUUUCUCAGCCCAGAGUUUGACAUUUUAGCGGCAGCAUGCACAGAAUUCAAAGAGCAGACAGCUUUCUCUCUCUACACGUCCAUGCAUCUGCUGAAAUCCUUCUGACUCAAGCAAGCUCGUCAUCCUGAUGUCCUGCUGCCCCACAGACUUGUUCCUCUUUGCUCACCGCUCUGUGGAAUCACAAUCAAAUUAUCUGCACAACAUAAAAUGCAAAGACGUGGACGUCUGCUGCAUAAUUCGACAGAAAACACUCCCUUUUUAGAUGAUGCUUUUACAGAAGGAAAAAGAUGGAUCUCCUGUCAUCGUCCUAAGAAAGAAGGAUGAGUGCAGCCGGGAUGCUGCCUGCACCAUCAGCUGUAAUCCAUCCUGUCACUGAUGCUCUGUUAUGUGUUCAGCUCCAAAUUGGAUGUGAACGAGUCACUUCAGAUUAUACUUGCACGACGCCUUGUGAAAAAGGAAGCCAUCACCCCCCCGGCAGUAGUAUUAAAAUCUGCUUGUAAAAUUGUCAAGCCCUCAUCUCCCCAAACAGAAGCGCCUGUUCUUGAGAGUUUUCUCCCAGCCGGCGAUAAAUAAUAAUUCAGCUGUUUGCUUCCCCUGACAAACAGCAGUUCUUUUCAAUCAGCUAACACAUUACGCAUUACCGCUCCGCUUUCUGUUUUCCAUUUUUAAAAGCAUCGACACAGAAAUCACUGUUAUCCCACUGAGAGACUUCCAGUGCCUUUUUUUUUUCUUGUUGAAUAAAUUCACACAUUUUUUUCUGCUGCAGAGCCAUCUAGAUGAGAUGUUUUAUUUUCUGGUUGGCUUUUAAAGUGGCUCCUAAAGAUUUUCAGCUUUUCAUCUCUCAGUAAUGCAGCAUGUCUUUCUUAAUCUAAGUCAAUUUUUACCCUGCGCCAUUUGAAAAAAAAAAUGUUUCUGGCUUUAAAGGACAAGAAAAAGUUCUUGUUAAAACAUCAGAAAGGCUUCUGUAGUUGAUAUUGUGGCCUGUAUCCUACUAAAGGGCUUUAAAUUAAUAAGGAGGGAGAUAUCGUAGACAUUAAUCACAGUUUUUCCAUUAAGUCAUAACCUGGACUUCAAUUGAAGUCAGUGUAAUUCAAAAUCAACAAAAGAUGUUUGUGCUCUAUUCAAAAAUGAAGCCUCGUUUUGCGGGCCAAAACCAUAGACUGUAUAUACUAUGGACAACUUGGUUCCGCCUCCCGCCUGUAUAUGGAUUUGAAGCCAAAAAGCUCUUGAUAUUUCCGGGGUUUUUCUUCAUUUCCUGAAACCAGCGCUGCGCAGUAGCGAUGCGAGCAUUCGGCCGCGCAGUCGCUGAGAGUUGCUGUGAUGACGCUCGGCUCAAACAGCGUAUCCCCCCGGGAGAGCUACGCAAUCCCUGAACGCCAAUACGCUGUAUCAAAUGUCAAUCAUAGAAAACAUGAACCCCCUAAUAACUUUUAAAAAUGGAGCCUCAAAGAAAAAAGAGGACUUGAGCACAAACCAGUCCUACAGUAACUACAUGUCAACAUCACAAGCAGGGGGGAGAAAAAUUUAUGUUCUGUGUAAUAAAUUUCUAAAGUUUGUCCACAGCUUCAUAAGCUUUGCUAGAGGAGGCGGGAUUUAUGACCUGUACUGCAGCCCAUCAACAGAAGGUGCUGUUCUUGGGGUGGCUUCACCCAGAGAGGAGGCAGACUCUGUCCAUUCUUUAUACAGUCUAUGGUCAAAACUCACCUCAUGACCUCUAACGUUCCCCUACAACCCAAACAAACCUGCAGCGAGAGCCAGCACACCACCAGGGUCACCAUGUGGACCUCGCUCUUUACAGGUGUUUCAUGUUAAAGGCCCACAACACCUCAGCAAGGCUCAACAGUUACCUUUGACGUCCUCAAAUCUCUUCCCUCGAUGCCAGCUGUCACCAUCCAUCAGAAACCCAGGUUUGGAGAAGUAAAAGAAAAGAGAAGAAAAGACCAGAGAGAGAGGAGUCUGAGGAGAGAUGUGAGAAAGGACGGAGAAGGCAAAGCCUUUAUGAGGAGCCUGACAGCCUCAAUCCCACAUUUUUAAGAGGGAAGAGGGGAGAGAUUGAUAGGACGGCUGAAGAGGGACAGGAAUUGUGGAAAGUGAGGGAAUGAUUUUGGCCAAAGAAGCUACAGGGUCUGCAGCCUCUGGACAUGGGGCAGACACCUGAACCUCAGGUGAAGGAGGAGCGAGAGUGAGAGGAAGGGAUGUGUCAAACUAACUCAUCUCUGACUCAUUUAAACACAAAUUUAGAUUCCUUUUCACUGAUUAACCUUAAAUUAGGAAAUACUGCCAAACCCUGCCGCGCUGCGAGAUGCCAUCUGUCAUCUGUUUUUGUCUACAUCUGGAGAGUAAGGCAUUAUCUACGUGACUGUGCUGCAGCUCAGACACAACAUAAGACCUGCACUAUUUUAGACCUACGGUAAAAGAAACUAUCACAUCUCAUUACAUCCCGUAAAUCUGCUGCUGACUAGAGAUGAUGACAACUUUUAACACUGAACUAAACCCACAUAUCUCUUUGGAGAAGCCUGUUUGGAAUGGAGCUUAGCCCCCCUCCCGAGGUGGGCUGUAGGCUUUACUUCCCCUUAAUCCCUCAUUCUCGUGAGAAAAGAGAGAAGUGUAAGCAAGAAAGAAAGGAUAUGAGAGGAUGUCAAGAGUUUAUAUGAUGCUCUGGGACAUGUAAAAAGAAAGUCAAGUGUCCCGAUACAACUUUUUAACUUCUUAUACAAUACCAAUAUUGUAGCCUUCAGUAUUGACCGAUACUGAUAAUGAUCUGGUAUUGGCACAAACAAAAACUUAAAAGACAAAUACUGUCACAUGGCCAACAUCACUCCUACUCCUUGCUACUUUACUAGUACCUAAGUACACACUGUUGUUGUGAUUAUGUGGGCUCUGCAUGCCAGAUCUGGACGCUGCUAGAUAGAGGUGCUGGAGCUGAGUCUGGAAUGGACUGCUUGUAUCAAAGUGCUGAUAUUGGAGAUUUUAGAUGCAGGCCGAUAUAACCCGAUAUUUGUUUUUAUUUUGCUGAUAUUGGACCGAUAUCUGAUAUCAGUAUCAGAUCAAGACAGUCCUAGUAGCUGAUGCUGGAUUGACUGCUUGUAUCGGAGUGCUGAUAUUGGGUAUUGGAUAUUUAUUUAUUUAGUUAGUUCGUUUUGCUGAUAUCGGACCUAUAUCAGUAUCGGAUUGGGACAUCCCUAGUAGUCGAUACUUUACUGUAAUGUGAGCCUGUAUUUUAGCUUUGCUGACUGGCUAAAGUGGCACAUUCAUAAAUGUUUGAGGAAUUGAAAUAUACUGACAGUGUGCGUCACCAAAUCUAGAAACAUGUUUGGCGUAUUUGUGGAUUCAGAGCUCUGACUCAGAGGAUUGCCAUCUCUGAUUCACUCUGAAGAAAAACUAUACAGUCAUGUUUACAUUUAUUUGUUCCUAAAAAAACAGGAUGUGACUGUGUGUGUGUGUGUGUGUGUGUGUGUGUGUGUGUGUGUGUGUGUGUGUGUGUGUGUGUGUGUGUGUGUGUGUGUGUGUGUGUGUGUGUGUCCUGACAAACCUGAUCAACCUAUUUCCUGUACCCUGUCAUUUUUAACCAAUCAAAGGUUUCGGGAUGAAUCAGAACAUGCUCAUGAGUAUGAAUACCCUCACUGCAGACCAAAUCCAUAAGAGAUUUGGCAUUGUGUAAAUGUGUCAAAUUAGUGAAUGUAUUACACGUUAAAGGAUGAGUAAUCGCUUCAUUAUUCCGUCUUUCACACCUCUCAGAUUUCUGAUUUGUGUGCAGAAUCAUUUAUCAUCUUCAUAAUGUGCAGCGAUGAACAUGAAAAUGUAAAAAUCAUCUCACCGUGCGCUGUAAGCCUCCUGUAAAACCUGGAGCGCCACUGCAUUGUCAGAGAGAGAGAGAGAGAGAGCGAGGGGUUUUGCAUAUUAAAGUCGUAACACAUUUCUUUUUGGUGGAGCCAUAAAUCUUCUUUACUGUGAGAGAGGGGAGACCCGCUGUAGCUUAAGAGCAGCCUGAGCAGUCAGAAUGAGCUUAAUAGUAUCACGGUUAUUGGACUUAUGCUUGGGAUUACUCCCUAUUUCGAAGUUCUCUAAGGUGCGUCUGCUGUAAAUUAUUCAACAGUACAAGUGAGAUUAAUUGAUUAUUGAGCUUAAGAUCAAUGAUAAUCAGUAGUUCUGGGUGUAAUUCUGCAGCUUAGGUCUUUGUCUUGUUCUCUAUCCCUGGAGAAAUCUCUUAAACCGGUCUUCAUCUGUUUUCUAAUCCUUGGUUUUUACUCCCCUGGUCUUGGACAGGCAUCUAUUAACAUGUUGAACACUCCAGACUCACUUUGAGUUUUUGUCCUUUGGCUCCAAGUUUCUUUUGUUUAUUAGGAAUUGUAAGAUCAUUUUAACCUAACCUAUUUAUACUCUCUUCACCUCCUCUGACCCUCCAAAGAAAUCUUCAUAAACUGUUUGCGGCUCUUCGCCACAGAUGCCGCUAAAGCUGCCAAAGUCCGCUUUGAUUCUCUUUGAGGGUGAAGACUUAAAGGUAUUUUUUGUAUAAAACCCUUUCUUUAUGUUGCAUACUGGAUAAGAUAAACCCUUAAACCUGCACAAAGCUUUAAUUUCCAAGACACUUCAUACUCACUCUGAAUAAAACAUAAAUCAGAACAUUCUCUGGCACCAAAACAAAUGCUGUUUACUCUGAAGUGUGUUAAGUUUGGGUCAGGGAUAAAGACGGGAUGUUUUUACUCCGGGCUUUUUUGUCAGCGCUUUAGGAAGUGAAGCUAAAGGGAUUAUCGACCGUGAAGUUCAGGUUUCUUUUUAUCAAGACGCUGGUCCAUGAAAUACCCAAACGCUGGAAAUGUAUUGAGCUAAAUAACAUCUCAAACUGGCAGCUGCAGGACAGUAGUUUGCGCUCAGGUCAGAGUAAAGGUCUUCAUGUGAUAAUGACUCAAUCAGACUGGUCACAUUAGUAAAGAUUUACAGGUUUAUUACAGCAGCAGGGCAUUAUCCUCACCUGACCUCAUCACACCUCUCAGAUUUAUUUGACAUGCAGAACUUGAGGAGUGAUGAGAUAAAAUCUUAAACCCUUCAGUCAGAUCCUGAGGGGGGAUGCUGGGGAGGCUGUGGGGCUGAUAGUCUGAGUGGUGCAUGGGUGUGAGACAGAGCAGAGGGAGAAACCGGGGAUCUCAGAGCUGAAACCGACUGCCAAAAAAUGGAGGAAACGUUUUCCAGCUGAUUAUUAGAUGACUAGGGAAGUGGAUGUUUAGUCGACUGAGCACGCGGUCACUCUCGCUAGUCGGCACCAGAAUAAGGUUGAUUAAGUUUUAAAUUAUUCUCUCUGUGUUAAAAAAUUCUAACAAAACAAUUUCCUUUAAAAAUGAUGUCUCUAAAUAAUGAUCCAAACUCAGGAUAGUGAACUCAACAUGGUGCAGAGAGCUACAGGAGGACUUCAAGAGACUAGGAAGCAAAGAUAGCACCCCUGUUAACGAAUUUUCUAAAACUCAUCUGACUAAAGAGCUAAUGCUACAGCACUGAAUUUAGAUGUAGUCAUAGGGCUGGGUGAUAAACCGAUAAUUUACAGAUACCGAAAUUUACAACAAUAACUGAGGUCAUUUUGCCCAUACCGGUAUAAAGUUGGUUGUGGAUGUGUGUAGGUAGGCUAUGGUCUCAUGUCCCUUUGAGACGCUGUCCUAGGUGAACUGAUCAAUAAAUUGUGAUAUUGAUUUGAGGCCAUAUCGCCCAGCCCUAUGUAAACAUGUUCAUAAAAUGUGCUAAAUCUCAGGAUAUAUGCUGCGUUUCUGCAUGGCCUUCAGAGACAGACACUAGAAUAGCUGUAAUCUUACAUAUCUGUUAGUCAUCAAGACAAUUUAUUAAUACUGCACAGUUAAUUGGUUGAAACACAUGAAUUUAGGAGGUAUGACUCAGUUAUUGUGAGGAUUUUUACUGUGGAAAAACAGUCAAAUGCAACCAAAUUGUUGUUAAAAUAAAAAAUCUGUUUGUUUGGAUGACGUGGCCUUUAUUUAUUCACUUAUUAUUAUAGUUAUUUUAUGAUGUCUGCAGACUUCAUUCAAGCCCCACCUUGGACUUAAGCUUGAAAAUUUGCUUUUGUAGGUCAUCCGUCUGACAGCUAAUAAAUUCAAUCAUACCAGACUCUGAUACAGUUCCUACUGCCUGUAAGCCACUUUACUGUGAAAGGAAUGAAAACUAUUUCAAAGAAACUCUCUGACUUUGAGAAAACUUUAUGCUAAUUGUUUACAGCUUUGAAACAAUGAUAAGCAGGGAGAUGGCUGUAACUCUAGAUAUAUUUACAGUAAUAGAAAUGGAAGUAUUUAGACAGAGUGAGGUGCUCCGUAUUGAUCCUUUGUUUGUCGCAGCAGAGAAAGCUUCUCAGAAGUCCUUUUGUUAUCCUCGGCGCAGCACUUUCUUUCCUCUCUGACUCAAUUAAAAUUCAAACCCGCGGUUCACAGCGUCCGUGUUCCAACUCCUCUCCUAAAACAAAUUAAAAUGCACACUGGUUGACAGGUGACAGGUGGGAUGUGGGAAGGUUUCUGUUUGACAGGUGGCCCGUUUCCAUGACACUACAGCACAUACUCAUUAUACCAGCCCACAAGUCACCCAUGUGGGAGAGGGCAUACGUGUUGUUUGGUACAUACAGCGUCUGUUUGGUUGCUGUGAGUCUGCCGGUAUGAUUGGUUAUACCCCUUCAUGUAGGAGUGUGAUUUUUUUACAGGCUGUUUACUGCAGUUUGCAUAUUGGACGGGAUAAUGAAGGGUUCUGCUAUCACACAGCUGCAGAACACACCUCCAAUGUAUUAUUUUUAGCUUUGCUGGCAGCAGGACGGUUCCCUAUGUCCACGUUUAAGGAUGAAUCCCAUCAAAAUGUCUUAAAGGAUGUACGUUAAUUUCCUUCAUGAGGCUCUGAUGCUCAUUUUGGCCACCAUAAAUUAAGUAAAGGCACUUAUUUUACUCAAAUGUUGAAGGUGACCCCCUGACUUUUCAUCUUUUUUUGAUAAAUUUUACUGAUAGCUAAAUGUUUAUCUGAGGAUAUCAAUAAAACUUAAUGACAUUCCUGUUAGCUGUCAGUUAACAUAGGCACAUCUACACACUAAAUUUGGGUUUUAAACUUUUCAAACACGCUUGUUCAUCGUGAACGUAUUAGCGUUGUCAUUGCAUGAUGGCAUGCUGAUAUUGGCAUUUCUGUGAGGAGCUUUGUGAUGGUUUUAAUCGCACUGAAAUGAACAGAAAUUUCAAAAGUAAAUGGGACCAUCAGAGAAAAGGUUUACGAUCUGUAAAUUGUGAUUUUCUAACACCUGUAAUCGCCAAGAGAGUGUAGAUGACAGAUGGCACAGUACCAGAGAUCGCCUUUUUCUGUGUUUUUCACCGUGAGUCAUACAAUUUGAUGAGACUUUGUCGGAAAACACACUUUAAGAAAAUAGAGCAAAAUUCAACAAGUACCACGUUGUCUACAGGGGGCGCCAAAAUCAACACAAAAAGAAAGAUCCGCACAACUGCAGCCAAUGAGUGUUUUGAGCAUCACUUCAAGCAAAACUGGUGUUAUUAGUAUUAUUGGAUGGAUGUUUUGUUUUAUAAUGUUUGGUGUAGUUACUACGGUAACACUGUAAGAGGUGGCGCAACUGUUAUGUAAUGAGAAGGCGAACAUGUGAGAGUAUGUGACCAUACAUACCGAGAGUAUGUAUGUUCAUGAGAUGGCUCACUCAGCAGCAACUCACUUCAGUGUUACAUCUAGCGAUUGUAUAUCUGCUGACUGUAUUUUUGGACACUUUGAUUUUUUCAUUACUCGAUUUUUUACAUCAAUUAUUGUUGAAAAGGUUGCCUCCAAACUCAGUUGGUUAUCUAACCGAAGUCUGUGAAAAACAAACCCGACCUUUUGUUUGAUUUAUUCCAUCAGUACUCAUCUUCUCUGUAAGUUCAUGGUCUUUAUCUCUAGAUUAACAUCUCUUUAGUACAGCAUGAUGAGCAGUUUGUGAACGAUUGCCUCUUGAGGAGUAGAAGAUGAUAAAGAUUGGUCUGUUUUCAAGCUGUGGCUUCAUGGCGAACUAUCCAUUAAGAAAUGGGCAAACACAUGUAACCUUCUACCCUUUACAAAAAGACAAAGAGGGACCAAUGGGAAUGACUGAAAUGUCAACCUGCCACGCUGCAAUUGUAACAGUAAAAUUUACUAUAUCACAGUGAACCUGCUCCUUACAUUUGGCCUGCUGAAUGAAAAGGUCCUGAGAGAGCUGCUAGCCUAGUGUGUGCUACUUUACAGUUUAAUAAACUCCACAGGAAGAGGUGAUCCUCCUGCCCUAAAGAGCAAGCAACCUUAUUCCCGAAAAGAAACAUCCAUUUUGGGUGUCGCUGAAGGAUUAACAGUUUUCUGUGUUUUGUUAUCGAGUUUUUCUCCCUCUGACAAUAAGAGAAUUUAGGGCAGACACUGAAUACAGAAAAUACACAGAGUGCAGGCUUUAAACAUGAACUAUUGCAAACUAAAAAUACUGAGAUCUGUUGAAUUCAAGUGGGAAUAUCCUGUUCCACUCAUUGUUCACUGCUUAGGAUUAAUAUGUCAACUAAAUACCCUGAAAUGUAACAGAAAAUGUGCUUAGCGUGUGUGGCACACUUUGAUUCAGUGCCGAGCUCCAGUUGACUAAGCUGGCUUUGUCUUUUUAAAAUGGGAAACGAGGUUAUGUAAUCAGUUUGAAAAAUCUGCCCGGCUGUUUCAGACCAAACGAGAAAGAAAUUUGCUUUGAAGUUUUUAGCCCGAGUGUGACUGAGGCGGAGAAAUUAUCUGUGGGCGGUAAUUGUGUGAAACAAGUAUGAGUGCAGGCAGACUGCUCCUGGCUGCGACUCACUUUUGAGGCAUUGGAGGGGAAUGGGUUGAACUCAAUUAAAGGAAUAAAUGGAAACAGCAUCAUACACAUGUUAUUUUCCUCCCAUGGUAAAAAAAAAAAAGUUCUCUUUUCACCUCGGGGAUAUAGUAAAUUAAGAACAGAAUAUUUUUAUUAUCAAGAGUUUUCAAAGAACCCCCGGCUUUGGAUCUCUUACUCAAAGGUAAUAGCACCUUGCAGCGGGCUAUUUUGGGGAUGCACACUCAGUUAAUUACGGUUUAUCAUCAAAGCUAUAAGCAGCACUGUAAUGAAUUCAGUCUGGCUCUCAUUUGUGAAUUAUAAUAAGGGUUUAACGCCAUCCAGAAGGAAGGUAAGACAUAGUUUUUUUCUCUUUUCUUUGCCCACAUAAAGGGAGGAGUAUCGCGUGUUAAACAAACAGCUUGGACACUUUCACCCAGACAUAAAAAAAGAUUAAAAUACAAGUGCGUGAGACUUUGCCUCAGACUCACCGGGGUGCUGCGAAAUUAAUGAGAGAAAACUGCCGGGGUGGUGGACAUGAAAGCAACAGAUGCCUUUGCUGCACUGAGAGAAUUAUUCAGGUCCUGGUUGCCAGGCGGAGACGAGGAGAUCAGUGGAAACCUCUCGCCGUGAGCUUCAGGAGAGGGGAAGGAUGCAGGAGAGAGGCGGGAAAGGAGGGAAAAAUGCUAGUUUUUUUUUGUCUUUGACCGUUUAGCACCAUCUGGUCGGUCUUUUGGGUGUUUAACUUUUUUUCUGAACACAACAGGAGACCAGUGUUGAGGGUGGAGUGAAUUAAGUUGAUGGAUGCCCCUCUCAUGCAGUGUUUAUAUAAAAACAUGGCCUGGAUCAUGCUAACAAUACAAAGCAUGGGUGUGACAUUAGGUUGAUGUUAAGAGAGAUGGUUGUAUCCCCUUAUUCUGAAGUUAUCUAUUGCUGGUCUUUGGUCAUACAUAGACAAAUGUUCAUGUUAUUUGUAAAGUACAGACGUGCGCUCUGAUGUAGACCACAAACAAACAACAUGUCAGCAGGGCAGCAAACACUGGAGUCAGAUUGUGAACCCUUCAAGCCGGGAGUGCGGAUAAGUCAUCUCAUAACAUUUUGUAGUUUUUCAAUCAUUUCUGGAGUCGUGGCGAAUCAGAUCAUCAUACCCGUCUGCCUCUGAGAGGCUAAUAAAGUGAUCAGAUUCAUGCUCGGAUCUUGCUUUGUGCUUCGUGAGGAAAGUGAAAAUGACAGAGGCAGAGAGCAGCUUCAGAGGAGAAGCAUCCAGCAGUGUGAACAACCUCUUCAUACUGAGUGCUUUAGCUCACACUAUCGGCGUUUUCUGUGAGUGUUGCAUGACUUUGGAUGAGCACCGACAUGAACACACUGUUAGAAACGUAUUUAUUUAUUCAUUUUUUGGUUUUUAGAGCUGCUUUUGUACUGGCACUGUACUAGGGCAGCUGUAAAAUAAAAGUGAGAAAUUAAGAUUGUUUUUACCUUAAAAAACAUGUAGUAUAUUCUUGAUAUCCCCACCCCUAGAACAAAGACAGAUGGUGCUUCUCACAUCGAUUUGAAGGACUUUAAAAGUCAUAACACAGCUGACUUUUGCACCGACAAUGACUUCAGAGUUCUUGAUAUGGAGGAAAGGGUUUUAAUUUCCCAGAGUAAACAGACAGACAUGAGUCUGUGUCAUAAUUACUAUUAUCAUAUCAAAAUCAGUCAUCUCAAAUCUAAUCUGAUCUGUUAAUCUUAUUUAAAUUCCCAUGUAAUUGGACGAUUAAGCGAAUGUUUGCCAACUUUGAGAAUAAAAGAAUUGUGAUGAUAUUUGAUUAAAUUCUUCUUCGCUGAAGUACCCAUCAUCUACAUUAUUAUCCCGUUUGGUGAGAGGUAGGAUACACUCUGGACAGUCUAUCACCGGGCAGCUAAAAGGCUGGGUAUCAAAAGCGAUGAACUGUUGAGCUGCUUUAUCUUUAGGAGUUGGCUGCCGUAUUUUGUGGCCAAAUUGCACAAGUGGAGGUUAUGACAGGUUUUCACUGGCCUGUUUUGUCUCUCAGACUUUGUAGAAACUCUGAACAGUUAAUUGAAAAUGUUAAAAGAGCAUUAUUCGUCUCUCCUCGAAUCGCCUGUGCUUACAAGCCUUGUGAAUAGAAAUUUUGCUGUCUGUUUCUGACACUUAGUUUUUUGGUGGUGCACGUAAGCUGUUAUUGUGCACAUAAUGAAUGCAGCACCUUAUCAGCCAUAAAUAUCAGCAGGAAUGUUCAUAUCUGCAGAUAGUAUCCUGCAUCAAUUAUUAAUAGCUUCCAUAUCCAAAAACUUUUAAAGAAAUAACAUUUGCACAUACUGACACACGGGUUCAUAAAGUCGACUGUUUUCAGGUGCAAAAUGUAAACGUAGUGUUACUCUGUCCUUCCCAGACUGCAAACAGCUCUGACCUCAAUUACUUUUGAUUUCAACUUUAGUGUUGUACUUAAAUCCUUAGUGUUCAGUUUUCUCAUUUGCUGCACGCCUGCCUUAGUUCCACUUAAAGGAAUCGCUCUGACUAGCUGUUCAAUACAGCAUUUUGAAAGACACACACCCUCAUUCCAGCAUCCACCUGUAAACCCUGAAUCCUGUGUCACUGCUCACCUUCCCCUGCUGUGAGGAAGAUCGAGUGGGUGUAGACUGAUGAACCAAGACACCGAGCAUUAACACUUAACACGUACACUUUUGUCCACGUGAGUCUGAAUCAGAGUGAUUAUUCCUGGAAGCCGACAACAAUAAUUUUCUGCAGAGAUGUGUCAUUGUUUAGAGGAGGCCGGGCAGGGAGAGGUUGUUUUUUUAUAUGGCCCUGAAGAAGGCUUUUCCUGCCAUCUCAUGCAAAGUGUUAUCUCUCUAUUUGAAUCUACCAUGUUUGUAUGUAUUUGUAGCAUCAUCACUUUAAAACUGUCAAGUGAAUAAAAGCUUUAGUCUUUUUUUGAGAGGAGUAUUUUUCUUCUACAAAGAAAGGAAACCUAUAGAGUUUCAGAAGUUUGUGGUUUUCUUAGGUAUGUCUUUAUCUGUUUACAGGUGAAUGUUGUUAGGCACUAUUUCUUUAGUUGUGUGUGCUACACUUGGGAUAAAGACUGUUGCAAUUCCGUGUUUUAUCUGAUUGUAUUGUCCUAACUUAAUUAUACUAUUAUACGAACUAAAACCUUAUAUAUCCAAUCUUACUGUAUCUUAACAUGUUAUUAUUAUAUCAAGAGUCAUACAUCUUACCUUGUAUAUUUCCCGUGGUAUUAUACCCAAUCAUAGCUCUUAUUAUCUAUCAUAUCAUGUAUUGUAUCAUAUCCUUGGGCAAGACACUUAACCUACCUUGCUCCCAGUGUGUGUCCUCCACUGGUGUAUGAUUUGUUUGUAUGUCGCUUUGUAUAAAAGUGUCAGUUAAAUGACGUUGCAAUCUUGUAAUUGUAUUGUAUAUCAUUUCAUAUAUCCUAUCAUAUAUUGAAUCACAUACUGUAUCAUAUCGUAUGUGUUUCAGACAAUGUUCUGUGUAUCUGAAAACUAUCUUAUCAAACUAUAUCAUAUCAUAUCAUACCUCAUAUCAUAUCAUACAUGUGGUAUUGUAUUGUGUCCUCUUAUCCAUUAUUGUAUCGUACUGCUGUAUAUCAUACCUGAUUAUUUUGCACCGUACCCUACUAUACAUAACCAUAUGAUAUGAUAACAGAUUGUGUCGUAUCGUGUUGCAUCAUGUCGUAUUGUGUCGUGUAUAUCUGAAAUGCAGGGUUCUGCUUUGGACAGAUUUACAUGGAACAAUAAUGACAUUGUGUACCUUCAGAGAGAAACAGGAAGCGCAGGGAGCUAAGUUUUUCAGAAAUACUGGACAAACUUUUGGAAAAAUUAAGACUUUGCUGAAUCUAGACUUCGGGAUGACUCAAUAGCCAUCAUAAAUCUGCUCCUUUUCCCUUCUGCAUCAUUUCCUGAGGUUAAUGAGGCACAUUUUACAGCAGCACCUUCAAUUUUAGCUGAUAUUACACUUGUAUUUUACCUUACAGGUCGCCUGAUUAUCAUGACAUUUGCCAACCUGAACAGGCAGAUAUUGCUCUGCACAGCCGACAUGAGCUAUCUCAUUAGAAAAGCCUGAGUGGUGAUGACGGUGCAGCUGAAUAAAUCUAUCAUCAUCAUCAGCACGCUUUGAUGCUCUGACAUUUUUCCGGGACACUUCAGGGAAGGUUAAGAAUACAUUUCUACUCCACUGUGGUAUUUUCAGCGCAUUAUGGUUUGUCAGAGUUCUCAGUGCUCUCAUUUCUGCUCUCUGUUUUCACCAAAAUGCAACACAAUUUGACUCUAGUGGCUGCAAGCUCACUGUACCGAGGAUUUGCUUUUCAGUGGGUACUUCACUCUAUAAAACCCUCUCUGCAAAAUGUCACAUUUGUAGGCUGUUUGGCUGGACAUCCGCCUCCACGCGGGGAAGUCUUUGUCUCUUUUUCCUCUUCCUUUCUUUCUUUUAUUUUUUUUUUAUAAGCCCUCUGUCCCUCAUUUGCUCACUCUGCUCGUUCUGACAUCUGCUUCAGGAGGACAACAAGGCCAUUAACUCAGGGGAGAGGGGACAGCAGGGAACAGGGGGUCAGAACAGAGAGUACGGCGGGGAAGGAGGGAUGGAUGGCCAGAGAAAGACGGAAGAAGAAGAGUUGAGAGGGUCAGACGGAGACAUAGUGGACAGAGGUGAUGGUAACACAGAGGAGCAGUGAUUGAGAGUGAAGGGAAAAUAAAGGAAAAAGGGUCGUAGGAGGGAGAGGAACAGCUCAGAAUAUUGAACCAGAAAGACAGAGACCCCAGAGGCACUAAAAUCCAAUAUCGUCAUGCCCUGAAGAACUACAGUACAAAUGACUAAUCCCUAAGAAAAGAUGGUGUUACAAUCAGAAUCAAAGGGAAAUAUAAAAAGCAAUUUAACAAACUGUCUUAUGGGAUUUAUGACUGGAUCAAGGCAACAGAAGAUAAACUGAUUUACAAUGCAGCAUGAGAUUUUAAAGGAAUGGUUUCCAAAUAUUGAAUAAAAACAUUACAGCAGUCGCCAAAAAUAUAAAUCCACUUUAAUUUAUGAGUCAUAUCAUCAGACACAAGUCAAAACCUGACGAGCAGAAAGCAUCAAGAGAGAAACAACUGCAGGCCUGUGCUGUAAAAUCCUGUUGAAACAGAUUUCUGCUGACAAAAGUAGUUGCAUUGAGCGUUUGUGUUUAUGCUCAGUUGAAAAUAUCUUGUUAUGGGUUUGAAGAAUCACUCAGAUUGUGAGGAAAAGCUCUAAGUAAUGGAUUUGUUGAGAUCCUUACCAAACAAGUUGUGUUGCGGCUAAUGUUGGACAAGUCACUGAAAAUUACUUGUGUGUCACAGUCAGUACUUUAUUUGACAAAACAGUCCAGUGUCACUCCCCUACCAAGCUGAAACCAGAACUACUUGGGUAGAACUUAAGCAUUGGUGCUACAAAUACAAAAGGGGGUACCACAAGGUCCAAUUCUGGGCCCACUACUAUUUGCUAUAUAUAUAAAUUGACAUGGCGAGAUUGUCCCAAAUCCAAACUUUUGAUUCAGUUCAAGUCCAGAUUUGUCAACUUGAACUCCUUGUAAAUGUGGACUAUUAAAACUUAUCUCAUACUCUUUUCAUCUUUUAAAUAAUAUCGCCCUAGAAAACUGUUACAAAAGAGGAUCGAGGAAUUGAUUUAGUAUCUACUUUUAAAUUCUUCAUUUUUCAGUAGUAUGAAAGUUUGUCUUUUAAGGAGGUGAUACUGAAAGGCUGAAGGUUUUAUUCAGGUUUUAACUCAGAAACAGGUCUGGCUUUUCUUUUAUCUGAGUCUACCUUUUUACUGGUCCUUGAUAACGGUUAGUGUUGUACAUGAAUGCCUCUAUUUUAAGUCUUGACAGCCAGGUUGGUGCGCAUCAUAAACCUCUAAGAUUUAGUAGAAACUGUGGCUUUCUUACUUACCUUUGUACUUUGUAUUACAAAGUCAAGUAGGCUGCUUCAGAUAUAGCAGGCUUGAUCAUUGGUUUAUUUUCAUUCUGGGCCAAAUCCCUCCCAAGAAACACAAGUGGACAAACUUCUGUCUCUAUAGACUGGCCCUGUUUUUUGUUGUUGUCCUUAAAGCAGAGCAGAGGGACUAUUUUUAGCUGUGAAUUUAUACACACUUUGUGUCAUAGUUAGUAUUCACUGCAGCAUGAAUAAACUACAGCGUGUGUUCACUGUAAUGUAAGCAACACAACACACAGCAGCAUAGGGCUGCAUUGAUGUUGUUUCGGCCAUUUUGCCUUUAUUGCUCCAGACAUCUGAAGAGAUAUUGGAAAUAUCAGGAGGAGAGAGUGAGGAUGACAUGCCGCUGAUUUCAGACAACAAUAGAGCUCUAUGGCAGAGAAGAAUAAGAUAUAUCAGCCAGUACACUAUCUGUCUCUGCUACACAGACAAUACUUUCUAAUAGAAUGAAACUAUUGUUCAGUUUGGUCUUUUCAUGGAGUUCUGGACUAGAAGAAAAAAUACAAUAUCGCAAGGCACAUCUUUUAAGGUCACCAGAGCCAUGCAGUGACAAAUGGGCAGUGACAGUUUUAUACUCUUUCAGAGGAAACCUGAUCCCAGAACCGAAGAUAGAAGAAGAUAUACUGUCUGUAUCUUUACUGUGAGGAGCAGCGGAGCGAAUUUAGUUUGGAAAAACUAAGUUUUAAUGCAGCAAUAUAGAGAAUAAAAAGCCAGAUCAACUCAGUCUCACACCGAUCUGGUUAUUAAGAAUAACUUGACUUUAAGUGCCGUAGGUGUCAUCACACAGGCUGCUUCACGUUCUUCUUCUUUUUCCCAUUUUAGGUUCAUUAGCGCAGCUCCCAUCUUUACGCAGCCUAAUGUUAUUAGAUGAAGGACCUGCACUUGUUUUGAUUAGGCCGUUGUUUACACCUGUUGAUCCGUCCAUAAAUAGACUGUGUGUUGAUCUGGAGGGUGUUGGAUCCUUUGGUUCAGGAACAUGUCAGCUGAGUUUUUGUACCGAUCUCCAUUGUACUCUGUAACAUAAAACUAUGCUCAUAGAAGAGAAGCUUGAGAAGUUUGUGUGUUACGUAUUCUUGGGUAAAGUUGAAACGUUUAAUUAGUGAAGUGUGUUCGAUUGUUUGCCUCAUUAAAAUUUGUGACCAACAGUGGAAAUCAGGGCCGGCUCUGGUACCAGGUUUUUGAACUUUGUGAUUUGAUGUAUUCAGCUUGUAGCCAGUCGUCCCCUCUCUUUAAAUGUCACUAGGACAUGUCCAACUGCAUGUCUCUGGUUUUUCUCCUAAACUGCCAAUGUUGUCUUGGGUGUUUUUCCAUGAAAACAUGUCCAACAGGUGUCAAACCUAUUCUCCAGAUCAGCAGUUUGGUGUGCCAGCUUUCCUGCAUUUAACUGAUGCAACACAACAGAUUAAUACAAUCUACUGACACGACUUCACAGCACAUUGUUUCCCCACAUUGUUUUGGUCAUAUUUUGUGGUAUGGCUCUGUUCUGUGUGCUCCCUGUCAAAGCCAAGGCAGGGAGAGCUGCAGCAAAGACCCUCCUGAAAACAAGUGACUCUGGUAAAGUUAGACACAGCGUCAAAAGAAGGACUUGUGCUGGAUUUGAACAGCAAAGCAGUUUGAGGAGGAAAAUACUAGAAACGGCCGGCUGAAACAGCUGAUAGAAAGCACCGUAUUGACUUUUGCCAACUAGAUGUGUUGGAAAUAAGUGACUUUGCUGCCAGUUAAUAUUGGCCGGCUUUAUGAUGAGCAGAUGUACUGUGGGCUGAGCUUGACUUCAUGGCCUGCCUGAACUAACACUAUGCUCAAUUUAACACAACAACACAAUCACCUGCUAUUUUCUCUUUCCACCCACCACAAUUAUGCUGUUAAAAGAAAACAAUAUGCAAACACUAAUUUUGCAACUCAAGAACGCUGUUAUCGCACUACCUGGACGGCUCAAUGAAGUAGUGAUGAUAAACACAUCCGUAAUUCUCUUGUCUACCAAAAACACUUGAGAUGACGUUGAGUUUAUUCAAACAAAGAGCGAAACUUUCUGCAUUCACAAACAUUUUCAACUCUCUUUUCUCAAGUCUGAAUAAAGAUGUACUUUGAUUUAAAAAACACAUAAUAAGCCUGAACCCACAGCCAUGAACCUACAGGUUUGAGCUAAAACAGGCUGUGAUUUAACAAUGGGUACAAAUAGAAGAGCACACCAAUGCUUUGUUACUCUUAACACUCAGAAGAAAAAUAUUUUCUCUGCUGAAUACAAUACCAUACUAGCCGACAUUAUGAAAGCUUUAAAAUGUUUUCAAUGAUUCAUGACCCUGUAAGAAAAUGAAAAAAAAAAAAAAAGGAAAAACUUCAUUUUCUGUAAACAGAGAAAAGAACCGCAGGGCUGGAAGCUCAAGUUUUCUCUUGCUAUGAAGCAGGACGGAGUAGAAUAAAAACCUUCUCACAUACAUUUCUCUGCAACAACAAGGCUGCACAGAAGUACAAACAAUAGAGGACAUUCAAAAGAAGUGGACUUCACAAAUCUGGAAACUCAUAUUCUUUUAUAGUAAUAAUAAUUCAUGAGGGUUUAAUAAAGGUUCAGUGUGUUUGCAGUAAGAUCUUUUUUCCUGACUUUUGUGCUACAGCCAGAACAUUUACACUUUGCACAUUUUUUUAAAAACAUUUUACUAGAAUGAAUAGGACUCACUUUAUUAAAAUAGAAGUUUCCUGAUGUUUGAAUAGUUUUGGUCUGAAAUUGUAUUUAAAAAAUCUGGAUCAAGAUACAGCUGAAUCCUGACAGUCUGAAUCUAUGUGUGUUCAGUGUUAUCACUAUAUUUGUCCAGUUUGUUAGCACACUGACAGUUGCUCAUUAAAGCUUGACACAGCUAGGGCUGAUUAGUUUUUGGGGUAAUUGGUCAUAAACUUAAAUAUUUGACAUCUUUAUUGAUGAAGACUUAUCAUCUUCAUGAUCGCCCUUCAUUAUGUCAGGUGUUACUUUUUACAUGGUUUCAUGGUCAGCAAAUGAUCCAAGAUUUACGCUUUAACAGGCAAAGUCUGUGGCUAGCCAUGAGCGCCUACUUAGGGUUCCAUUUAGGCCCAAUAGCAAAUGUUAGCUAUCGUCACACUAUCUGCUGCGGUUAUGUUACUUACAGCUUGUGGUUCUGAGCCUUCAUGAAAGACUUUUGUAGAUAAAACAGCUGCAAGUCUGAGUAACAACUGAGGUUCGAAUUCAGCUCGUACUGGCAUCUGUUGACAAAUGGGUGAUCAGUGAAGUGGGGAGCACAAAUUACUGCAGUGUAGCUGUUGUUGCCUAAUAAAUAACAGAGCGACUGAAUGAACUUGUCCUCAAGCGAUGUCCUGAUAGUUCUGAGAAGGAAGAAAACAAAGAGCAGGAUUAUGCCACCAUUCGUGUAUCACGUUAUGUAACUCUACUGCAGUUUGGUACGGACAUCCAAUGUUUUAACAUCAUUGAGAUGUAUGUGAGUAUGGACCAGCAUAACAGGUCUCAGCUGACUUGGUCACCUGAUGUAGACUCUGGUGCUUAAUUUGCAGAAAGAUGUAAGUAACACAGAAUGUGUGCGGGGUACCACACAUGUCUGUUCGUAGCAUAGCAUGGUGAAAUUAAUCUACCCAGCAGCCUUUGGGAUAUUUUAUGUGAUUUUUUGCUUCAGUGGAGGUAAGCAAUCAUGAAAUCUGGCAGAAUUUAUCCUCUGGGGAUCAUGAAUGUCUGUGUCCAAGUCUAUUUCGUUCCUAGCAGUAGCUGCUGAGAUAUUAGACCUAAGUUUGAGUUUUAAAAUGAUGUCAGUGUAAAAGAUUUAUCUGAAAAGAGUUCACGGUCUUGAGUUAAAGGUCAAGAAGAUGACCAGAGGCAAACUUUUACACCCCCGUCAUCCAAAUUAAAGCUCAAACUUUGGUGAAACAACACUGUGUCCUCACAGCCUCUUCUGGCUUAUUUGUAGUUUUGUGCUGUGGUCCAAAAGUAAACAAAAGUGAGCUUGGAGGAAGCGAAUUGUCUUUUCAUAAUGCAGGGUUUAGGUCACCCCUGAUGCUUCAUCAAGCCCCUCAGCAGAAUUAAGAAACGCCUCGAUAAGCCAACAGGGCUGCAUUGCUCAUUCCCAUCAUUAAAAUAAAUUGCCGUGUUCUGUGGUCUGUGUAGAAGAAUAAAUGAUAGAAAAAAAGCUUGUUUUCACCCCGCGGCUCUGCUCAAAAUUUUGUCACUGUGAAGUCCCAGGGGGCUUCCCAGCUGCUUCAGAGACACGAGAAGACACGGUAUGUUGUUCGUCUACACAGAGCUCGCCCAUGGGCAAACACAACCACUUGUCUGGCGGUCUAUUGUUGUUUGAAAUAAUCAAUUAAUACCAAACAGUCAUUUGCAUCAGGCUACAUGAUGCCAGGAGGAGAAACUCGCAGAGAGGUGAUGUCUGCAGUUCAUGUUCCUGGAGCUUGGUUCAAUUUAAAACAAGUAAAUUUAGCAGACCUCUUUUAUUUUAACAACAUUGUGUUAGAAAGCUUUGGUUGGAUGGUACUUUGGAAAUAAACAACAGCAGCUUCACAAGAGUGGCAAUUUGUGUGGAGCACAAAAGAAGAGAAAGACGGAGUGUCCUUACUCUUCUGACGGAUGAAAUAGUCGAUACAGAUUUUGUCUGAAAUAGGUUGGGAGCGUGGGAGAGCGAGGGUUUUCAUUUCAAGCACAAACUGACCUGACUGAAGAGAACAGAAGGUACCGCUCUGAUCCUGCUCUUUAGCACAAUAUAACUCAAUUCACAGAGCAGCCUGUGUUAUAGAGCAGUCCGCUGCUCCAUAAAACAACAGGUAACUGCUACAAAUUGAUUGUGAGGUUGAAGGAACGGAGGGCGAAUCAGUGGGCUGAUUUGGAAACCAAAGCUGUUUGACGCUAAAGUAAAAGCUUGUUUAGAGUUUGAUUGAAAAGUGCUGGUGGUUUUGUUUUGGUUGUUGCUUAAAAAUUUAGGCCCUACAUAACAUUUUAUUUUCUCUUUCGCUCAUAAUGAAAUGUUUAUUGCUGAAGCAGGUCCAGAGUAAAAGUGUGUGUAGAGAAAUCAAAUGCUGGUAUUUUCACCGAGUGUCUACUGUUAAAUAUGUGACUCAUCCUAAGAGUUUAGUUUAAUUUAAGUUUCACUAAGUAAAAUUUGUGGUAUAAAACUGAAAGGAUCAAGUAUCUAGUCUUUGGUCACUUUGAUAACUACUUGUCAUGUAAAAUAUAUCUGAACCUCAGCUACUCUGUGAAAAGGUGGAGUGUAAAUAGUGUUUUAUAUGAUCAGCACAUGAGUUCAGCUAACAGGAAAAUCUGGUGUGCUGUGUUGUAUCUAUUAUUUUUCUUCUCUUAGUGUGUCGUAUCAUAUCCUACCAUAUUGUAUCACAUUGUGUGGUAAUUUGGUAUUGAAACGUAUCUAUACGUAACGAGACAUAUAUCAUAUGGUAUUGUAUCCUUUUGUACCGUAUAGUUUCGUAUCGCAUCUUAUUGUAUCGUAACAUCGUAUUUUAUUGUAUUGUAUCGUAUCGUAUCGUAUCAUAACAUAGGUCUUUAUAUUGUUUUGUAUUCUCUAAUUUUGGGUUGUAUCAUGUUAAUAUUGCAAUUUUGUGUCAUAGUAUAAUGUAUUUCUAUUAUAACAUAUUAUAGCUGACUGUAUUUUAUCAUAUUGUUUGGUUGGCCUGCUGUUACCUGUUUUUUCUGACAUGUGGGUCUAAUAUUCCUAUUAUUGUAAAUGUUUUCCUAUCAGCAGCAGAUGUACCGACUCAGUCACAGUCCUUUUAUUAAGAUGAUGACGUAGGAGCUCUGCUUCAGUGUUUUCAGACAAAACUAAGAUGGCUUUUUUUGCUUGACAAAUGUCGGUUGAAUCCACUCUAGGAUCUGAUUUUGAUUAAACAGAUGAUGUAUUAUUGUCAAAACAAUUCCCCCCUGGAAAAGUGGACUGAAUGGAGUGAGACCACGCCCACUCAAUGACUUGCAUUAGUCAGAUGGCAAUAGGCAAUUGUUUUGCAUCAUUUUGUGUCAGUGUAUUCUAUCAUAUUGUCUUCCAUCAUCCUAAAUAAAGUUAUUUUAAGUACAAACUGUAUUUAAAAAAACUCAUCAUUAUGAAACAGAAAACUAACAUGCACAAUAAUGAACCUAAAAACACCAGAUAAAAUGCACCAAUAAGACAAUGAAGAGCUGAGGUAAACUAAGAUCAUGACAAUGAAAAUGUGCCAGAAUGUAUAUAAUAAAGAAUAUUAAAGCAGACAAGGUCAACUUGGAUUGAGGCCAUCAUGAACAGAUUGGUCUUAAACUGAGACUUUGAAAUACCAUCAGACAGAGCAGGUCUUAUACAGAUAAGUAUUCUGUUCCCUGACUCAGGAGCAGCCCCCCGCCAAGACUUGAUCCCCUCUGAUUUUAACUCUUGAUCUCAGGAUUUCUCGGAGCAGCUGGUUCAUUGACCUCAGUGAUCUACCUGGAGUGUGAGAGUGGCUGAGGUUAGCCUGAGAAGAGGGAGCCAAUCUAUAAAAACCCUGAAAACAACCAAAUAAUUUAGACUCACUUCUUUUACCAAUCAGUGGAGUGUGAGCACAUGUGGCCAAGAUUUACAUACCUCUAAAAGUAUGAUUUCCCUCACAAAGUUAUAACCAGCAGUUGCUUUGCUUGGCUCAAUAUACAGAAUGUAGAAAUACUUCCCAACAUUGUCAUAUUGUUCCUUCAACUUCAUACUCCUGAUUGAAGGUGUGGUAGAAGUCCCUGAAUCUGAAUCUGAAGCUGAUUGAAGCUGUCUGCAGGACCAGGUGCUGGUUUUAAAGCCAGCAGGACACAGCAGGAGUCUGAUUCUGUGAAUAUUUGUUUUUAUCUAACAUUGUAAUGAAAUUGACUUUGGCCCGACAUAUAACAGUAUUUACAGUCAAAGUGAUUUCCUUCUGGACAGAGGAUCGACUCCUCUCAAUAGAGCGGAGCUACACUCCACUAAGUGUUUCUGACAGGUGUCGUAUCAAAUUUGUGCAGCUGCAGAGGCUUUAAAACGCACGCUUCGUCUAAAUCGGUCGUCAGAGAGGAUUUUCUCGCACACAUGGACAGCUCUCCUGCUGUGAAUGUCAAGUGUGAGCUAUUGAACAGAGUUGGAGGUAGUCGAGUCUCCCCCUGAUCCUGGACAGCUCUCCACCGCUCCUUAGCCUCUGGCGCUCGGCAGGUAAAGCGCAAUAAGCUCCGUCUCCGUCAGACUUCAGGGAUUAUUUACUCAGACCCUGCUCUGAGUGCCUGACUUCAUUUCUCCCACACCCUUCAUUCCCUUGUACUGGUAGCACUGCAGCAUCUCAGCCCCCAUCACUCCCGCCCCACUUGUCUCUGAGAAAGUAAGAAAAAGAAGCUCUUAAAUGAGCCUGUUACAUGUUUUUCUUCUUCAUAUUUUCCCCUUUUUUCGAUCCAGCUCUGUCUGUGCCUGAACACAAUUUAUUUUGUCCAAUUUUCAAGAAAGCCACGGCAGAGAGGACUGGGCGAGACUCACUAAAAAGCCAGGCAGUGCUGCGCCAGACCUCCUGACACCUUUGUUUGCGGUGUUAGAGUCAAAUUUGUGUUUUUCUGCUGAAACAAAACAAGCAAAUUGCAUUCUCUCUCUUUCUCUCUCUCUCAGUCCUCAGGCUCUGUAUGUUAUUUUUCUCCUGCCAAAGCACCGUCAAACUGCGCCUUAUCUCUGCUUUAAAUUGGCCACAACAGCCUCCUUUCUCUAAACUUGUCCUAUUAUAAUAGUGGCAGGUAAACACAAUGCCUGCUGUAGACGCUGAAGUCUUUCUCUUCACUCGCAGACGGCUGCUUUAAACGUUAGUUAUCAGGUCAGCAGAUCCCUCCCCUUUUAUUUAUUUCAGCAAGCUUUCUCUGCUUCAGGACAUUCAGCUCUCAACUAGGGAUGCGGUGCGAGAGUGUGUGUGAGUGUGAAUAAAUGUACCUGUGUCUUAAUAUGUGUGUGUGUGUGUGCUGCUAGAGUGGCAAAUGGCUGAUGAAUAAUGCAGGCUAAUAGUGAUGUGUUGACAGCUCUGACGGCUGAGAGCUGCAGAGCUGUGUAUCACUGAUAAUGUGCCAUUUCCCUUCUCUGCUCCUCCGCUCCCUUAUUACAGCAAAUAGCAUUUUUUGUAAUUUGGCCUUCACUAAACUCCAGUGUCUGUGCGUUUCAGAGAGCGGUUUCCAGGCUAACAAAUUACAGGGUUUUUCAAAGUCUACAAAAUUUGUUUAUUCUGGCUGAUUGGUUUCUAAAAAAGUCCUGCUUGGUUCUGCUAAAAACACUCACUGAGUUUGUCUAUUAUCGGUCUGUGUGUUGUUUUCUGGGAAUUUGGGGUUUUUAGUCCUCUGAGGAGCAGUUUACAUUUUUUAUUGUGCAGUUAAAUAUUGAAACCCUCAAACGGUUUCUAAAAUUGUUCGUCUUAAAGAGAGACCUUAUGUUGAGAAACAGGCCAGAGAUCCGGAACAGAGGAGGGGCUGUAAACCACUGCAGAAGACAAGGCCAGCUCUACCAGGUCAUUUUAACAAACUCCGAUCUGGAUAGUUUUGUCAGAGAAAGUCACUCUAUUUGGAAACUUUUCAGGGUUUUAUUUUGCAGUCAGAAAGCCCACUCAUUUUCACAUGACUCUGCGCCUUACUGUAGCAGAUGUUGACGUUUUUGCAUCUGAGCUUCACCCUCAGCCAUUUACACAGUGUCCUUUUGACAAGGUUUACAGCAAUACUGCAGAUUCAACCACCAUUUUAAGGCAUGUGUUAAUAUGUACAGCAGAAUCAUUGUUCUGGUAUGCACGUGUAUGUAUAGGGUGCACGUGUAUAGGACUAUAGACACAGUAAACACAAGGGGUUGAUGCAGACACCCUCUCCUACUGUAUUAUACUAUCUCUUGUAUUUUUAAUGUAUUUUCUGUAUUUUUGCACCAUAAGCUGAAGAGAACGUCUUUUCUGAUUCCUGAGUAUGUGCUCAUAGGUAGCAGAAACAGACAAAAACAAAGCUUGAAUUAGGGCUGGGCGAUAAACCGAAAAUUUACUGAUACCGAAAUUUACAACAAUAACCAACGUCAUUUUGCCCAUAUCCGUAUUUUCUGUGUCAAAAUAAAUAAAUCAAAGUUGGUUUGGGAUGUGUGUAGAUGUGUGUAGUCUGUAACAAAGAGGGAAAAAACAGGUGAGGAGAUGGAGGACGUGUAGCGGCUGGAGUGGUGGCUGAAGUAGAUGAAGUUAAUGUGGGACGGGGUGAGCAGCUUGUGGAGUAGUUAUCGUCCAUUUAUCGUUAUGGAGGUGAACUGCUCAAUAUAUUGUGAUAUUAAUUUGAGGCCAUAUCGGCCAGCCCUAGCUUGAAUCUUGAAUCUUACCGUACACACCAUGGGCUGUGUCAUCAGGACAAAAAGUCAGUCUAACAACUAGAUUAACACCAUUCACCAUGAAUGAUUAUACAUAAAUAAUCACUGAUGUCCUUUGUUUUUGAGAGAUUGGGUUUGAUUGGAUCUCUGAAAGGUCCUGAUCCUCUCUGUGGGAUUGAAAAGUUCCCAGGUGUAGAUGACGGUCUCACAAAAAUAGUGGAUUUUGCUAUAAGUCGCUAUGUAGUAUAAUUCUAUUUUAAGAGCUGGUGGGUAAACACAACAGUAUGUUGUUAUCCCACUAUAUACAAAAAAAAACUGUUUUAUAUUCCAGUUAAUAUAGCAGUUUUCAUCUCUAGAGCCACACCACUUCCAAAGCCAAAACUCUAAGACACUCAAAAAUAACCGAGUGUUUUCUCUGUGACUUAUAGAGAGAGUCGUCUGGUUCACUUGGACUAAAACGUCUGUAACUCUGUUUACUGCCAAACUUUGAUGGAACGAGGAAUGAGCUCAUGGAAACCUCUUCAGCGUCGGCAACAAUCAUCCUGCUGGCAGGGUCUUCAAAACAAACCCUCAGCAGCACAGGAUGCGUGACACAUUUUACUUUUUAAUUAGCAGCAACAGAGGUUAAUUUGGAACAAACAAAGGAGGGAAAAACAGCUGAAGUGACGACGAUAAGAGCGGCAAACUCCAUCAAAUUAAGAGCUGUGGACUCAGACACCAUGAGUGUUUUCACUUUAUCAGAUCUCUGAACAGAGAAGGGCGCCAACACCUCAGAUUUUAUUACUCCAGGAUCAAAGAGUGACUCUCUUUAUGAGGAAAGCAGCGAAAAGCAGGAGGGUGGUCGUACAUCUGGAGCGUCUGUCCAUGUUAGAAAGUUAAUGGGUGUGAAACAGAUUUAUCUCUCAGCAGCGUGGUGUCAGGUGGAACUGUCCUCUGAAUGAGACGCUGCAGCCUCCACCUGCCUCGUGUUAAGCAGCGGCGCUGAUAACUGUGACAUGUACAAAUGUGGAGCCUGCUCAGUGGAAGUGCCGCUGCUUCGUUACAAUGUGACCCUGUUAGAUUUAUGAAGCAACGUGCUUGCAUAAAAUUUGCAGAGAUGGUGGCAAGUUUUUUAAGGAGUUUACUGCAAGUUAUGGUGUUUAGAUUUCUGUAGUAGUUUUAUUCUACGUCUCUAACUCAGGAGCUUUAAAACUGUAUGAAAGAAGUAAGAUAUAUAGGUUUUCUCUUCCAUCCAGUUUUGAUGGUCUUGGGAGGAUGCAGUAAUGAUUUUUUAUCGGCUUUUAAAGAUUUUAUGGUGGAGUUUAAAGUUAUGACUCUGUCUUCAAACUCUCAUAAAUAUGGAAUCACAGAAGAAACACUGAAGAAGGCAGAUUAGGGUUUUGAUAGAAAGUCAAAAAGUGGGUAAAAAAGAUGAUUUACUAAUAAUCAGAGGUCUAAAUACACCAAACUAACCUGCAGAAAUAGUGUAAAAAUGGGGAUAUUUAGCGAUAUCUAGUGGUCAAAAUCUGGAUUGAAACACUCCCUUGCUCACCUCUACUCUGGGUGAAGCUCCAGAGGUGACAGUGGCCUUAAAAGACAGGAAGGUCAUGUGAUGCAUGAUGAGAAGGAUCCUCCAUUUGUCCAGAAUCUAUUGGAAUAUUAUUUCCACCAAGUUUGUUCUGCUACAUGCUGAAAAUGUUACGUAUUACACCUUUAAACCCAGCUUUACUGCAAACAGAGAGUCAGCAUCUGUAAUCCUGGAAACUUUUAGUCAAAAUCCAGGAUCUAGUAGUUGCUGUGACCUCCCUGGACCUGCCUCAGUUCUGCAGAGGCAAAUUAUCUUGUUUUCUACCAUCUAAGAAGUGUCUCCUGACCAAAGUGUCGUCCUGCUGACAGUGACAGGCAUCAAUUAUAACAAAUAUAACAAAUACGUUGUAAAAACAGGAUUAUUUAGAUGUUUGGCCGACUCCUAUCUCCUUAAACCUUAAGAAUUAACCUUUUAAACUUCACUCUUAAAGUGUCUUUUACUUUUGUUUAUCAUAAAAAAGCAUCAAUAUGAAUUAUAGUCUAUCUAAUGAACGCUGAAAGAAAACCCACACUGUCAUGUAACCCAAGGUUACCGCCAUCAGAUUUCAUAUUUUAAAGUCAGAUCUAGAACAAAUGUCUAUGAAUGCACAGCUAUAGUGUCGUCAUCAUCCGCCUGUCUCAUUUUCCAACUUCAAUUAUAAAGUCUAUGUUCAUAACGGCUCGUAAUCAUAUUUCAUAAUUGUCUAUAAUUUGAAAAACUGGCAGCAGUGGACGUUUAACAAAAGAAAACAAAUGAGGUGUCUUGUUGGUGAAUCGUUUGGGAAAUGAACCUCUAGUUAUCAUUCAGACCUGCAUCAGCGGCGCACCAGCUGCUUUUACAGCACAACAAUAACUGAGGGGGAGUUUCACUGUUAAUUAUUUCUGAUUCACAACAAAACUUUGCAAAUGAAAUGUUUUUAAUGAGCUGAUUUCCAGCUUUGUGAGGCUUUGUGUGGGUUUUAAUCAGCGACAUUGUCCCAGACUGUGAUUUCAUAUGCCGGCAGUUCUGGAGAUUAUGUGAGUGUAAUGUUUGAAGACCGGGGGUUUUAUGAGCUAAAGUUUGCUCAUCUGUGUAACCUUUAGGGCUCGGAUAAACUCCGACUGUAACAGGUAGAGCUGCUGCAGAAUAAAAAGUACACUCCUGAUUCUGCAGGGGAGUUUGGGAACAAGUCUGCAGCAUCGAGGGACAAAUAAGAGGAGCGCUCAGCAGAGAGAGCAUUUUCCUGUUGCACCAAGUGAAAGCGGCUGUGGUCAGUCAUGGAGUCAGUCAUUCCUCCACUUUACUCCAGACUGAUUCAUCUCAAUUACUCUGGGAUGGAUUUCCUUUAAGGGGAAGAUGGUUCCAGCACAAACCUCCCUGAACACCUCUUAGUGUAACUCCCUGACUUUCCUGCUUGUGCUUCACUGUUGUUUACCUUUCUGCUCUACGGGGAAAUAUUUCCAGCACCUGUUGGACAGAUGCACACACAUUUAUGUCCCUCCAAGGGUCCGUUUCAAUAAUGUUGAUGAUUUUUGGGCCGGCUUACUCUGUCAUCUGAUUAAAAAUUUAAUCUCACCAACACUGUUGUUUAUAAGUUAACACUUGUAAAACUAAUAUGAAACUUAUUUUGCGCUCAGUGCUAAAUACCAGAUGUUUGUGUUGCAGUAUAUUAAACCAACAUGGUGACUACUGUAAACAAUAAAACUAGCUUGUCAGCAUUUUAAUUGUGAGCAUGUCAGCUGGCUGGCAUUACCAUAAAGCUCAUCUACAUCUACAUCUUUAAUUCAGCCUCACAACACUAGAUAGAGGGGUGAGCAACAGAGUGUUUAUACCGUAUUUUUUUUAAAUCUUUUUUUUAAUAGGAAAACAGCAAUGGAUAUAUAAAAUGAGGUUACACCCAUAUCACUUUUUCCUUUUUCCCUUUUUUUUGUUUUCCUUCCCAUUUCGACCCCAAACUCCCAAAACAAACCCAGACCCUCACAAGGGGGACAAACACUAAAACAGUGGUCUCUGUAAAAAAAAUAAACCGAACAAACUCAAAAUACAAAAACUUGUAACGUGUCAAAACAAAACAAAACAAACAAACAAAAAAAAGAACACAAAUACAAGUAUUAUAACAACAUUGGGAAAAGCAACAGCAGACAAAUAAGAAGGCUAAAAUAAACAAAGACUAAUCAAGAAAUAAAUGAAAGUAGAGAUGAAGAGGACAACCGACUGUAUGGGGUUAAUACAAGAGGAGUCAACAGAGAGACCUAAUAUAACCAGGAGAGGACCAAUAACAAUGUUUUUCCCCAGAACCCCGACAUGAUCAUAGAAUAACCACCCCAAAAUUUCUGUAACCUAGUACAGGAGAAAAACAUAAGGCUGAGAUUACAGAGAUCACCGUAUUGUUAUAUUAUUUAAUUUCUAAGCACUAGCCAAAAUGAAGAGAAGCCAUGGAUGGAGAAGGAACCAUAGUGUUGGUCUCUGUCCAUGGUGCUGAUCCUGGAGCAGCGAUAGACUGAAGAGCUGUCCAUGGUGCCGAUACUGAAGUAGCCACAGACUUGGGAGCUAUCCAUGGUGCUGAUCCCAGGCAGAUGCAGGAGCUGUCCAAAGUUCAGAAGAGAAAUGCUGAUAAACUGUGAGAGUAUUUAUCAUGACUGAAAGGAUUUGUCAUUCCAAACAUCAACAUUUCCUCGCUAAGUAAACUCACUCUGUUGUUUUCUCUUCUCAAGUGAGCCGUGAAGGUUUCAACACUCACAUUUUCUCUUUUUUGAAUCAAGUCUACGUUUUCAAAAAGCUUUCUGGUUUCUCAUAUUUUGAAGAACACUGAUGCUUUUAUCUUUUGGUACAUUUUAGAAAAAAAUCUAACAAGAUUUCAACAAGAUUUCCAAUAGGCCUGGGCGAUCAGGCCAAAAAAUGAUCACAAUAUACUUUGUCAUAUUGUCCGAUCAAGAUUAUUAUCAAAAAUCUUUUUUAAAUUGACAGUUUUAAAGCAUCUGUACUAAAAACUGAAAAAAAACUAGAGUUUAGUUCAAAAAUUUAUUAACAUACAAAGGAAACUGAACAAGAUAAACAGAAAAAUAUAAAAAAAAUUUAACUCAACAGGAAAACAAAAGUAGAUAAAUACUAAAUGAGACGUCAAAUAACUUUCUUCUCAACAAUGACAUCUUCGGAGGAUGACUCAAAGUCAUGGCUGACAUCUAUUUUACUUCCCUCAGCUCCAUGUUCGGUCAUUCUGUUUACUUCUCUUAUUUCUUCUCUGUCAACUUACAGAAGUGAGCAGGAAAAGCUCGACUGAUUGGCUGAUCGAGUAAAUAAUCGAGUAAAUAUGCUCAUAGCAGAUCAACGUGAUUGAACUGAAAUUUAUCACGAUCAUUAAUCACGAUCAUAUAAUCGCCCAGUCCUAAUUUCCAAUAAUUGUCUGAGUAAAAAUCAAACAUUGAAACGAUUGUUAUUCCUUCUUAAUUCAUUGUCCAGCCAGUCCCGAUGAACAAACUGUUUUAUAACCACUGACAUGAGAGCUUUGGCCUCCCACAAUCACACAAUUACCUCCCCACAUCCCCUCCAUUACCAUGCCCUUCGCUUUAAUUAAUUCAUACAAGGUCUGAGGUAUUUGCAUGAAGAGGCCCCUGGAGGAAAGGGGGGCGCUGUCUGCUCCUGCGGGGAGGGGCUGUGGGUGUUCUCACUGUGAGACUCACUCCAGACAUUACUCACUAGCUGUGGACAAACUUCCUGUGGAGGACGGUCUCUUCGGUGUGUUGUGUGUUUGAAGAUGAUCAAAGAGUCUCUUUUUUCUUUUUUAAGCGUUGAAGGGUCAUAACUCUCACACGGCCGGUCUGCUGCUGCUUCUGCUGAUGAAAGGAUUAUGCAUGUUCUUAUUGAUUAGCCCACGGGGUCCCUGCAUCACUCACAGGGGACGGCAUGUGUACCGCUUGUUGUUGUGAGCCGUUCAACAACACACACCCGAGUCAGCUGCUUCUCUCCGCCUUUGAACUUUUUCCUCUUUAUACAGAAUUAUACAACCUCUUGCAGUAUUCAUGCAGACUGAAGUAAAUGGGUGUUUAAAACUACAGUACAGCAGACAUAUGGCCGCACAUCUGAAGUCUGCUCUGCUCUAGAUGCAUUUACAUUUAAAUUUCCAUUUUUGAUCCCGCGCUGGGGCUUUUAUGCCACGCAACCUACAAUAAGAACAGCUGUUAGAAUAAUUUUAAACCUCAGAUCAACCGCAUGACAUGCACACAAGAGCAAAGAGAACAAAGGUCAGAGAAAAUGCAUCCUGAAAGCUCUGUAGAUGCUUUUAUUAUCAUGGAAAUUAUAUACAUUCCUCCUAUUUAUGCAAAUGAACACUGGAGGUAAAGAGCUCUCUCUCUCUCUUUAUGUUUGCAGGAUCCAGUCCGGCUCGUACCUCAGCACUGGCUGGUUCACACUCAUCCUGGCCAUGGACAUGUGCAAAGAGAUCCAUAUCUACGGCAUGAUAAAUGACACCUACUGCAAGUAAGACACCAAAUAUUACACACACACACACUUUCCCUUAUAUCGAGAAGAAAAUUGCACACUUUUUGCUCCUACAAAAAGUUUGAAAACUAGAUUCACAUUCACAGCAGCGCCGUCCAAUCGCAGCCUUCUAUAACUGCAGACCGCCACUGUUGGAAUACAUUUCCAGCGCCUCAGUUUGGAUUUAAUAGCUGGAUUUCUAUGCUGAAAUCCAUAUUGGGCUCUCUGUGCCAUGAAUACCAUUAUGUUUUUCUCUGCAGGAUGCAGAGUGUCUGCAGGGCUGCAGCACCUCGCUCCCCCUCUGCUUGAAUAGUGGACAGAAAGGGAGAAAAAAAAAGGUGUCUAAACAUACCCAGGUUCACUGAUGUGUUUCACACCUGCCACACUCUUAGGAAGGAAACAGAAGAUAUGAUCUUUCAUAGAUGCUUAAAGUUAGGUUUACAACGUGCUCCCUUAAAAAAAAACAAAUGUACACAUCACAGAUAUUACAAAUCCUGGAAACAGCAUCACUGAACUCUCGACUAACUCCAUACAGUCUUCCUCGCAGGUUAAUGGUCAUGCAUCGCUCCAGUCAAGAGGUUAAAUUCCAGUUUAAGGAGACACAGCCUACGCACAUCUCAAUCUCCAUCUUCUAGAUCAACAUCCUGCCAAACCGUACUGCGCUAUGAGACGUUUUCUGUUUACAUAUACAUAACUCUGCCCACGCCUGUGUUCUGGGAAAGAGUAUAUACAUUUUUGACCAAGUUCAGUGAACUUUCAAGCUCCCAAAAUGUGAUUUUCCAGUGAGUAUGUUAUUGAUUAAGGCAUUUCGUUAGUAUUUAAAAUGAGUUGUUUUCAUCAAAAGCAGAGAAAAUCUGUAUUUUUGUCAUCUUACAGAUGAAAAUGAAAAGACGUCUUACACUUUUUCUUCCUCUUUUAUAUGAUAAUUUUUUCUGCAUGAUUUAAAAACCUGUUUCUGUGAAUUUGUGGUCUGUUUAUAGCGUCUAAGUCUGCAGACACAGCUUCACAGCAGGGGGUCUGUGUGUGUGUUGGAUCCAGGCGCAGCUGAGCUGUCGUGAUAAUAGAUACGCUAUAGGCUGUAAGUUAUAAUGACCUUUGUUUACUUUUCCUCUAGUUUCCUGUGUUUCCUUUGUUCUUAAAGACCAAACGUCUCAUCUAUGGGGGUUGGACUACAGUUUAGACUCCGGGUCUCAAACUGCUGACCCUCUAUGAACUAUAAAAUGAGAUGGAUGUCUGGAUUUAGGUUCUUUUAGGGUUCAGGGUUCUUGUCUGUUUGCUGGGAAAUCUCCAAAUAAAGCCCCUCAGAGAUCCAGCGUGUUAUUUUAUGGCUGAAGUCUCUAUCUUUGACAAAUACAAACCUUAUCACCACGCUGCCUGUUUCUGCGCGCUUAUUCCAGUCAAGUUUUACUCCUCCAGCAGCAGCCUGCCGUCUUCCCUCUGAGUGAUUACUGUCUGGCAGCGCAGCCAUAUGAGGGAUGACAAACAAGACGCUUGUUGCUCCAGGCGUGUCUGCUCACUCUCCAGUCAUGUCAGCCUUCAUGGUCUCUCCUUCUCUCUCCUUUGUCUCCCCUCCGCUCAACCUGAGCUCCGUCUCUAUCCCAUAAAUCAAACACUUUUUACCUAAUGCGGGUUGAAAAUCCUGCCUUUUAUCCUCGACGUGUUCCCUGUGCGCAGCGGGAGAGGAAAUAUAAACACGGCAGAGAGGAGUGAUAAUUCAGCCAGCGCCGGGGAUUUUAUGAUUCAGCGAGGCGGAUAAGGGGCGGCGUUCUCCGCUUCCCUGACUCUCUUAUAUUUCCAACCUUACAGGAGAAGAUUGUGUUUCACUGAGCUUUUGAAUGGACUUUUUAGUGUCACACAAAGUGAUAUUGACAGCCGACCACUGCAGCUUUACAGGAAGAAAAAGAAGUAAUGCUUUUGUGUGCCAGUGUUCAACUUUUUUUUAUUCAGAAUUGACCCGAGCCAUGGUGUAGGUAAUGGAGCUUCAACAGGUGCUGCAGAGAGGCUGAAAGUGAAUUUACGAGUUAACUGCGCUGUGAGCCUCGGAGAGGAGGGAGAGGCAGUGAUUGGGUUGUGUAUUACUGUUAGCUGGCAGACUGCCACAGUCGCUGUUUCUCUGUGGACACACUAUUUGGCUGAGCUGAUGGCUGUUUCUUUUCAUCCUCCCAAUUUCACAGUUACCCAAGUUAACCUCUUAUAAAGAUGUAACUCGAUAUUAGACACCAGAAACAGAAGCGCAGUGACUUUAUUGUGGCUUUGGAUGCAAAUCCAGCUCAGGGUGGUUAAACUUUACUGCUCUGCAUCUGUGCUUUCUGAAAGAUCUCCAGUUGAACAAUUUAAUAAUUCAGUUUUCUCCUUUAACUUAGUUUCCUUUCUUUUUAACAGUUUUUGUUCAUAAAAACAGCUUUUAAAUUGGAUUAAAAUCGAGAUAAACACGGAAAAGGAAGAGAUAAACAACUCCCAGACCGGUUUGUACAGGAUUAAGAAAAAAAGAAAAGGUGAAAGUCAGGAAGGGGAGAUGUGUGUGCAUUUAGGUAUUAUAUGAGUGUAUAUAUAUAUAAGUCUAAAGAGAUCCAUUGAAGGUAAAGGUAUAAUACAGUAUGUGAAGGCAAAUUCAGGUCAUUUCAUUGUGCUAAAGAGACGGUACAGAUCCGUCUUUGAAAAAUGUUCCCUUCGGGGCUCUGAAGGAGUACGCUGUUUUCAAUCUGAGGUAUAAUACUCUCUGAAGGAGGGGGAACAGGGGGUCAGGUUUUCACCACUUUAAAGGCUGCUGUUCUUAUUAUGCAAAUAACAGUUUUAAAAGGUUAGCCAUCAAAAAAAAAACAAUGGACAAAACUCAGUUAGUUGCUGAUUUAAAUUCAGUCAAAACCUCUUUAAGAAAACGUUAAAAUCACAUUAUUUACAUGCGGUAGGUUGUAUAUAGCGGUACGGCUCUGUUUGGAAGCUCCCUGUCCUUCUACUUAUAUAUGUGUGAAACUAAGAAGGCAGAGCAGCAGCAGUUACUUUGGUGUUUCACUUGUAUAUGUUGGCCCAGUUAAUCAAGCAGAGGUCCAGUUUACAGGACCACCGAGCUUAUCUGAAUGAGCUGUUGUUGUUGUUGUUGUUGUUGUCCCCUCUCUCUCUCCUUCCUACUCCCUUGUUCUCUUUUUUUCUCUCCCUUGCUCGUUCUCUCUCUCCUUCCUACUCUCUUGUUCUCUUUCUCUCCCCCCGCCCUCUCUCCUACUCCUCUCUCUCUCAGCAUCAGGCUCAUCAGACUCUCAGCAUCAGGUGUCUGUCUAACAUUAGUCUGGUCCUUCCCGAGGUUUCUGCCUGUUAAAAGGAAGUUUUUCCUCACCACUGUUACUCAUGUUAGAUGACAUGGGUCAAAUCUGUCCCAUCUUAAGGUUGGGUCUUGAUAAUUUAUCAAACAAUGAGGGUGGUCUAUACCUGAUCUUUUUUGGGAAAGGGUCUUGGGAUAACGACUGUUGUGUAUGGUGCAGAUCUCCACCCACUCUUCCCUGUGUUUUCUAUCCCCCUCCUAAGCUGACCUUUCAAUAUCAGCCCCAUUUUCCCCUCAACAAAUAGAAAAGAAAAGAUUUUUUUUCCCCCAAACUGUUCAGUAUUUCUGAAAAUGCUCUGAAUCUUGCAGCACAAUCAAACUCAUUAAAACAUGCUCUUAUUUUGAAGGUUAUUUUCACACAAAGGAGUGAAAAACAUGUCAAAUUCAGAGUCAGAAAUCAUCUUUGACUCUUUGUGUUUGACACACAAUAUCAAACGAAUAACAUUUAUUUAUGAGUCGUGCUCCAGGGUGGGUGAAAGGGAAAUAUUUACCAUCACGAAUUGAUGUUUAAAAACUGCCAAAGUCCCAAUCCCAAAUCAAAUCAAAGAGAGUCUUGAACUUCUGCUCCCUCCAUCCUCACUUCAUAUUUUUGUUUUUUUGUUGUUUUUUUUCUAUAACUGAAUAAAACAACAGAAAAAUUCUAACAGUCAUCAGUGAGUCAAUGGUUUGAUAAUGUCGCUGCAGCCAAACUCCUCCACGUUUAACCUUCACGACAAUGUGACGAGCCGCUCUGAUUAAAUCACUGCUCAGCUGAUCUGAUUGGAUCUGAUCGAUCAACUCAUCACAUGCUGAGCCGCGUCGGGAAGAGGCUGUCACAUCUCAUCUCAUUAUCAAUUUACUGGCUCGAUGACAGUUCAAUCGAAGCGCUCUUAUUAAAUCCAUGCCUCUCUCUUUGACGCACAAACGCUUCUCACCGGCUUAACAAUAACGUUUCAGAGAGCAGCAGGACGUCACGGUGAGAAGAGAGUAUAAGAAAUAUGAAAAAGUGUCCUGAUGAUCGAUAAUCUGUGACAUCCAUGUCUUUCUCUUCCUUUUUGUAGGACUGAGGGUUACAGAAAGGUUCCAUAUCACUACUACGAGGCCGGCAGUCGGGAUGAGUGCGCCGAGUAUCUGCUACACGAGAGCGCCCCCUACGGAGGGCACCGCUUCAUCACGGAGAAGUCUGUGUUCGCCAAGUGGGCCAAAAAUCACGCCAUCAAGUUCUUCAACCCGCCCUGGCAGCUUUCGUGACCCUGGCUGAACCAACGCGGAGAUACGACACGACCAUUCUCAUCGUCCUCAUCAUCGCCAUCUUGGAACAAGAUGAAUCUUUACACCGACAGAAAUGUUCCCUGACGUGUGCGCUCAAUUUCGGCACAAAUUACACUCCAUAUCUACAAACGAAGGGUGCUUUGAGGUUGUCCUGGACGGUUUGUAUCUAAGACUUGUUUUUAUUUGGACAGUUGCCACUCAUGAGACAGAAAAUAACACAUCUUCUGCUACUAAAGACUUUUUUUCCUCCUGACUGUAAGAGCCGGAGAGAGCGCACAGCACGCCACUCUUCAACGACGAAUCGAUCCAUCCACCGCUCUGUGAGUUUAGCAAAAGGUGGCUGGAAGACAAACUUUUACAAAAAAUAAAAAAAGAGAAGAAAACAGCAUGAAGAAGAAAACAACCAUCCAUCAACCGGCGGUGACCUCAGUGGCUCACAUGUCCGCGGGCGCUGGAUUUACAUUUUUUAUCCUGUAGCCGAAGAAGAGCUCGGCAGCCGCAGAGACGAGAUGAGCCCUGUUGCCAUGGACGCCCGACGAGCUCGCCUACAACUGUUUCCUCUGUUUGCCUGUCUUCUUCUGUCAGCCUGUAAUUAAUCCAUAACAAGUAUGGUCCAGGCUUUCAUGUUUGACUGAGGGAGGGCGGGAGGAAGGUUUCAAUUAAGUCUGCUCCAGCGAAGAAGAAGGAGCACCAGCAAACAAGGUUCUGAAAAGGAAGAGAAAAACAGAUUCCAAGCAAAACUAGACGAGCAGAUGUGAAUCAGGCUGUUUGGUUUGGUUCGACUCGUCAUGCCUGGUUGUUUUGAUGCUGUGCGUUCGCUCACACAACAUAAAGAUGUCAGCUUCUUUUCUUUGACGAUGCUGUGAAAAGAAUUUUUGAAGAGAUGUUUUGGUGUUGGCUUGAUAUCUGGAUGAGUUGCUAAUUUAUUCUGCAGACUCUCUAACGCUCUCUAACAGUGUGUGUGUGUGUGUGUGCCAUCGACAAUGUGAGCAUCACAGCACAUGGAGCAAUGUGCAAUUAGAAACUCCAUCCUCAUGGAAGGAGUGAAAUCAUUUGUGACCCUGCAGAGGGAGAGAUUUAUGUGUGCAGUGAAACCAUUUGAAGUUAAUUGUAUUCUAUUAUCAUUUUGUGCCUGCAAUAUACUCUGCAGUUCAUUGUGAAGAGACGGAGGAGGAUGCUCUGCGUCUUUUCUCUGGUUUCGUAUUCUCAUGCAGCUUCGUGCCUCUUUUGUGUACAGUAUCACUGUGUGAAGGCAGCCUCUUUGGACGCAGCGUGCGGCUCUCCUGGCUCGGACCAUUACCUUUGAAUGCAUCAUUUCCAGGACGGUGAGGAGUAAUCAGAGAAGUGCUGAGGUGUGUGGGUUGGCUUGGCGGCUGUGUGACUGUGACCCACCCCUCACCCUGAGGCUGCGAUUAGCGUCCCGGUCAGACCUGAGGUCCGGAGGAGAGGACUGUAAGGAUUCAGAGACUUCUUAUUCAGGGGGACCUGCUGCUGCUGCUGCACACGGCCCCUGACGAUGACUGUAAUGUACUGCAGCUGAGCUUCACAAUCUCACUCCCACUGUGGAGCACUGAACACUAUCACACACAGGCACUCCAUUACGGGGCUUUUCCCCCUCACUAAGUAUCCUUUUAGUGGUUUGCAGGCCUAAAGACAGACUCAACUGGCAGGGACACCACUAAGGGCUGUGGAUACGUAACAUCUGAGGGUGGACAUCUUGGUGAGGAUUGUAUGAGCCGUUUAAAGCAUUUUUCCUGGAAAUACUGGAACUCAGUGUUUUUAAAAUUCUGUCUACACCUGCGAGGUUUUGGUUUUUAUACCUUUAUAGAUAGAGAUAGGACAGCAGAUAGAGUAGAGUAGGUAGGUAAUGAAACCCAGGCCGCCACUUUAAGGACUAAAAUGUCUGUACAAGAGGAUUACACCCUUCCUUGGCGGUGCGGCUCUGUUCUGAGAGCUCCUCCAUGAACAUAUGUGGAUUGCCGAUGCCUGUAGCAGCUAGAGUACCAUUUCCCAUCUGUUUCGUGUGCUUAUGUGAAAAACCAAGGCAGGCAGAGCAUCAGCAAAGACCUCCAGGAGACAGAGCAGCAGAAUCAGUGACGAUACGUAUCACAUCAGUGAAACCAGACAGUGUAGAAAUGAGGAGCUGGGGGCAGUUAAAGUGGGAUUAUCUUCACAUCCAGAGCUGAUGUUGGCUGUCAGUGAUAAAACAUAUUUAGAUGUUUAUAAAAUUAUCAUAAGAGAGCAUCUAUUAAACUAGCCUCUCUUCAUAUCUCACACUUUUAAGGAACUCUUAAGGAACUUUUGCUCCAUUUAAAGCAGAGGCAUCAGGGUCUAGAGCCCCUCCUCUGUGAGUAGCACUUUCUCUCAGCCCUCGAUCCAUUAAGCUGGAGUUUUUUUUUCGACUGUGAGGGUCCCUGAUUGGUCAAACACAGGCGGCUCAAACUUGUGCACAGGCAUGGCUUUGUCUCUUUUGAAAUCAGCAAUGAUGAGAAAAAAGAAAAGUUGCGUAGUUUACAUUCUGUUGCUGUACUGUGGCUUUGCAAGAAAACCUUGUUUUUUCUAAAAUGUAGCAGCUGGUUAAAAAAAAGCAAACUAGUGACUUUGUUUGUGUUUGGAAAAUUGCACCCUGAGCAUAUUCAGCCAUUAGAUGUCCAAUUUACCUAAUCGCAGCUGUUCCUCAAAUGCAGUGAACACAAACAGGGAAGUGUUUUUAUCCUGGAAUUCAAGACUUUCUUUAAAGGAGCCAAAAAAACUUGAGUUAGACUUCUUUGUCAAACUCCUUUUCCCCCGCUUUUACUCACAGUGAUGAAAUCUUUAAGUGGAUGCGAUCAGUUGAUCUGUUUCCAUCAGUGUCGAGAAAACUCCUUCUCCCACUGAAGAAUGAAAGCUGCAGAAAAGCUGAAAUAUUCCAGAUUUUAACUCUGGACAUCUAUUUUGACUCCCUGCGCUCUGAAAUCUGAUCUUUCACUCAGUUUUUCUGACACAUCUGAGGCACCCAGAGAGUGUCCUACAAGUCAAACUCAUCACAAGUCAACCUAUCUGACAAGGGUGUCAUCGAAAUGUAAAACCGCCCUGUUUUAAAUUUUAAAUUCCUCUCGGCGGAUGCGAAACGCCCGCAACACAGGCGAGGUCAUGUUUUUCGAUUUCCUCUGGGACAACCCACGCUGGAGACGUACGCUGUAAUUCAGCUCUGUGAGCAACCGCGGAUCAAAGCUGGACGCUAAAUAUAAAGCAGGAAGUUUUAUUUCUCAGCGCAGAGAGCCUAAAGAGAGUAAGAAAUUAUGUAAACGGUACAUAUAUUUUUGCUCUAGUGGAAAAACAUCCCUCUGGUAGUGAAGCGUGAGCUCGAACACUAACACACAUCCUCUCUAGGUUUACAGUCAGCCUGUGAUUGUGCCGUCUUCUGGCAGCUCCCCACCAAUCAGAUUUACCUCUGCUGUACAGUUCACACACGAUCAAUUGUAAAGCGUCCACACAAACAGAAGAGAUUAUGUUUUUAUGCCAUGACUUUUUGUUGUCUGUUGUAUUUGUAUUAACUGUGUACCCAGAAAAGCACCAUGUUCCUUUUAUACACCUCCCCUCCGUCUUUCUUCUCGAUGAGUUUUUUCCUCUAAUGAUGUUUGAACUUUUAUUUUGUCGAUUCAGUGGUUUGUGUGCAGCCUUUCGCUGCAGAUCGCAUGUUGCCAACGUUUUUGCUGCUUCAGGCGGGCUUCUGUUUUUUUCCUGAUCAACAAACACUCCGUUGUAUUCAGCCAGAACACACUGCUACAUCGCCAGUCGAUGUAUUAUACAGUACAUUAAGGAGAACACGCUCUCCUAUAGACUCCCAUGAAUCAUCUGUGGCUCGCAGGAGAAAGAGAAGACGCAUUGGCUGUGAAUAAGUAACAGCCUGAACAAAAGCGUGAGCAGUGGGAAGCAUAUCAUCUCAUUCUUUGGUUUUCAGGGAUAAAUCACUUUUAGUUUCAGUUUUUUUCUUUUUUAUUAAUGUACAACUUUUUACUUCCAUACUUGGAUACCAUCUCUAUAUCUAUGAAGUAGAUUUGAAGUUACAAUCAGCAGCUGGUUAGCUGAGCUGAGCACAGAGGUUAUAAAUUUGGAAAAAAGCACUCGCCAACAGCUAACCUAAAGCUUCAAAUGUUCAAAAACCACUCCGAUAAAAGUCAUGUUUUCCUUGUUGUCUACAUGUUCAUGUGGCAUUUAUCUGAUAAUACAGGAGAUAUCAUGAGAAAACUUUAGUGCCAAGUUGUAUUUCUGAGGAUUUCUGCAUUGAAAUCCCAAACAGCAGGAUCAGACACAUGGAGAUUUCCUAUGUCACAACUGUAAGCUCCGCCCCCCAGAGCCUUGCUAUGCAGGCCAGACUCAGAGAAGUAGAGAGGAUGAUCGCAGAACAAGCACGUGCGUUAGCAGAAUGCAGUGCUAAAUAUUACAGUAUUAACUUUUGUCAUGUCCCUAAAGACAUUAGUGUCCGAGAGCUGAUGUGUGUUACCUGCUUCUUCUACUACACCGGCAAUGUUAGGCUACAAGCUAGUGUGAAGAAGAGUGUGCAGAGCAGCGCUGUCUCCUCCCACGACUCAGAGGCGAAUUGCCAAUGAUCUACUGGAGCUCUGCAGAAGAAAAGUCCUUAAAAAUGACACAGGUAAUGUGAUUUUGGUUAAAAACUAAUAAUUUAAAGACCACUGAGAACACUUAAAGUAGUAAAAAAAAUCAAAUCGGAGUGGGAUUUUAAGAAAACCUUGGUGUAAGAACUUCUAUUUCCAUUGCACAUGAAACAGAGGAGAAGAACAGCCUUCUCCUCUGUUUCAUCUGCAGCUGUGGUGGGCAGAGCAGCAGCAAAGACAGCUGGUGAACACAACAGAACCAUAGUUUAAAAACACCCAUGUCAGUCAGGACCACUUCUGUCUAAAAGAAUUAAUGAAUUGCAUGCAUUAAAUGACAUAAUUGGUGCUAAAGCUCUGUUCUGGUUUCUUCCUGUCUGUUUACAUCCAUGUAUGGAGAUUUGCAGGCAGAGCAGCAGCAAAGACAGCUGGGGACCAGAACAGAGCAGACAUAAAAUCAGACACACCAGGAAAAGAUCAGCACAGCAUGGCUGGCUGUAGCUUCAAAUCAACGUGAUACAUUACUCUCCUCCUGCUCGAACAACAUUAACCCAGAGUUCUUGUUCAUUUCUUAUUCUCUCUCUUUUAUUUCCACCCAGAGCAUUAUCAAACAACCGGACUAAUUAUAUGUUCUUAUCAGUGAGGUGUGGUUUAAACUGAAGAGACUGACAGAUCUGCGACAGCCAUAAAUAGGAUUCAGCAGAAACAGAAAUCACAUUCAACACAAAUGGAGACAUGAAACCAGAAACGAUGAGUGUCUUCUCUGAAUGUGAGUCACACGAUUCAGGCUGUUGCACAUCUGUCAGUCUUGUCAGUCUUGCCACACAGAAGUGAGCAGACUCGUCCUCCCAACACUUCUUUAAGAGCGGGCCGUCCUCUGGGAUGAGCUUCUAUUGUCACAGCUUCAUGGUGCGAGCUGUAAAAAAACAAAACGUAAGGUCACUUCUUUGAAAGCAGAUUUAUAAAAGACGAAGAGCCUUGAUUAAAAAGGUUCAGCCUGGAUUCAAAGCCUGAGAUGUUAUUCUCUCUAAAAUGAUCUCAUUAUUUUGUCUCCCUCUUUUUUCCGGCUGUCAUCCGUCGAGGUAAUUACUGUCUGUUUUGGAGUCCAGAGUUCAUUUUUUGAAGAACUUUUGGAUCGUCUCUCUCCGUGUUGAAACCUCUUCAGUUCACUAUGUAGCAUUUUUACUGAUUCCCUCCCGACUGUUGUACUUGUUGCCAUUUUUCUCAAAUGCCUCAAGUGCUUUCUGACAUUGAAAACUGAACUUUUCUUUGAUCGUUUCCCUGUGUGCAUGUCGUUUGAUUAUUAUUUCCGUGUUGUGUUGAAGCACUUUCCUUUUUUUUCAUGAUCAGGUCAAGUGUCCUUGUGAGAAUGCGUGUAACUUUGGGCGUUGUGUUGAGUUACAUGGAAUGUAAUAUAACACUAAGGUGGUUAUAAUGAAAGUUUUUUGCUAACACAGCUAACACACUCCUUUUGUAUUGGUGGAAGAAUAACAUCCAAAUGCUGCAUGGAUUAUUGCAGGUUAUUGAAAUGUUCAUUUUGUCUAAAAAAGUAGUAUUAUUCUGUGUAUUAUUCUAUCAUUUGCUGUCUACAUAUUGGCUUCUAUUAGAUAUAUUGUGAUUGUUCUUAUUUUUACCGACAUGGAUUCUGUCCUCUGUGUUUUUUGUUCUCUGUGGGGAAUAAAGGAAUUCUUAAACUCUAA